GUGACAGGCAGAGGCGGCCUUCCCUCUCCUCGCCCCGAGCGAGUGAAGCUGCGAGGCUGGGCGGGCCCAGCUCGGCCGCUGCUCAGGGCGGGGUUUCGAGAGCGGCGUCCGCGAUCGCGGUUUGUCACCGCUCCAGGGUUCAGGAGCUUAUUUAAGCCGGCCACGCGCACACACACGAGCACAGGCGCGCGCGCGCGACGCAGGCAGCUGCUGAGCAUCCUUAGCAGCAGCAGCAGCAUCGGGCAGCCAGGGAGCCGGUGGGGGAGCAGCAGCAGCAGCAGCAGCCCGAGCCAGACAAAGCAAAGAUGGCAGGGAUCCUCGCUUGGUUCUGGAACGAGAGGUUCUGGCUGCCGCACAAUGUCACCUGGGCGGAUCUGAAGAGCACCGAGGAAGCCACCUUCCCUCAAGUGGAGGACCUCUACCUGGCCUUCCCCCUGGCCUUCUGCAUCUUCAUGAUCCGCAUGGUUUUCGAAAGGUGAGGCUGGGAUCUGGGAUCUGGAUGCUCCUCUCUCUCUUCUCUCUCUCCAGCCCCACUAGCCCCUCCAGGGAAAGGGCUGCCCUCUUCUACUUCUUCCCAUAGGCAAACAAGCUCACAACUCGCUCGUGUGGGGCUUGUUUUAUUUGGGCCCCUGGGGUCUCUCCGCCUCUGGAGAUGUUGGCUCUGGGGGUGGUGAGGGGGCUUUGCAGUUCGUAGGCAGACAGCCUCAUGAGUGGGGAUUAUAGGGGGUGUACGGAUCAAACUUCUCUGAAGAAUAAGAGGUGUGUGUGUGGGUCGCCAGCAUGGGUCCAAUGUUAGCAGCAUGGGUCCAAUGCUGCCACACUGACUUAAAAAAACAACACCGAAACCAUGCCCACUCAAAAGGCAAGGAGGCAUUUUAUUUUGAUUAGAGAGGCUUUUCGAGCUAAGCUUUAGAUCACCUUCCUGGUCACUCCUUCCCCCAGAUGCUACCAAUGCAGAUGGUUUUGUGGUGGGCAACGUGCCUGUGUGAUGGCAUUCAAGGCAAAAAUUCAUUGAUAAAUGACCAGCAGGCUUGCUAGUAUCGGAUUGGGGGGGGGGAACGACUAUGUGCUUGACCCUGCUGAAAAAUCCAGUGUUGUUGCUGUUUUUGAAAAUGGGAACACCACAUUGAUGGUUCCACCAACUUCCUUGAAAUAGGCUAAUCGCCUCAUUUCUAAAAUGAGGAAAGCAGGGUUCAGGCAAGUCUGCCUGGAGCCCAGGCCUCAGACCUGUAAACUGCUGUCUAAUAGCACAGCUGUGAGUAGGUAAGCUGUGAGAAGGAGGUAAAAUGCUCCGCACAUACCCAGAGGUACACAUACCUUUUACCUCAUGUUCUGGAUCUCUUGUACGGCAUUUUGAACACCUCAUGGGUUUAUGAGUCCUUGGUCGAAAUAAUUCUGACAACACUAUUCCGUGUGGAACACCUGACUGGGAAAAAACCCCACUUCUUAAAAAGGUCACUUGUAUACUGGUGACAUAGCUUGUAGGUUUUUAAGUAAAAGCGAAUCAGUGUCAUAAAACAGUAAAAUGCUGUACACUUCAUGAAUACAAUCUGAUUAUUAAUUAAGCUAGGAAUCUAUCUGUUUUCAGUCCUUUGUUAUACCUCCAAAAUUAUUUGCUCCAGGGAAAAGCCUGAUGGUUAAGUUGACAAUCUUUCCUUUAUGCUUUCCCUGUUGUUCCGUUGAAGAGCUGUUUCCCUUCAUGAUAAACACAGGACAACAACACAACAGAAAAGAAUCCUUUUUGAAAAUGCAGAAUAAUAACUGCUGUGAUAGUUAACUGAGAACACCUCUUAAAUUUUAAGGUUGGUGUUUAUAAUGAUCUACAUAGAAUAUAUCACUUUUCUGAAAUACUAACCCAAACUGAUCAUACACUAAAUGUCAGUUAAUACAAUGUGUGAAGAUAUUGUGUGGUAAAAAUGUCUAGUUUUCCUGGAGGGUCAUUUUGAGUACUUCUGCCCUAGCCUUUUCUCCCAAGAUGGGCAACAUUUGUUUACUUGUUUUGUCUCCUGGAUUCUAAGGAAUACGCUUUCCACACUGUUACAUUCCUGCAUUUUCCCUGUUGUCCUGCUUUUUAAAAAAGUUUUUUUUUUUUUAAGUGCUGUUUUGUAGUGAUUUUUAGACCUAUCAAAAUAACAGCGCAAAGCUUUCAAAUAUGACAUAGUGCUAUUGUUUCUCCUGGUGUAUAGUGGAGGGCUUGGUGAUGUGCCCCUCCCUUUUCUACAUUACCUACCUGUCUGUAAUUAUUAUACCUGUCUCUAUUGCUCCAUCCUCUGCUGUGGAGUUCUUUAAACUCCUUCUGCGUUUAACCUGUGUGGUAAAGGUGAUCUUCUAUAUGGAAUGGAGGCAGGGUAGGGGGAAACAGACCUUAUCCACUUCUCUUUUUCAUUAACACAUUAUGGGAUUGAUUGAUGGAUGCAUGCACGUAAGUCUUGAGAAUUUUUAAAAAGAAGGACAUACAGAGCAAAAGUUUUUGACUGUUGCCUAGACUGCAGGACUGUCUUAGCAAUGGUAGCCUCAGCAACACAAGCUCUGACUUUCCUCCCUUGGUGUUGCUGGGUAAGUCUGCUCAGUACACCCAUGGUAGGAGUGCAUGAUGGUGAUGCUGCUGCCCAUUUCAUAUUGCCUCUUUUCCUUCCAAGUGUUCUCAGUCUCCAUUGCAAGAGACUGGUCCAUUUGGAUAGGUGAAAAUGGAGCUUCCUAUCAGUUCAAGAGAGGGGUGCAACUGUUGCUCCCCUCUGCUUGUUGCUGCAGGUUCUUUUUUCCUUGUCAUCUCAUCUCUUUUAUGGGGUGAGCUGCAGCUAUGACUGUCCUUCUCAACACUCUUUACCAUCAAUUGUCCUAAAGCACAUACUAUUGUCUUGGAGACUCUCUGAAGGAACUUUGGUCUUAAGGAUCCUUCUUUUAGGAUGACAACACUAUAGUUUAAAAACAAAACAAAACCAUGCCACCUGGGGUUUAGAUAAUACUCUAAUGCCAAGGAAUAGGACUAACACUAGUAUGACAUUAAUAAAAAAUAAAAUAAACUGGUGUGUUUGUAACACAAAAAACAACUUUGCCAGAAGGUGGCUGUUUCCCAUCCACAAUAUUUUGCUUUUUAUUGCUCACAAGUAUUCCCUAUAUGGAAUGUCACAAUUCUGCUCUUCCCUUCUACUUCAAACAUCCAAUAAUCUCUUUUAUUCUUCACCAGUAAAGAACAAACACUUUCUUUAACAAUGCACAUUUUUUAAGAGCCCAGAAUUGGAUGUACACUGAGCAAUUUGAUAACCUGAUGCUCUGCAUAUGUUUACCAGGAUACCCAGGCCAAAUAUUUAUUUCUGAAUCCUUUAUAACUACCCUUUCGUUAUAUAGUGCAAUGUCAAUAUAUGGCUUUCACAUAGUUCACAUUAUUGCUUUUUAUAAAGAGAGAGAAGCUCCCGUUUUCUCCUGCCUAAACUCAGGAAAAACGUAUGCAGAAUUCUCACAUUCUUACCAUAGAGGCAAAAUGUAGUACAACAGUUUUUUUGAUAAAAUCAGCUCAUAAAAUCUUGUACUCCACUGAGUUAUGGAGGAUGGGUUUAGUUACUUGCAGUUACACUUGAAUCUCCGCAUAAUUGGUGUCCCCCCCCCCCCAGGAACUGGGAGAAGAGAGCACUCCUUGGGUUGCCUUGUGUGCCUGAGAGCCUUUCAAUGGAAGCAUGGUGCUUUGAGGCUCCAUAGGCAAUGGACUGAGGAAGUGGAACAUAGGAAGGGUGGAGAAUGAGAUUUUUGGUGAAAGGGCUUGGGAGAGGGGGGAACUGAGGAGAGAACAGCUUCAAGGUGCUUAAAGGGAAGCAACAGAGUUUGGUCAAGAGAGAGUGACUUAAAGAAGGGGCACAAAGUAGGCCGUCCCCUGUCAAGCUGGAAUUGGAGGGAACAGUUUGUAAGGAUUUGAAGGGAAUAAUGGGUGGUAGAAAAAUUGGAGUUGAAGAAAGAAGUCAAUGGAAAAGUAGGACUAGGGGAAACCAUGUGGCCUAGAGAUGGGUUGUUCUGUACUGUUGGCAGGGUGACAGAGGAGGCCAGGGAUACAUAAGUAUGCUAGGUUUAGAGUCUCUUGACUCCGAGGUGUCAGUAUCAUGGCAAUAUAGGGAGCUGGCAACCUCAGAAGGACAAGGGAGGGGUGUGACGCAGUAGGUAAUGUAGUUUAUUUGAACUAACUAGCCAAUUCUAAGACUGCUGACUUCCAGGAAUGUCUUCGAAAAGUGGUAUAAAGUCAAAGUAAAAAUGCUGUGAGUCCUCUGCCCAUUAUUGUCAUGGCUUCUUCCCACAAAAUCCCGCAAAGGAAAUAUGGGUCUCUAACAGACUUUUCAGACUCUCACAACUCUAAUCCCCAGAGUUCCUUGAGGGAAGCAAAUCCACCAGUGUCCAUAGAGAUUUGGCCCCAAUACGUUCAUUACAUGUGAUGCACAAAUGCAUGUCAGCCAUCUCCCGUUCCCUGUUAGUUUGAUUUUACUUUUAAAUGAGAAGCAGCUUGGGUAGAUGGGAAUUCUGAAUAGACACACAGAAGGUGGAAAGGUGUGUUGAACCCCCUUUGUCUACAGCUUCUUCACACCCAUGCUUUUCAGAUUUUUCCACCAUGCCCCCCCCCAUCCCCUGGGCAAGAGUUUGCCCUCUAAAAUAAACAUUUGGAACUUAUGAAUUAGGAAAGACCAUGGACUCAGCUACAUUAGUCAAAAAACUGUGUUUUGAAUGCAUUAUAAACAUGCACCAGAUGGCACUGGAGAGUAAAAAAGAAAUCUAUGUGAUUUUCCAUAAUGUUUUUUUUCUUUUGUUAUAACGAUUUAAUUUAUUUCUUGUUUAUAGUAUUUUUUCUGUGUGUGUGUAGAUCCACCCCAGCAAAACUGUUUGGAAGUUGUGCUUAAAAUGUUGUUUGGGGUCCUGAUCUGGUUUUUUUUUGGGGGGGGGGGGACAAACCAUUGUUUGCUGGGUUUGAAAGAGAGAGAAAGCUUGCAUAAAGAGCCAAUAUAGAUUUAUUUAUGCAAAUAGAUUCUUAUCUUGCUAUUCCAUGACAAAGGCAACAUAGAAAUUCAAUUUAGAACAAUAAAACAUACCAACAAAAAAAACCCCUGUAUUGAUUUAAAGCAGAUUAGUUACUAUUAAAGACCUAGGUAAACAGGAUGGCCUUAUCCUGGCAUAAAAAAAAGAUAGUAAGGACAGUACAAAUUGAAUUGUGCAGAGGGAAUUCUACCUUCGGCGCUCCUACAGAAAAGGUGGGGACACCUGGAAAACUUGCUAGUCAAGGUAAUAUGGGAGAAUGUUGUCCUCUUGUUAACUUUGACCCCAUACUGUGACUCUAUAGGUUAAAACCAGCCCUUUGCAUUGUUCCCCAGACAAACUGGGUGCAUGUGACGACCUUGUAAGUUUGCUAGUGAAAUAGUUUCACCAAGAAGAGUCUACUUAACCGCUUGGCUGCCACAUUCUGGAUCAGUAAAGUUUCCAAAUGUUUUCCAGAGGCAGCCCUUCGUAUGCAGAGGAUCAUUUUACUAUACUUUGAAUUACGCUUGUUGUAUUAUCCUAGACACAGCAUAGACAAAGGAAGCUAUUCUGAAGUGCUAAAUAACACGGAGAUGAAAAUGAGCUCUCUAAUAUAGCUCUCUCUGGGCUGGUAAACCUGUGUCUGGCCUGUUCUCUCUUCAGACUCCUCUCAAGACAUACGAGUGUGCUUUUUGUUUAUGUACAGGGGAGCAUUCAGCCCCAUGGGCUCCCCCCUUGGUCUGAAGGGGUAGUUUUACCACUUCCGUGUGAACUAGGCUUAAAUAUUGAUUUUAAAUAAGCUGAUAGACUGCUGAGGUAAUACAGGGGACUACAUCACUUCAGGUUGUCGAAUAGGCCUCAAAGCAGGUGCCAAACUUUACCUCGUUGACAAAGUCUUAUUUAACAGACCCUUUUAAUGGGGUCCUGGAGUCUGCUUAUUAACUGACCCUAUAAGAAUAUUCCACAAGUUACUUAAGCGGGUUUUGUCCUUUCAGAAUGUGGCUUUCUGUGAAUGGUAUUUCUAAAUAAUAUUCUUAGGUUCAACCUUUCCACCUUUAAAGGUGACUUAAGUGUCUUAAGACAGUGGGUCUUUAUUUUGUAGGAUAAGUUAGGAAAGUGAUCGUGUUAACUUACUUGCUUUUAUCAGAAGCAUUUUUUGUUUUCUUAUGGAGUCAUGUUUGCAUUCUUUUUACAUAUAAACGCUUAACCAAAAUUUCAGGAUGAUGGUUUGACAUUGGUUUCAGGUCAUGGCUUGUCCUGAAGGGGGUAACCAAAGCUUCCCUGAUAGAAACUAUGGUUAAUUGUGAAGACUUUGUCAUUGCACCCAGGUGAGCCACUAAGGGAGAAGUGAAGGGCCUAUGGGCCAAGGGCUAAUUUAUAUCUCAACUUGUUAAACCAAGGUAAAGGUAAAGGUACCCCUGACCGUUAGGUCCAGUCACAGACGACUCUGGGGUUGUGCACUCAUCUCACUCUAUAGGCCGAGGGAGCCAGCGUUUGUCCGCAGACAGUUUUUCCGGGUCAUGUGGCCAGCAUUAAUAAGCCACUUCUGGAGAAACCAGAGCAGCGCACGGAAACACUGUUUACCUUCCUGCUGGAGCGGUACCUAUUUAUCUACUUGCACUUUGACGUGCUUUCAAACUGCUAGGUUGGCAGGAGCUGGGACCGAACAACGGGAGCUCACCUCAUCGCGGGGAUUCGAACCAUCUACUUACCGGCAAGCCCUAGGCUCUGUAGUUUAGACCACAGCGCCACCAAGAUAGGUUCAUUCAAACUUGUGCCAAUUGGUUCUUUUGAAAAUGCCUUGCUAAUAAUGAAAAUUGCAGACUGAAGGUGCAUAUGCAAGGCAAGGUGUCCAUUUUCAGUGUUUUCGGCUGGUUCGCAGACUGGGGCAUACAAAAGGCUCACUUGUAUCUCUGCUUAUUACGCUGAGAUAUGUCUGUCGCUCACUUUUAUAGUUAAUACAGUUGUAUAUCAGUUGACAUUUAUUCACUGAUUAUAACCUAAUUGCAACAGCUAGCAAUCUAAUGAGAAUGAUUGCUUUCUUUGCAGUCCUAUGUAUGAUGACUUGGAUGCAAGUUUCAUUGAAUGUAGUAAGCAGGCGUAGAAUCAGACUCCGUGUGGCUUUACACAAAGAUUUAAUAAUGUCUGUCCAAAGACACAUGACGUACAAUACACUUGACAACCUGCUUUGAGGAUUAGAAUUUCUUACUCUCUAUUUGCAAGUCUCCUUUUCAGUGGCGUAGUGUGGGGGGUGCAGGGGGGGCCGGCCGCACCGGGCGCAACAUCUGGGGGGGGGCGCGCGCUCGCACUCACAGCUCUCUGCCCCUACCUGGCUCACUCACUCUCUCUCACUGCAGUGCUGGCUGUACGAAUCCGAUCCGAGCCGCUGGGUCGCCACCCACUGUGGAGGGGGUGGGUGCCAGGCGUGCGGUGCGGAGAGAGAGCGAGGGACUAUCUGGGGGAGGGACAGUGCAGCGGCCGCCCAGCGCAGAGCUGAGCACGGGAGAGAACCACACCAGACCAGACCAGGCAGCAGCAAGAAGAAGCUGGCAGCGCCGGCAGGUUAGGGGUUAGGGGGCGCAAAUUACUUGCCUUGCCCCGGGUUAGGGGGCGCAAAUUACUUGCCUUGCCCCGGGUGCUGACAACCCACGCUACGCCGCUGCUCCUUUUGACCUAGAAAUGGAUACAGCUUCUAAUGGUGCUAAUCUCACCCUAUUUAGCAGGGUGUCUUCAUAACCACCUCAGAUUUCAGUAUUAUUCACCAUAGUAUUCCAUUCAGUAUUCUGCUUUUCAUCUUUCCUCAGUUGCUUAAAUCACUUAAUGCAAAUGUAGUAGGAACACAAAGUUGUUGCCAUUUUGACAGAAAGUACACUCCUACAUCUUAAGUAACUCUCUAUCCAUGUUUGUCCCAAAGUCCUGCUGAGUUCAGUGAGGCUGGCUCCAAAGUUAACAUACAGAGGAUUGUACCAUUAGUCAUUUUGUCAAGAACUCGCCUCUGCUUUCUAUAUGGAAGUGCCAGUAUUACAUCUCUCAAUUACAACACUUCAAGAUAAUUGCUUUCCACAAAUACCUAAUUGGAUGCGAGAAUUGUGUGGAAAUAAAUUGCUUGGCUUUUUCUGUGGGCUUGCUUGCCUGGAAAAGGGAGUAGAAGCUCAGAUAACCUCUUAUUCCAGUUUUGCUGAGUUGUCAAGCACAAAUUUUGACAUCAAACCGUUAUGAAACUGUUAUCAGUUGUUAUGAAGAGAUUAGGCACGGGUUAGGACAGGGGUGAGCUCCCGUUGCUCAGUCCCAGCUCCUGCUAACCUAGCAGUUCGAAAGCACGGCAAAAGUUCAAGUAGAUAAAUAGGUACCGCUCCGGUGGGAAGGUAAACAGCGUUUCCGUGCGCUGCUCUGGUUUCGGUGUUCUGUUGCGCCAGAAGCUGGCCACAUGACUCCGAAAAACUGUCUGUGGACAAACGUCGGCUCCCUCAGCCAGUAAAGCGAGAUGAGUGCCGCAACCCCAGAGUGGACUGUGACUGGGCUUAACUGUCAGGGGUCCUUUACCUUUAGGGACAGGGUAAGACCAGAUUCAAAUCCCCACUCAGCUAUGAUCUUUUCUGGAUAACAUCGAGCCAGUCAUUCACAUAGUCUCAGCUUAACCCACCUUGCAAUGUUGCUGUGAAAAUGAAAUUGGGAGUAUGCCAUUUUGAGUUCCUUGGAGGAAAGUUGGGAUAUAAAUGUAAUAAAGAAAGCAAAUAUAUUUUAUAAGUUUCAGCAGCUUGGGGAAGGGCUGGUGGGGGGAAAUCACAUUCCUAGGUGCAUGAAAUAGCUUGCUCUUUGUCAUGCUAGGGACCUGUGGUUUGUUUUUGUUUUUUAAAAAAGAGAGAAAUAAUUUCAUUGACAUCAGUAGGGCUGAUUUUUGAAUACUCAGAGAAUUGUCUUGUAAGUUUCAGUUUACCCUCAAGCUUUAAAUAAUUCAGAUUCUAAUGUCUGUUUACUGAGGCUUUACCAAAUUAUUUGUGAUAAUGGGUGUAGGUCCUUCUUUUUUUAUUUUUUCCUGCUCUUAACCUUUGAACCUUAACUAAGCUAGUCCAGAAGCUUUUAACGGAAAGUGCUCAUUUCAAAGGGAAUGCAGCCCACAAAUCCUUUUUAAUGAUAAAGUUAUAUGGGAGAGGCAGUGCUCCAGAAACAAAGACUGCAAGGCAGAGAUGAGAGCGAGAGGCUGAUCUUCAGUAAAUCUGGAUAAGUCUUUUUGCACAGUCAAUAGAGGGGAUGGAGGGGAAAUAUCUCUGUUCUUCAUAGGGUGAGUUGGAAAUCACUACUUAGAGAAUGGGUUUCGUUGCAGCACCCUCUGUCUCUCCCCCCACCCCACCCUAACGUAAUCUCUCAUGAUUGUGUCACUCUUGUGGUAUUUGGGUUUCUUCCAUUGUGAUUGUCACACUGCUUCAUGAUUCAUAGCAAUCCUGCUGGAUCAGACAGUUUGCCUAAUCCACCACUCUUUUCCUGUAGUGACAAACCAGACACCUCUAAUAAACCCACAAGCAGGACAUGAAAACAGUAGCUCUCCCCUACUGGUAGCUCCCCAGUUGCUGUUAGGAAGCACAGAUGGUGCCUGCAAUAAAGUGUUGCAGCACGGAGCACUCCUGGUCGGGGUUCCUGCUAGCUGUGGCCCUUUUCAGGAGAUUCUAUUCUCCUCUCACCCUGUUCUCAGACCCCAAAGGGUCUGUCAGCGUUCCAUGCCCAAUGGGCACGUUUGGCCUCCGUUGGGUUGUUUUUUUAAAGUGUUUUUUAAGGACACUUUUUAAAAACAACAACAACUUUGCAGUCUUUGAGGUUUCCCGAAGCAUUGUAGUUGGCUGUUUGCAACAUACAGUGGUACCUCUGGGUGCGAACGGGAUCCGUUCCGGAGCCCCGUUCGCAUCCAGAAGCGAACGCAACCCGCGCGUGCGCAUGCUGUCAUUUUGACCGUCUGCGCAUGCGUGAGCGGUGAAACCCGGAAGUAACAUGCUCCAUUACUUCCGGGUCGCCGCAGCACACAACCUGAAAAUACUUAUCCCGAAGCUACUUCAACCCGAGGUAUGACUGUAAUGAUGUGGGUGGGUGUGUUUGGUGGGGCAAAACUCUCUCUCUUUCUCACAGGAGGCCUGCGGUUCUACAUGAGCAAAUGGGCAGGUGCUGGUUCGUGGGAGAACAUGGGCAGGUGUUAGCUCUGCUCCCCUCCAUCUAGGAGGUGAGGGAGGAAACUUUUGGCCACUUCCAAAGCUUUGACUAAGUCAUGAGGCGAAAGAUCUUGGGUGCAGCUGAACCCUUUCAUUUUCUGAGUCUUGCGACAGGAAUGAAGCAGUUCCCUUUGGUGAAAGAGGCAGCCCAACCCUGCUUCAACAGGGAAGUUAAGCCCCUGGCACUGAAGAGAAAUGGAAUGCGCUCUUUUCUCUCUCCCCAGCACCCCCCCCCCCCAAAUACGUGAGCCCUGAUCAACUGUUUCAUAGCAGAGCAAGGUAGGCAGAUUCUACUUCUCUUUCUUUCUAAGCUUAAACCUGCUGGCUUCUUAGCCUUAAUGGUCAGCUUUGUAUUUCAGUGUGUGUCUCCACCAUUCGGAGGUGCAUGCUUGGGAUCCUGGGAUCUUGACUCUUUUCACACAUUAGCAACACAUCCUGUAGAAUUCUGUCCAUGAUAUUUUUAUCUGCACAAUCAGAAUGAAUUUCAGGAAGCCAAAAAGUCGUAUUGGAAAAUACGGCUUUUGAGCAGUCUGCUCCCAAAAUAGAAACUAGGCAUUCCAUUUUGGCGACUGAAACCCUGGUUUGAUCGCCGUUUGGCGCCUAGCUUAUAUACCGCGAGUUUCAUGUGUUGAGCAACUGCAGUUUGCGUAAUCUGUAUCAGCAGGCGUUGGGAAGGGCAGCGGUGGUGGUACUGGCAGCUCAUAUGCUCAGUCUUGGAGGCUUGGGAAAGGCAGUAGAGGACGUCAAAGCAUCAGAGGAGGUGGAAGCUGCAGCAAGAGUUGGCUGUAGCCACCUGCCAGAGAGUGGGCCUUAACAGAUGCCUGAUGGUGCUGAUUUCUGACUCUGGGCCACACUAAAAUCAACUGUAGAAUUGUGUUCGUAUUGCACAGGAAGCUGCUUAAUGAUUUCAUAGGAUGUAUGCAACAAACAGUUGACUCCUGUUUUGAAUUGUAAACAUUUUAUGAAUUCUAAAGGUGCUUCUUAAAGGCUGAAUUAUAAUUUUGGAUUGCAUUACCACAGUAUUUCACCCAGGUGAUAAGAAUGCUCUACUGGUUAUAUGAGAUCUGCCAGCUUAUGUUGAUAAAAGUUAUGCUAAUUUUAUGCAGCUUGGACACCCUCCCCCGAAACAUUUUCAGUGUAGCGAUAACAAAAUGCCACCUCCUUCUGUUUAUACUGUAGCCCCAAUCCUAGUUCUACAAUAUCCAGACAUAUAUUGGUUUGAGAAGAAAUGUGCGGUAGAAUAAUUCACUGCAGUCUAAAAGGUGGGUGGUGAAUCGUUCUUAUCUAUAGUCCCUGUCCUCCCUUUUCUGAAAGCCUAUUCUUGUGCUUACACCAUCCACUUUACAUGCCAGCUAAAAUCUGCAGAAUUUACUACAGUGCAAUGUGAGAGCAGUUCUCGUGGCACAACCUGCAUGCUUAUGACAAAACCUCUCUCUUUUGUUAUGUGUUUAAAACAUGUAGGCUUCUGCCCAGUGCAUGAUAACAAGAACAGCAGAGUGUGGCAGUGGCUACAAUAGUUGGUUUUGCAAAUCUCAAGGAGUUGCGUCUGGCAGCCUGACAACGCUAUGAUGCAAACUAAAAGAUGGAGCUUCAAACAAGCUUCAACAAGCCUAUGAAUUAAAUUCUAAUCCCUAAUUUGCAAUGACUCUUUUCCUGUAAAUAAAUGAAUGCCCAUGGGGGUGUAUCAGAGGAUCAAGGUGACAUGCUCUGCCCCCAACUUAUGCACCUUCAAUUGAAUGUCUCUGCAGAACUCCUGUGUGAAUGGCACUUUCUCUGCAAUUGGGAACCCUGGGGAAAGCGAUGUAAUGAACCACAAAGGGGAAAGCCCAAUGUUACAGUGGUACCUCGGGUUACAAACGCUUCGAGUUACAAACUCCACUAACCUGGAAGUAGUUGCUCCAGGUUGCGAACUUUGCCCCAGGAUGAGAACGGAAAUCGCGUGCCAGCGGUGCGGCAGCAGUGGGAGGCCCCAUUAGUGAAAGCGCGCCUCAAGUUAAGAACGGUUUAGGGUUAAGAACGGACCCCUGGAACAAAUUAAGUUUGUAACCCGAGGUACCAUUGUAUUCACUUUGUGGGCAUUUUGACUGAGAGUGAGCACAUUGCCCCUCUGUUCUUAUUAUGCUCUGCACACUUAAGAAUGGGGCAUGUGUGCGCAGCUGAUUGUCACCAGAAAAGGACAUUCAUAGUGCAAAACCUCCCUUUUCAAAUUGCAGCUUUCUCCCCUUUCAAGCUGCAACUUUUGUCCAUGCCUUCAUGUCUACCGGUGACAGUAUUCAUAGUAUGGUGGAGUAUGGAGAGCCUAGCCUUGGGGUCUUGCUCUGUGCUUGGGUCACCAAACUCUCUGACUUUUUCACAUGCUAAAGCAGCCUCUUAACUGCUCAGCCAAUCAGGUAAGGUAGCCUUACAUAUUCCAGACCCGCCUCCGUCCACCCUACAUCCAGCAAACAAAGAAAAGAUAAUUCAAAUACUAUGCAACUGCCCUCCUCUUACAUUUAACUUGUAAGCUCCACUCUGAAAAUUCAUUUCUUCAUCAUCUGUGUAAAAUCUUAUUUUCUAUAUGAUUCGCUGGCAAGUUUCUUUCUUUCUUUCUUUCUUUCUUUCUUUCUUUCUUAAGAACCAUACACCUGGCUAUUUGGCAUCUGCUGUCUUUUUGUUUUAUCAUCUUGUCACCUCUAUUUAAAAAAGCAAUUUCUCUUCUGACAUCCCUCCACCCCUGCCCCUUUUCUCUAAGUGAUGUAGUCACUGAUCUGUUAACAAAAAAGAACUAAGAGCAGACUUGGUAAGAUUAGAAUUAGUGAAAUAGACAAGAGACUACUGGUAUCUGGUUCCUUCUUUUGCUUCCCACUUUCUACCUUUUCAUGGAGCAAUGUAUGUCAAGGUCUAGAAUAAAUACUAAAAAGAAAAGAACAGAAAUAAAUUCUCAAGACAUAGGUGAAUUGACUGAGAUUGGCCAGAGCCAAAUCUAGAGAAAGAUUUGACCUAGUUCUAUCAAACUGUUCAACAUAGCAGACUAAGUUGGUUAUAAAUCUGUUUGAUUUUUUAAUUCAAAUGCCUGAAAUGCAGCUAUAUUUCCAGUUAGACAAAUUCACAAUCUUAUUUUUAGGGUGUACAUUUGAUAGGUUAGGCAAAUGCUGGAACGAAUAUUUCAAGCUGUGCUUGUGCCAAGGUGCACACGCGCUUACUUUGUUACAUUGGGUUUACUUCUCAUUCUGCAAUAUUGUGCAGUAUUCAGUUGCAUAUGCCCAUCUGUGUUGCUGGAGCAGUGAGUGCGCACACUCCAGGAUUUGCAACCGUUCUUUUCCUAUUGCCUUUUUCAUUCUAAUUUAAUUACAAUUACAGGUCAUGUUAAAAUUUGGGUUCCGAUAAUCUGUUGGUUUAUUGGUACAGAUUUUGCUUUUUUGAACAAAUUCAUUUUUUGUAUGCACAGACACAAAAUAAAUUAUGCAAGAAAUACCAGAAAGAGUGCUACAACUUAAAACGUCUCUCUCUCUCUCUCUCUCUCUCUCUCUCUCUCUUUUUACAGUACUUAGUAUUUCUUGGUAGACUUAUUCACAUGAGAUGGUUUUUCACAGUAAAACAAAAAGCAUCUUGUCUCUCUGUCUUUCCCAGAGGCUCAUUAUAGUGAGUGACUUUCACCAUCACUAUGAUAUCUCAGGGACUUCAGAGCCAAAUAUCCACCACAGAUUUGGUCUCUCCUACUAUCUUUGCAAUUGAAAUAUAAGCUGUAAUGAACUAAUUGUUUGCCAGACGAUUGGUGUAUUCAUUCUCUUUCUCUCUCGCAUACUCACACAUUGUCCACAGAACAAUGUCUUUGAGGUCUAGUCCAGAGGUUAUAUGUUAGUGGGAAAAUGUACAUAUCCUAUGCAUCUGAUUUCUUAGUCAAACCCCAAAUUAGAAAUACCUGUAUUUCCUGUCUCAUUAAACCAAGGAGAAAAGAAUAACAGAGUAUAAAGGUGAUAUAUCUGGAGGAAGUUGUGAUCUAAUAUGUCCUGUAUCUUCAUAAUUAUUCUGUGUACAUCAUUAUUUAAUUCCACUGUCCUUUAAUCUUUUUCCAGCCAGUUCCCAGAAGACAGGAGUGUCUACUCCAAACUGUUGAGUGUCCCAGUAAUUAAUCUCCACAUUAAACCACUGACACGAGGCAGUGAGAUGAGCUUCAUGAUUAUGAUGCUCUAUAUUAGGGACUGCCAGACAUCUGCCUUUAAUUGGUUGAAAUAAUUAAUUAUGCCAAUCAAUUGAUUAAUAUAAUAGUACAGAAGGACUUGUUCCUAUGGCUGCACGUAUUACAAGUGGAAGAUGAGCAAGGGAGAUGAAUAGUUAAAUGUUUUGACUGACAUUUCAGACAAUGGAAACUUUAAAGAGGAAGGUCUGGAAAAGCAGUUCUCAUUAUUGGAUCUCUAGGGCCCGGAUGGUGGUUGGCCCACGUUCAAAUUGGUUGCUGAUUCCUAGUCUUGUGCAUUCUGUGAGCAACUUUAUUUAUUUAUUUAUUUAUUUAUUUAUUUAUUUACCAUAUUUAUAGUCCUCUCUUCACCCAAGGAAACACAGAGCACUCUGCCCCUUCUCCAUCCGCCUGAUCACUUUCGUGCAUGCAAUGUCCUUGUCGCCUGUGGCUAACGGCAGACUUCUUAGAUUUUAAACUUUCUCAAUUUGAAAUUCAGAUAUUUGCUGAAGUAUGCAUAAUAACUGGUUAUAAUUAUUAAAACUGGGUCAAAGCUAAUACAGCCAGUUACAUUUUAAUUGCUAUUGUGACACACACACACACACGCGCGUUCAGGAAGUGUCCCAACUCUUUUUCGUACCAGCAUAGAAUCCAAGGAGGCUAAUAACUUCUGUGGGGUUAUUUAUUCAGUCCAGGUGUAUAAUUCACAGCUUUGUCUCCUAUAUAGCGUUUUUGCCUGACACAAUUAUCUCACUCACAGGAGACAGAAUUUUGCUUGGCUCUUUGUACACAUGCAAAGAUACUAAACAAUAACGCUUGAAAGUGCAGAUGAGUUUUGCUGCAAUCCCAUGCAUACCUAUUUGGAGGUGAGCACUUUUGAACAUAGAAAAGUGCUACUUAGUAAUUGAGGGUGAUGUAGCAAACGGGAUGAUGUCACAAAAGUACACAAGACAAGUUAGACUUGCUUCAUGCUGAAAUCACUGAUGAUACAUUUGGAAUGCUUCCUGAGUAGGCAGGCACUUCAGAAGCAAGUACCUAAAAAUCUCCAAAGGCUGUUUCUGACACUGCCAGAAGCUACCAUGAAAAAAAAAGUUUUAUUGAUAAAAUGUGGUUAUUAACAAUACCUAUCUGACUUUACAAGUUUUAUAGGUUAGCCCGUACACAAUGUUGGUUGGUUUUAAAUUGCCAUACUGUAUAUUAAAAAAAACAAAAAAACCUGAAAACUUAUGGCUUUCAAUAAAAAUCAUUACAAAAUAAAAAUCAAUACAAAAUAAAAAUCAAUACAAAAUAAAAAUCAAUAAAAAAGAAGCAUAUUGCCAAUGGGAUCUCAUAAACGAGAUCUCAUGCAGGUAUGUUCAUUGCCAUACAUGAAAUAAUUCUGUCUUCCAUAAUAUUCAUUUAUUAAAACACAUUACCAAAGUGUGGAUUACCCCUCUUCUCGCAAAAAGCCACGAACAAGAGGUCUGAACCUGGAUUCUUUAGAAUUCAAGUGAAACCAACAACAGAAUGUUGCAACACAUCAUUAUCCUAUCUCCUGCCCAGCGUUGCAGUCACUAAAUCCGUUCUCCAGGAUACCAUAAGACAUGGCACCCUCCAGAUGUGGAACAUCAACUCCCAUUGUUCCUGCUGGCCGGGGCAGAUGGGAGUUGUAGUCCAACAUAUAGAGGGCACCACAUUGGCUACCUCAGUUACAAGAUGUAAUAACAUUCCACUCCUCUUUCCAGUUUCCUUCAUUUUUCUUUUCAAACUAACACAAAAUGUUCCUUUUUCUGUAGUCCCGUUUUGGCUCUAAUUGGCACUCAUCAUUUGAGUUCCCUAUUAGAGGGAGUGAUAGUGGCACAAAAUAGCAGAUGUCAAGAAAAUGACUCAUAUUUUUAAGGUACUUGUAAUGUCAAAUAUAAUAUUCUCUCUCUCUCUAUAUAUAUAUAUACUUCCAUUGUAUAAGGAAGAGCAUUUAUCUUAAAUCUAUAUGCCUAUAUGCCUACUGUAUCAAUUAUGAAGCUAACUCUUAUUCGUCUUAAAGGAUUACAUAUGCAUUUAGGGAGUAUGGCACGCUGUUGUCUUGUCAUAAUUGUAAAAAUCAUGAAUAGCUUUUCCAGCACUUUUCCUUCAGGUAGAAGAAUUCCAAAGAAGGAGUCUGUUCCUCUGUUUGGUAGAAGAAUAGUGAAAUGCUGUUUUUCUCUUCCUACCCUUCUAAGCAAGUGUUUAAGGUAAUAGUUGUCACAGUGGGCACACGGUGAAUGUUCUGAGGAUUCACCCAUCCAUGUUGGACCUGAUUCAUGGAUGCAGGUAGCUUCGAAUCCAGGUGUAUGGAGACAGUUCCACAGGGCAAGUAGUUCUCUGUGCCCUUCAGCAUUGCAUCUUUCCACUAUGUUGCUCCAAGUGCAUCCAUAUUCAUCACACCACUUUUAAAAAGGCAUCUUUUGUUCCAUCUUUUAAAAAACAGAUUGCUUUAUUUCUCUUUAGCCAGACCUUCGCUACACCCUCCCUCCCUUUUGAUGCAUAAAGUUUUAUAUGGGUUGUCCCUGAAACACAGUCUUCCCACCCACCACUGUGCAUUUGCUGUUGUGUGAUUAAAGUUGAUGGAACUGCAUGCACAGUGAGCAGCUUCAUGCAAACAGCUUGAAUCUUGGAGGAGUCUUGUGUGGUUGUGCUUCAGGCAGGUACCAUGUGGCUCGUUGCACACCUGAACUGACUCUUAAGAGAUGGAGUGCGUGAUAGCCAUUUGGGCCUAUCAUGAAUGUUGCCCCCAAGCUGCUUUACAAGAGAAUCCAGACACAGAGUAACUGUUGCAAGCAUUUGCACCAUCCUUUGGGGUCCUGAAACUCGUAAGUCAGAGGUGAGGCACUUGUGGGCCUCCCGAUGUUGGACACAACUCCCUCCAGCAGCAACCGGAAUGACAAGUGGAUAGGGAUAAUGGGAGCUGUAGUUCAGUAACAUCUGAAGGGCAAUGGGAUCCCCACCCGUACUCUACCCCCAUUACCUGUGACUGUGGGGGAUGUAGCAUUAGGAGUACGGAGGGUCAGGAAGUCAGAUUAUCCUCCACCAGGGCCAGGGCCUUCUCUUUGAUGCCUCCAACCUGGUGGAAAGCUCUGUCCCAUGAGCAGGGCCCUGCAGGAUUUAACUUCCUUCCGCAGGGCCUGUAAGACAGAGCUUUUCUGCCUGGCUUUCAAUUUGAACUUAGUCUGAUCUUUUAUUCCCCUUCCUUCCCUCCCCCUCCCCUUUUUAUGAAGAUUACCUACUCUGGGAUCCCACAGCUAAUUCUUCCCUGGUAUCCUCGCUGGCCCAAAUAGGACUAACUUAACCAGCUUGCCCUGGUGAUCAUCUAAUGUUUAUUGGAUGGAUUUCCCCCCUAAAUUGAUUUUUGAAUUCUGAAUUUAUUGUCAUUCACGUUUUAUACUGUAUUUUAUGCUUUUUGUUGUUGCAUCAAUUAAGUAUUUUAAAUUUGUUGUUAGCUGCCCUGAGUCUGGUUUUCUGAACCAGGAAGGGCGGGGUAUAAAUAAAAAUUUAUUAUUAUUAUUAUUUAUUAUAAUCUUUGGUGGAAUUCCUAUAGCAAAAAUAAUGAGUCUCUUAGCCUUUAGUUUCAGAUUUCUUAUGUGAAAAGCACACUGGUAUGUUCACUGAAGAAAAGAAGGAAUAAAUACUCAAGAUGCCUCCUAUAAAGCACUGAUAUGCUGAAUUAAAUGCAUUAGAAAUAUUAACAUCCAAACCAGCACAAAUAAGCAAAUGUUUCUUCUCCACCCCAAUUGUUUUGAAAAACUUACGCCUAAAGAGCGAUUUAUUUUUAGAUAUUGCAUCAGAUGUUCACCAGCUGGCUGUGAAGUAUUAAUUUUUGACUUUGCAAUACAUCUGUAUGUGCUUUUCUAAAAUUGUGUUCUAACAGUUAUGAAUGUAGGCUUACAACAUUUGUAUCUUUUGAAUAAUUUCUGCCCCACCUUUCUAUUCCGAAAGAGACACUCAACGUGUCUGACAAGGUAUACAGUAGAAGCAACUCCAAAGAUAAAAACAAUUCCAUCAUUAAAGCUGCAAUCCUAAUCCUCUAGCCAUGCUGCUGGAGGGGUUUUAGGAUUCUGCAUCUUUUGGCCUCUGCCAGCUAUGCUCAUUAGGGCAAGAUACUACAAGUUGUAGUAAAGGGUGUAGGUGAAAUGGCCUCCCUAUGCAAGAGGAAAAUAGGCUUGGACGUGAAAGGCAAGAUUGGAUGGAAGGCUAAUGAUUUGUUUUCUGCAUCUGACGAGGACUACAAUUUCCCCUUCAGAUUUGGUGAUUCCGAUUCAUACCUCUUGCAUUGCUGCAGUCAGCAAACUGUUCCUGUGGCUUACAGCCUGGAAACGCUAGCAAGUUUGGAAUGAAUAGCCUGUUCUUUCACAGAGACUACGUAGUUCCCUGAAGUGCAACUACAAUGGUAUGGCUAUGGCCAUCUUUAGCUUUCUGCUCGCAACUGUUGUUCAAGUUGCUUGCUGAAUUGUUAUCUUGACCUUGCUCUCCAAAAAACCUCAGGAUUUUCAUACAUGCUCCCUCUUCCUCUUUUAUUCUUAAACAAUCCUCUGAAGCAGAUUGAGGGUGGUAUUCAACAAAUCUUUGCAAAGGGUAGACCUAUUGCAGUUAAUCAACCCAGUUAGUCAUGGCCCAUUUAAUUUCCGUGGAUCUACCUCGAGUAAAAAUAGGUUGAAUGCCACCCUAAGCUGCUAUCCAGUCUGCCUGUAAUGCCAUAAGUAGUAGCUUGGGAGCUGAACCAUAGGUGAUUGCCUUCUCCUUUCUAUUUACCAUAGGUGAUGCGUGAAUGUGUGUGUCUGAGAGGUGGGGAGUUUCGGAAGUGACUUUUGGAUAUCAAGUAUGAAGAGGAAAGGGGUGUAGGCAGGCUGCUUUCAGAGUGUGGCAGGUAAAAUAUGAAACUUUAGUGUCUGAAUAGGUGGCUGUGGGUAGUAAAGAUAUAGGAGAGAUGGAAUAAGAGAGGUAGUGCUUUGGAAGGUGAGAACAUGAGUGCCUGGGAUAGCAAUUGAAUGGACAUCUGGGGAAAAUAGGCUAUGGAGCAGGAGGCUGGAACUUUUAAAGUGUGUAUUGUAUCUAUUAAGUACAUAGUACUAACAGCUUAGUGGGUUAGACGGUCUGCAGUUACUUGUCAUUUGCAUCACUUAAACCUUGGAAGACAUCAAAAUACUGUGUAAUUUUGGACAAUUGUAACCAUCUGUUUUAGCAUAAAUGGGUGCAAUUCCAUUGAAGUCUGAGCUUGAGCCACUUAAGACCCUCAUCCCACCCACAAAUGUAAUCCUUGAAAGUGCCAUCCCCAUCCGCAAGCAUUUGUGAUUUACCCUACAUUUAAUAUAAAAGCUACUCAGAUAUAUUUGGCAUAUUUUACCAGUUAUUUCAUAAGCAGUCCUGUAGAAGGACUUGGCUAAGGACACAAUGAUAUCUGUUGUGUGUUUGAAUAAAUGUUUUUUUCCAUAUCUAGAAGUCGGGGUGGGGGAAUAUCCUUGAAUGCUGGACUUAAUCUGGUGACCUGCAGUAAUUAAGGAAAAAAACUCUUCUUUCUGGGUAACUGUAUCACUUUUUAAUUUUUAUUUUAAAAUCCUGAUUAGUUCAGUUACAAAUCCAAAACAAAAGUCUGCCCUUUAGCGAGCAGAAUGUAGGCAAUGUGAGGAAAUCUGCUGUGAAACUGUUGGAAAAGGAACAGCAUGUCUUUUUCAAAAUACCAGUGGAAAUGCCACUUCAUAUGAGAGAGACUCUCUCCCCAUCAUGCCCUCUGUUUUUCCAUCCCUUUGCUCUUUAGGAAAUCACAUUAUGUGUUAAAUCUACAAACCUGAAACACCCAAGACAGACUUUGCAAUAAGUGCAAAGUUGUAUCUUUUCGUGGGGAUUAGUCUAAGGCUGCUGAUGGCCAUCACCCAGUGACGGAGUUGUAUUUACACUAAACUUGACUAUCCUUCACAUAUGAAACACAUCUCCCUUCUUGGAGAUAAUAUGUUCAACAGCUUAUGCUGCACAUGAUGGGCUUCUGCACAUGGAGCUCAGUGGCUCUCAGGCACACACACCCCGGACCACUUGAAAAUUGCUGAUGGACUUGGUGGACCAUCUGAUUUUUUUGCCUGUUUCAGAAUUGUAAUGCACCAUACUUGUCCUCUCUUAGUUUCUUCCCUUUUUUUGUGGCUGCAUCCUUCAUUCCCACCUUCCAUUCCUUUCAAUUGCCUUCUUAGCCUCUUUGCUCUGUGCCUUUCCCUAUCUUUCUGCCAGCCAUGACGUCAAUAAUCUAAGGAAGGCAAAGCCACCUUACUGCCCCAUUACUUCUGCAGACCACCUGAAUGAAGCUGAUGGGCCACAGGUGGUCCAUGGACCACAUUUUGGUGGAACCCUUGUCUGGUUGGCAGGUAAUUUUGAAUGAACCUCACCCCUUUGCAUUGCAAACAGAAUUUAAAGCAGAUCAUAUUCUGUGUCCAAUGAGUCAAAUGGAAAAGAGCUAUUGGAUUUUUUCUUUUGAGUUCCUUGAAGACUUAUGAAGGUUGCAGUACAGUGGGGUCAUUUAUCUUAAAUCUUUUAAAUUGGAGGAUUUAAAUUAAAAACUGAGAAGACUUUAGAUUGCUCAAUAGCAUCCAUAUUUGUGGUCAAAAAAACAUUAACAAGCAGAAUUGAGGUUUUGUUAUCUCCCAGGGAACAACCUGAAAGACAAAUGAGUUGGUGAAAUAUUGAAACAAUGGGAACAAUGGAUGUGUAUAUAUAUACCUGUAUACCUGAAGGAGCGUUUCCACCCCCAUCGUUCAGCCCGGACACUGAGAUCCAGCGGCGAGGGCCUUCUGGCGGUUCCCUCAUUGCGAGAAGUGAGGUUACAGGGAACCAGACAAAGGGCCUUCUUGGUAGUGGCGCCCACCCUGUGGAACACCCUCCCUUCAGAUGUCAAGGAAAUAAGUAGUUAUCCUAUCUUUAAAAGACAUCUGAAGGCAGCUCUGUUUAGGGAAGUUUUUAAUAUUUAAUGCUGUAGUGUUUUUAACAUGUGAUUGAGAGCCGCCCAGAGUGGCUGGGGAGACUCAGCCAGAUGGGCGGGGUAUAAAUAAAUUGUUGUUGUUGUUGUUGUUGUUGUUGUUGUUGUUGUUGUUGUUAUACACCCACCCACACCUGAGUGAAUUGUGUCACUCAUUGCAAUGGAGGAGUCUGACCCACUGCACAUAGUCGUGAGAGCCAUUUGACAAAAAGUGGCAUUCGGUUCUAGCUGAUGUUUGGAUGUGGCCAGCAUGGAAUUUAGCUUGCUAAUGCAGGGAAGAUGCACUCUAUCUAUCUAUCUAUCUAUCUACCUACCUACCUACCUACCUAUCUAUCUAUCUUUGGGAAGGAGCUGCAUUUCCAUAGGUGUUUGUGGAGAAGUCUAUGUAUGUGUUGUGUUAGGCAUUAGGACUACAGAUGAGAUCUUCUGGGACUGAUACACUACAGUGGUACCUCGGGUUACAUAUGCUUCAGGUUACAGACUCCGCUAACCCAGAAAUAGUGCUUCAGGUUAAGAACUUUGCUUCAGGAUGAGAACAGAAAUCGUGCUCCAGCGGCAUGGCAGCAGCAGGAGGCCCCAUUAGCUAAAGUGGUGCUUCAGGUCAAGAACAGUUUCAGGUUAAGUACGGACCUCUGGAACGAAUUAAGUACUUAACCCGAGGUACCACUGUAUUUACAUUAAAGCCUCCCCUGUGGAGUACAGCCUAUGGUGACAGCCCCUGUGAGCUUGGUGCUAAAUAUAGACAGGAAACAAAGACAGUGGGGGGGGGGACCUCUGGACUGUGUGUUUAAUUAGGUCCAGCAUUUGGCCCACAAGGCCAUUUACCUCAGUGCAUGCCCUCCUACCUAACACCUAACAUAUGAUGUGAUGGAGACGCUCCCUGCAAAACUGACAGUGCCUGAAAAUCCCAGUUAGCCUGAUCACCAGCACCUCCAAAUAUCUGUCCCUCUGCCCAUGCAGUUUGAUUUCAGAUUGCACAGAAAAGGAAAAUGUGGGAAUGUCACCUCUCCAUCAUCGCCCAGAAAUAUAUAUCUCCACCUUCCAGCAGUGGAUCUGCUAAUCAACCAGGAUAAAAUUCCAGCCCUGUGCAACACAGCAAAAUCACCAGUUAUAAAUACAAAGUGCAGGGUGGAGAUAUAAAAUAAGUAAUUACAGCUAAUUGCCAAUUUGCACUGCAUGCCAAAGUUGCAAUGGUGCAAGAAAGCUCUGGCUCAGAUGUAAACAUGACUAAACUGUUGUGAUCAUGGGAACCAGUGCUGGCGUAUAACCACCUCCUCCUCCCCAGUCGGCAGUCUCUUUACAUUCACUGGAGGUCUCCAGGCUUCACUGAUAAACAGAAGUGUUGUCAACAGCUCCAUUCUAAUAUCUGUUUUGAUUUUUGUUGGCUGUGACUCAGCAAUGUUUUAUUAUUUAAUUAAUAAGUGACAGACUUCACCCCACCCUUGGAUCUAAGCUGCUUCUGUAUGAUGGAUUGCCAGCUAUUUCACCCCACCCCUCUGGCAAGUCUCCCGCGCCAAUAAUGCUAACAUGAUAUGCUGAAGCUUUCCCCAACUUGUAGGACUCAAAAGUUGGAUGCGAGAAGCCUUUUAUCAGCUGCUUGCUCAUCAUGGAGCUGAUAUAGGGGCCUGGAGUCCUGUCCAGGCAUAUUUGUAGGAGGCUCUGCAACUGAAGGCACAGAGCAAAACUGAAGGUUGCUUCCUAAUCUAGCUACUUUGGGAUAUGAAUUGAACAUAGCUUAUGUUAGACACUGUCCUUGCUUAUCCAUUUUGAAUUCAUCUGUGUUUGGCUUUUGCCACUGAGAGGGAGAGGGAGAGAGUCUGUUCUGAUGCAGUGAAUACCCAGUCAGCCAAGAGAAGCCUGAUUAGAGGAGAUAAAUUUCUGCUGCAGCCCAGGAAUGCCCUGGCACAAUUUUGUCUCUGUGUGUAUUUGGCUACUAUGUGGUAUGUGGAUAUUGCCAUUGUCUGCUAAUGCGGAAAUGCUUUUCUUUUUGUAUAUUUGAUGAGCUGAUAACGAGAGAAACUGCUCUUGUCUCGGGCCACCUCUCUGUAAAAUGAGCUUAAAUUCCUAUUGGAUGUUAAGCUUUCUCUGUCUUUAAACCCAGCAUUUGACUUGCUCUCUUCUGUUCAUUAGUGUAAUCCAGGAAUUCCUCUGUAAUUGUGAGCUUUUCUGUUUUAGUUACAAGCAACAGCAGCAGAGGUUAAUAUUCCGGGGUUUUUUUUUACUUCUCUAAAUCUUCAGCUAGAAACACAAGGAUCUGUGGAGUAAAGGUUCAGAAGUGGACAAUCAGCCGCUGUAAUACUCUAUAAUUAUUAUUUACAAUUUAGCUUCUGCAACAUGCUUUCAUCAUCUCUGAAUAAGUUUGAUGGCAGGGGGCCAGUUGAGACAUACUGGGAAAACACAUUCUCCUGCUAUGUGAAUGAGUUGCAGUGAGCUGUUUUGAUUAUCUGACCACUUGUGUCUAAUGCCUUAUUUUUCCUCUACUUUUUUUUUUUUUAACAUUGUAGGUUUAUAGCCAAGCCAUGUGCCUUAGGCCUAAAAGUCCAGGCCAGUGGACCACGGAAAGCUCAGCCUAAUGCUAUUCUUGAAAAAGUCUUCACUGCAAUUACAAAGGUACAGUAUGCACCUAAAAAAAUUGUUUACUUUGGGAGAAGGGAUAGGUUUGUCAUGAAAUAUGAAAUAACUUGGGUUGGAGUGGGCCCCUUGGCAAAAUGCCAUUUGGUGGACUUCCUGAUGGGCUUACUCUUUGGUAGCAGUGCUCUGGGGAGUGUCUGGCUCUGGGGGCCACCAUUUAAUGCGCUGGAGCGAUGCUACAUUGUGAGUGCUGUACGAAAGUGCUUCAAGACCCAGUCACCUAGCUCAAGGUGGCAGUAAAAAAGAACUGAUUGAUGUUUUAUGGUGCCCAGUUCAAUUCAUCUCCAAGAUCUAAGAUUGGGAUGUGGGUUGCACAGUAUAUAUGUAUGUUUAUACACACACACACACACAUACACACACACACACACAGUAUAUGUGUAUAUAUAUAUAUAUGUGUGUGUGUGUGUGUGUGUGUAUGCUGAACUUUCUGCAACCUUUGUCCUUGUCUGAAACUACUGAUCAGAUAGAAAGAUUGCAAGAUUGGAACAACAGUGUUAAGCUUCUGAUUAGAUAUAUUAACAAGGUACAUGCACAAGGUACAUGCACUAUCGUGGAACAGAAUCUCAAAACCACAAGGGACGGUUUGUUCUUGUUCUUCAUUGUUCUUUGCUUCCAGGUAGGUCUGAAAUCGUUCAUACUUUUUUGUAUGCCUGUUGGCAGAUUUAGCGACCUGCAGGGACAGUUUUCUAAACCGUCGGUUUUAGACGGUUUUCUAAACCGUCGUCAGGUCGGCGGUUUGAAUCCCCGCGGCGGGGUGCGCUCCCGUUGCUUGGUCCCAGCGCCUGCCAACCUAGCAGUUCGAAAGCACCCCCGGGUACAAGUAGAUAAAUAGGGACCGCUUACUAGCGGGAAGGUAAACGGCGUUUCCGUGUGCUGUGCUGGCUCGCCAGAUGCAGCUUGUCACGCUGGCCACGUGACCCGGAAGUGUCUGCGGACAGCGCUGGCCCCCGGCCUCUUAAGUGAGAUGGGCGCACAACCCUAGACUCGGACACGACUGGCCCGUACAGGCAGGGGUACCUUUAUUCCACCUGCAAAUCUCAUUCUGAUUCAAUUCUUAACUUCAAUGCAGCCCACUGCCCAUGUAUGGUGGCCCUCCAGAAGCUCAGUUAAAGCUUUCUGCUGUGCAACAGGAAUUACUGCCUUAGAACAACAGACAGGAUACUUAGAAUCCUUCAUUCACUCUUUAUUAUCAUUUAUUGCACCAGUUGCAGACCUUGGCAUAUUUAAGAUCGCAACCUGCAUUGCCAAGGAGUUUUUCCUCCCUGUUUGUAGAGUCACAUUAAACCGGUGGGUCUUCCACCUGCUCCACCCCACCCCACCCCAUAUAUGCACAUUCUAAAGGAGUGCAACUGUAACAUGUGAUAUUGCUGAACAUACGGCUCAGCUCUUAAGAACAUUCUUUACAUGCAGCUGUUGAAUAUUUAUGAAGAGCUUACAAAACUUGGAAGCUCUUUGUCAGAGCUGCUUUUUAUAAUAGCACUCUUAGUUUGUAACGCACCACAAAUAUUAAUAGGCUUUAUACCCAAGUAAUAUGCCUACAUUAGGAGCAUUAUUGCAAACUUUAAAACACACACACACACAUAUACCUUUAAUACAUAAAUUAAACACCAGAUACGUGGGGUGAACCAAUGUGGCCACUUCCUGCUUGCAGUAUGUUUUUUUUUAGAUAGAUAUCUUUAUUGUCAUUGUCCCAUACAGAACAAUGAAAUUGAAAAACUACAUAAAACAUUCAAAAACCCCUAAAAACUCUGAAACCCCAUUUUAAAAUACACUAUACUAUACUAUAAAAUACACUAUACUAUAAAAUACACUUAUAAUGCUGCGUUUAGAACCAGUUUUAAUUUUAAUGGUGCUUUUAACUUUAUGCUUUUGUAACUGUAUGUUUUCCGAUAUUCUGGGAUCACUACCUAACUGAUGAAGAACAGUCUGCAAAUAAAGUUUAGUUAUGGGCUAAAACAAUCUUCUCCAACCGGGUUGAGGGAAUGUUAGUCAUUAGCUUGUAGUUACUAAUUGACCUUAUGCUAUCCUGUCAGUAAAGGAGUGACUUCUUGAUCCUUUCCCUGUUUGUUUGGUAGCAUCCAGACGAGAAGAGGCUUGAAGGGCUUUCCAAGCAACUGGAUUGGGACGUUCGCAGUAUUCAGCGCUGGUUUCGACAGAGACGCAAUCAGGAAAAGCCAAGCACUCUGAGAAGGUUCUGCGAAAGCUUGUAAGGAACUGUUCCUGCCUCCCACCUUUCCCUUUUGGGUCUGUGCAAACUGGAUUCUUUGUUUUGCUCCACUGCUUAUUUUUUAUUUUUGUCCCACAGUCAAGGAUAGGCUCCCUCCCCACUUGCUUCUCAUAGUAUAGCAUUGCUUCAUAACUGCAGUGCAUGUGGAUUGCAAAAUCAUUUCAAACACAGCUGAGAAAAUCAGGUGUAAUUUCUAGCUAUGUAAAGGAACCAGGAUAUAAGGAGAACAGAUUUGUCCUUUAGCUGGUUCCCCGCAUCCAAACUCAGUGCUAGCUAUUGUACAAGGCUGGCUCUGCAGCUAUUGAGGUGGCCUGGGAUUCAUCUUAGCAGAACCUACUUAAUAGGGUGAUUAGUGUCCCUUAUGCCAAUUGAGGUAAAAUUAGAGACCUAUUGGCCGAAUUUACCGUAUUUUUUGCACCAUAACACUCACUUUUUUCCUCCUAGAAAGUAAGGGGAAAUGUCUGUGCGUGUUAUGGAGGGAAUGCCUACGGGUGGCAUGCCUACGGAUUUUCCUCCUCUAAAAACUACGUGCGUGUUAUGGUCGGGUGCGUGUUAUAGAGCGAAAAAUACGGUAGUUAAACCCUGACUGCCAGUCAGUUACCUGCUUUAGCUGUAUCUGUAUUUUAGCUGUAUCUUCUUAGCAGCUAUAAGGAGCCAGACUAAACAACUUGUUUCCUGCUGCCCCCACCUAGGAUGCUCUCCUGGCUUGUGAUUUUUAGCCUCUGCCAGCCAAGAGCAUGUUGUCAGUUGUGGGUAGGGAUGUAAAAUGGCUUAUUGUUGUAAACAAAAUCUGCCCUUUUUCGCUUAUGGGGUCUGCAAGAGCCUGCAUAGAGUCCUUACGUGGGUCCCCUAUUGGUAGGAGAAAAUAACAGAGGCCAACCAGAGAAUAUUGAGAAGCAAAGCAGCUAGUAAGCCUGAUCUUUAUUGAUCUGUUGCAACAGGGUGCUCCCCUCACACUCAGGAAAGGAGGAGGACCCAGAACAAAGGUGUGCCUGCCCUUAUAUAGACAUUUUAAAUUCCCUGCCCUGGAGCUCAAGACCACCCCUCCAUCCAUCCAUCCAUCCAUCCAUCACAGAAGGGGUGUAACCCAAGACCACCCCCCACAAACAUCAUACCUAUAUCACAGAAAAUGUGGUCUACAACAGAAAUUUGAAUGUUGUUGUUUUCCUGUCUGCCAGGUUAUCUGAUAAUGCCUUAUCUGAUUGCCUUUCUUGGUAGUCUGCCCAUUCCUUUGAAAUGGUGAUUACCCAAUUCCUGUAACAAGGAAGGUUUUUUCACCUCCUCCCUCCUUGCAGAGAAACAUUUGGUUAGCUUGGGAGUCAAAAUGAUUUCAGGUUGGUCUUCCUGUGCUGAUCUAUGUAGGUGCUUGGUUGGUACAUUUGUGAACAUUUAUUAUAUAUAUAAGACCUUAAAUUUUAUUAUUACACUAUCAUUACUUUGUUCUAGUUUCAUUGAUCUGCCAGGUCUCCUGGCUGCUGACCAUUGGGUAGACUGUUACCUGUGCUUAGUUUCCAUAGUAGCCCCAUUAUUAAUAUGUUGGGGAACGGAUCAAAUCCAGCUCUGGAAAUGAAAAUGGAAAUAUAUAAAAUGAUUUGCCCUAUGCCUCUCUUCUUGAAGUCUAUUUUAAGCAAGCUCUUUUAUUUUGCCUAAAAAUCUCAGGAGCUGAUCUCCUUGCGCUCAGAUUUGUCAGCUGAAUUCUUAUCGCUUUCCAAAAAUUUGAAUUAAAUUUCUAUGCUAGCAGGUUUAAUCAGGGCAGAAUGAACACUUAGAUCUAAUAUUUUAAGCAGAUUUUGCUUUAAGUGAACCUGCCAUGCUUCCAGACACCAUAGGAUUGGGACACUGCUGCUAAGUAGAAAGGUGGCUGAGCCAGCAGCAGUCAUUUUUGCUGGUGAACUGGGGUGCUCUUAUGCUGCGUUGGGGGGUGGAGAAGGGGCUGUACCAUCAGUACCACCAUUAGGGGUGGUGCCAGUCAAAAUAGGAGGGAGAGGGCAAAUGAAGUCCACCUCAGGGCCUCUUCCAACUAGACAUUCUCUUCUCCACUCCACGCCAACAGGGCGAGGUACCAUCAACUGCGCUAUGGAGAGGGGACUAAUGCGUUUUUAAUGUGUUAGUAUUGUUUGCUGUGAUUUCAUUCUACGCAGUGGUUGCUAGCUUGUAAGCUACCACAGAGGGAUUUGUGUCCUGAAAGGGAGGAUAUGAAUAUGUGCAAUAAAUGUUGAAGGUAAGGGAAUGGUGAUUUCGAACCAGUUUAUUUUUAGAAUUUCAGGUAUUAAGAAAAUUAUUAUAAAUUAUCUCAUCAGAUAGAAAAACAGGUAAUAUACAACUCUUUAGGCAGUAUCCAACAUAUAAGUUGGAUAGAGAAAUAAGAUGAGGUUGUGAAGCACCUAAAGAACUAUUCAAUAUAUAAUUUAUAAAACCAAGGUUCAUAAAACGUGCAGGAGCAUAAUGUGCUACUCGAGCCAAGCCCUCGCCUCUCAGAUUAUUCCGAGGUUACUGAAGGUGCCUUUAAGUUGCUAUGAUCUUGGCCUUGUAGGGAAAAGCUGCCUCUUCAGUUGAACACAGUUUCUAAUUCAGGGCUUUUGUAAUAUUCAUGUCCUCUGUUGUUGCUUCCUGCUUAGUGACCUGUAAGACAACGAAUGAAAGUGCACUAUGGCACUUUAAAAUUUUAAAAAAACUUUGAUUUGUGAGUAACAGAAUAUGAAGAAAUCAACCAUAUAAUUUUGAAAAGAAAUUGGAAGUUUUGAGUCAAAAUUUUUUUGGCCACUUAUUUGCCUUUUUCAUAACAUGUAGUUAGGCUUCUGAAAAUUGGAGCCCCGUCGCAUUGAAACUUACUAUCCAGAGACCUGUGUUAGUUCCAAAUGUGCAACCUUUUUAAAGAAAAAGAAAGAAAGAACAAAGCAGCAUUAGAAUGCCCUUUUUGAGAACACCUGGAAUGAGAAUUAUUCUCAUGGUUUUGUGGCUUCAGUGUUGUGGCUUCUACCAGAUACAGCAUUUUGCAUAUUUAUAAGCACGAUGCACCUUCCUGCGUACAUCGUGUCUUAUGCUACAAAUCUUUUGUCAACAGGUUGGCCAGUUUGGUAGCAGCGGCCUGCAAAUCAUUCACUCCUGUUUUAGUCAUCACCACAAUUACCCCGAGAGAGGUUAGACUGAGCUUUGAAAAGACUUUGUGCUUUGUGGCUAAGCAGGAAUUUGCACCUGGGUCCAGUCUAUAGUUUUCCUGCUCAGUGUUUCUAGCCCAAAACAGCCUAUGGACAUGAUCUGGAGGCAAAAUUGCUGGGGAAUAGCCAUACUACAUGUUAGUCGAUUGCGGAGUAGGCCCCCGAGAGACUGAUGGUACUUAUGAAAAGAGGAGAGUUGAUGUUGUCUUGGCCCCUGUUCCCCAAACUUUAUAUAGAAUUUGAUGGGCAGCAAAGCCAAUUUUGCAAUACGCUCAAGGUGCCAGGGAAGAAAAUGCCCUUUCAUUUGCUUUCCCAUCUCAUCUUUCAAUACUAUAUAGCAGCCACGUCCAACUUCCAAGAGACUGCGAUCUACUCCCACUAUAAAAAAACCAGCAGUGAUCUACCCAUUGGAUUGAUCAGAGUUGUUGAGCUUUUUUGGGGGGAGGAUGAGCCAAAAUUGUAGAGCUUAUUGGGGGGGCAAUGAGCCGGGGUUGGGGGGCCAUGAUCGACCAGGAACACCCUGGGAUCGACCGGUAGAUAGCGAUCGACCUGUUGAACAUCCCUGCUAUAUGUGGUAGGGGGAAUUGCCUUGAUGAAUCCCUGGAGUGUUCCACACUAAACAGAACAGCCAGAUCCUAAUGAGGGCACUUGGAGGAAAUGGCUGCUUUUCCUCUUCUCUGCACUAAAGAGGUAAACACGGCUGCUAAAUGUUUAAGCAGGCGAGAAAGCAUGAACCAUUCCUCCCAUACGUUUCACUGCUCCCUUGAACGUCUUUUCAAUAAUUAACUUGUACUCGACGUGGCCUUGUUUUCGAAAGCUUCUUUCACCUCCCCGAUAACUGUUGUGGCUCAGAAGACGCCGCUUUUCAGUUUUAGAGAAUAAUCCUUCAAAACAUGUGUUAUACACGGCGAGUGAAUUGCACGUGUUACUUGCUAAGGGGGUCUUACAACCGUGAGGGGCUAAGGUCUGGAAACAUCUCUUUUACCAACUAGUUUCUGGGUUUUGGGGGAGGGUUUGUUACUGGGCCCCAGGUAAAAGGUGCAAGGAAGAGGGGAGAGUAAAACAAGGGGAGAGAUUCCAUUCAUUCAAGUCCAGUGGCAUAUAGUUCCUUAUCAACAAGUGCCCACAGAAGAUGAAAAAGGUGAGGACAUACACUGCCAGCAGCUUCCUGCAGGUGUUGUCCUUACCUUACAUUUUUUUACCUUGCAGGUGAUGUCCCUUUAUCUUGCAAUAUACAAAAAAACAUUUCUUGUGUCUUCUGGAAGCUGCUCUGUCCUCUUUAUGACAUGGAGUGUCAUACUUCUUUAUGACAUGGAGUGUGUGAAGCAGAUAACAGCUUGUCACCACUGCAUAGCCACUAACAUUGUCUGGGAUUUUGUCUUAGAGAAGAUUAUGGAGAUUUUUAAAAUUUAACUUGUCUAUAUUUUUGCUACCCCCCCCCUUUUUGGGGGGGAAGAAGCUGCCUGAUUACAAUGUUUGUCAUCUCUGAGAAAGCAAUAGCCUCUUUCGUGGGCUGAACAGGUUUAUUUGCUUUCAUUCCUGUUCUCCUCCUCCCUCUGCCAACUUGGCACAGAAUGUGGCUUUGUUACAGCCCUUAUCGAAAAUUAACAGACCCAAAUACACCAUUCCUCCCUCACAACUCCCACUGUAUUAGAAGCACAUAUCAAGAUGGAAAGUGACUUGCUUAUCCCAUUAGUCUCUCCACUGUAGUAGAGGCAAAUUAUCUGAUGAUUAUUCUGCUUCUCUUGCAUGAACGACAUGCCAAACAUGCUCCUGGGAGGAGAGGACCUGCAAAGCAAAGGAAGCAAUUUGCAGGCUUCAUUUAGGUUUCUCUAAAAAAAACCUGGAUGAAUCCUUCUACUAGAGUUUUGUCCCUUUAUAAAGCGACUCCUAAACUUUAUAUAAUGAUUUGACUAAGCUUUUAAGAUUACUUAAAACUUGAUGACUUCGGUUUAUUCUCUGUUAUUCAGAGGACUGAGAAUGUGCUGCUUUUGGUAUCCCACACAACAAGGCAUUUCUGGGGCAGGACUGGACAGGCAUAGGACUCACUAUAUCCUGAGCCAGCCCUGCAGUUGGCACGGUCUAAUCCGGGGCUCUUUGCUGCACUGUCCCAGGAGUGGGCAUCAGUUCUGGACACCUGAAUGGAGGUGGGGUGGGGGCUUUUCUUUAUUCCUACAAUAUUGCUCUGGAAGAUCACUUGACAGGGAAGGGGGGCUGUUUCUGGAAGUGGGAGAAAAUCUACCGUUCAUUUCAGCUGUAGGAAAUACUUUGAAGUUUAAAUGGCAGCUGUGACGUAUUAUAUAUGGUAUGCAGUAAUAGCUCUGUGACUUAUUUGAGAAGCACGAAGCAUGUCUAAGACUCUUCCUUGGAGCCCUGUGCUUUCCUUAAAAGAUAAGUACUUUUGCCUUAUCUCCUUUGCCAUCCUCCUACUCCCAACCUUGAUGAACUGAGAUGCCAUGUGGCUUCAGGCAGAAAAAUUUAUUAGUUGUGCCACGUUCCCUAUUCCGUGGGAACAUAUGGAAAGAGAUUAGUUACCUUCUUAAAGGCCUCCUAUCUAUAGCCUGCUUUUUGUUGUUGGAUCAAUGGGUUUUGAUCUAUAGGUGUGUGGCUCUUAAAGUGGCUUAUUCUACAUGUUGGGCUUUUUUUUACACAAAUGUAAAUUCUGUUUACUUAAUAAUGCCAACUGCUUUGGCUGCCUUCUAUUUCUUUAGCAGUCACACUAUACUUUUCUAAUAUUUUGUUGCAUGUUUUUAUGUUUUAAGCCACAUGAGUAGCAUAGUGCCCUGACUAGUGGGUAAGUCAGUGAUGUGUGUUACUGGCACCAAUGAAACAAUAUAAGUUGGCAAGUUGAAGACCAGAACACCUUCAAAAACAACCUUCCUGAACAUGUUCCAUAAGAGAAUGCAGAUAUUCAGCUUCUAGCAUUGUAACACCUUCAUAAAGAUAAUAAUAAUACCAUCAUCAUGCAGGGAGGAGAGGGUGGAUUGUUCCAGCUGGCAAACAGCAAAGCUUCUGCAGACAGACUGAUUGGAGUGUGAUUUUUGAAUCCCACCCAAAAUAUUUCUUUAAUAAGAUUGUCUAGUAUAAACGUGCUCAUAGGCAACACUUUCCACAAGCAUACUUGAGACACGCUUUGCAGCCACAGUGUGCACUGAGUAAAGAACACAUCAAAGUGUUAGAAAGGACAGGGAUGAUUUAUAAGUAGCUUAAACAUUUCACAGCUACCAGUAUGCCCCAGUGAUCGAUACCGGAGAAAGAAAGAAACCCAAAGGGCCAACAGAUCUCUCCACUUUAGCCUUGGCUUCAGAAAUUCCCUAUUCUGUGCUGUUGCUCCUUAUGCCCGUUAAAGCUCCCUGCCCCCAAGGCAGCUGCAUAUCAGAUCCUGUGCGUAUCGGAUCCUGCCAUAAACAUGCAGUGCUGACUUGGACCAUCAGUUUCAUCCUUGAUGGUCUCAGUCUGUUCAGUUUCGGCUGAACAUCCAUCCAGCUAUAAGAACUUUUUGUUUCUCUUAGCUUAGUGAAAUCUCUCCCUGAUCCUGUCAACAGGGUUGUUGAGGAAUUGCUCAAAGCAAAUAGCACACUUGCAAAAUCCAUCUGAUUAUCCGUUUGGCUAUCUUUACUUUGUGGGUGAGUUGUGUUCUCCUCCCAUUCUCAUCCCCAUGAAGGCAAGACACAGGGACUAAUUAACUUGGAAUAUACAGUGCCCUUGGAGGUAGAGGUUGUUCAGCCAGAGUGAUUUUCAAACAGUUGUUCUGCAUUUCUUCGAAGAGCUGAUGUCUUUAUGUAAAACUACACAACUGCUCCCCAUGCCUUCCAAAAGGCAAUUCUUUUUGGUUAAAUGGUAGAGAAAAGCGGAUAUAAAACAUGGUUGAUUUGCAAACCAUCAUAAUGUUGACGAGUUAGAUAUUUUACUAACAUUUUGUGGCUCACCUAUCUACUUUAUUAAAUUUAUUUAACUAAUUUAUAUACUAUUACUACAUUUUAAGGGAUGCGGGUGGCGCUGUGGGUUAAGCUACAGAGCCUAGGACUUGCUGAUCAGAAGGUCGGCAGUUCAAAUCCCCGCGACGGGGUGAGCUCCCAUUGCUCGGUCCCUGCUCCUGCCAACCUAGCAAUUCACAAACAUGAAGUGCAAGUAGAUGAAUAGGUACCACUUCGGCGGGAAGGUAAAUGCCGUUUCCGUGCGCUGCUCUGGCUACACGACCCAGAAGCUGUACGCCGGCUCCCUCGGCCAAUAAAGCAAGAUGAGCACCGAAACCCCAGAGUCGGCCACGACUAGACCUAAUGGUCAGGGGUCCCUUUACUUUUACCUUUACUACAUUUUAGCUGCUUAUCAGUUAGGGGAAUUCAAAGCCACCCAAGUGAUUUUUAAAAAAUCAAAAAUCAGAACAAUGAGCCCAUUAAAAAUAAAGCUAGAUGGUAAGUGUAAAAACUGAAAUGAUAUUAGCUGAAUCCAAUGCUAUUUUGCUAGAAAAAGAAGUGCUGGAACUCACCAUGAACACCUCCCUCAUUCUCUUAGAAUGGCAAUGGCACUCACCUGUGAGGUGCCGGAACUGAGUUCCAGCAAGUUCCAGCUGGGAAAAAGCCCUGACUCAAUCCAAUUUAAUCCCCUGGCAGAAGCUAUAAUAAUCCAAAUGGUGAUCUUGCACUCACAGAAAUGCUUUUGAUCCAGUGGACACCUCUGCAAACAGCAGAGGAUUAAUGAUGGCCAUUUCACUCUUUGCCAUGCCAUUUUCCACCUUGUUUUGGAGAGACUUAUAAUCUGGAGCUAAUUUUGGGGGAGGGGAAAAUUGACCAAAAUCCAAAGAUGAGCAGCAGUCAUUGAAUAACCUGUUACUCCAUCUAUUUUCUUUAAAAAUCUGCUUUCCGAAUUGAGAAUUGUACUGUAAUUUAAAUGCUGCAUUUUGCAGGCAUGGCUGAGUCGUGGCAAAGUACUUCCUUGCUGAGCACUUUUCCUGCAUUUCCUCCAGAUGAUCAAGAUCCAUUAGUGUUUGCAAAGCCCUUCCUAGAAAUACGCUCUUAGGAAAGAAUUGCAUUGAACUGACCUUGAUUGAACAGGUGGCCAGAAUAAUUAGGCAGCUGGGAACAGCUGGAGAGGGGUUCAUGAAAUUUUAUUUUUUAAGAAACAUGUUUGUUCAACUGCGUGUUUCUGGCCUACUUAUCCAGCCAUACUAUAUUAUUGAUGGCAUACAGCUACAAAAAUGUAGUGUAUUGUGUUGUAUCUCUUCUCCCUCCUCCCCCAACCCUUGGGUUUUUGGCCUCACUAAAUUUUCCUCUGAUGAUCUCAGAGAUGCAUGGUGAGUAUGUUGGCUUAGGAUAACACUGGUCUCAAGUGAUGCUGUUACUAUAAAAUAUUAAAGCUACUGUUAAAAUCCUCAGCCAAGAAGAAAACCGGAAGCCAGUCAAGUCUCCAACCACAUACCGUAAUUCAAUAGAAAGAUUUUGCUUUGCAUAAGUUACCUGCUACUUUGCAUAUUUUAACAAGAGCCUUCCUUUUGCAGUGGUGCAUCUCCCUGUUCUUUUUUAUAUAUAUAAAGUGUUACUGAUUUUCAUAGUAGUACAUAAAGUCUCGAACGCAACACAAUCAUCAACAAACAAUGUAGGUCUGCUGAGUGUAAACACAGCAAUAAAUCGUUUGAGUCCUACAAUCUUCAUGGCAAUCUUUGUGACAACACCACAUAGUUGCGUGGGCCGCUGGAGGACAAGGAGUAUCUCCAUGAGUAUUAACAUAGCUGAUAAAUGAGAAUCAUAUUGCAUCAAACAGAUCUCAUUUCGCCCUAUCUAGACCAACUCUCCUGUUUUGGGUCAGAUGUUUGGACAAGGCAAUGUUCCAAAUUUGAUCGUACUGUCCACAUUUUGUGGGAGUCGUUUCUCCUUUCUACUAUGUAAAUGAGCUGCAGCCAAUAACAAUGCAAGCAAAUCUUUGUUUGAAAAGAGCUAAUAUCUAAGUGGAAUGGCUGAUCGGUAAAGCUAUUUAUCUCUGAGAAUACCUCCUUCUGAAACAUUUGAGCUAGAGGAGCGCUCUACCACAGCGAUCUUCUUUCGCCACAUCUUUGCCAAAAGAGAGGAGGAACAUUCUUUGCUAGAUAUGAGAGUUUACAGGAGUCCAGUGUCAACACAAUAUUAAUUUUAGGAUAGCUUUCUGUGCUCUCACAGAAAUGGUAUAUAGAGGAGGGUUUGACCAAACUUUUCCCCACUGUUCCUAAGAUUGUUUCCCCACACUUUCCUAAUACCCUCCGAUGUACCCAUGGUCUGCUCUGUUAAAUUCAUGCAAAUAGCAUAAGUGAAAUCCUUGUGUUGGGAGUGAAGUAGUAGCACAGUAGCGUUUGUAAACCAUUAGGGAACAGAUCCCCUCCUCUCUUCAGCUAAUGCACAUCAUUGCCUGUGUUAUUUGAAACAAUUUAGGUUUGCAUCCUUCAGUUUACCCCUUUAUAUGCUAUGCAGUCACAGGCUGCCCCCUGUGGAUGAAAUCUUCGAUAUUGCAAAUCCCUUUGAUACUGCAGCGUUCAAAAUGUUUAUACUUACUGUUGAGCAGAAUUUUGGAUGGUCCAAAAUGGGAAUUAUCGAUAGUGCUUCUUCUCUUCCAUAUCAGUAGGUUCAUUUUGAGAAAUGGUUGUUCACCUUAUGAAUGGCUGGCUAGCAAAGGUAUGAUAAUGGCAGUGCCUGAACAGCAGAAGCUGGGGGCAGUGUUUUGAUUUGUACCCAUGGUAUAUCAUUAUAGUUUGAAUUAAAUGUUUUAGCUAAAGAGCCUCGUAGUGCAAUUUCAAAUUUGGCAUUCCUAGAUCUCCCCUGACUCGUGGCCUAUAAAGAGUGCUGUUGCAAAUCCUGCUCUUCUUACCCAUUGUGAUGAAUUUGUCCAAUUCUUCCUGCCAUUAAAUAAACCACUUGUAAGUGAUCAAGGCAAAGUGGGGCUAUAACAGACCCUCCAAGUGUCCCUAUUUUCCAGGGGCAGUCCUGGAUUUACAGAAGCUGUCCCGGUUUCUGAUUUGAUGCUGGAAUGUCCUGUUUUCCUUAGGGCAUUCCUGUUUUCAUUGGAUAAAUGUUGGAGGGUAUGGAUGUCCCUGUUUCCAUUAGAGAAAUGUUGGAGGCUAUGCUAUAAAAGGAAGAAAGGUUUCAGUAAAAUGGACAUCUUUAUGGCCGCAUUUCUUCCCAACCAUACCAGGUUUCAUUUGUUCCAGCUGUUUAGGAAAAUAGCUUACCAUAACUGUGCUUACACAGCCACAUCCCAAAAGCUUCUAUAACAUGAAUGAUCAAACCACAAGUAUAUUUCCCUUGCAUGCAUCAAAAGGGCAAUAUGAGCAAUUUUGAGUAGUGGAUCCCUACACCUGCCAUGUUGUGAAAUUUGUCUUGUUCAAGUUUCAGCAGUUUUAAUGCCUAGCUCAGGUUACCUAACAUCAGUAGUGUGUAUUAUUGAAAGUUUACAAGCCCACAAUUAACUUGAGUCUGUCUGCGAGGCAGGGAAGGGAAGAUCUCCCAGGGUGGGAGGCUGGGAAAAGAAAGGGAAGCUCCUGUGUGGGAUAAUGAUUAAGAUCUACCUCUGAUAGAGGGCUAUCUCUAUAUUUUUUCUCCUUCCUUCCUUUCUCCUCUUUCUUCCUCUUCCUUUUUAUUUAGAUUAGUUUGGUUUUUAAUGCAUUGUAUAUUGAAAAGUUUUGAUAAAAAGUAUAUCCAAAAUAUAUAUUUUAAGGUUAAAAAAAAAGCCCUGGAUACUUUUUUAAAAAAACCCUUCUUAUGAAAUUACCCAUUUACAGAGAGUUAACUUCAGUGAUUGAUGAGAACCUCAAUUAGCAAGAGUUCUAAUCAUACAUGCCAAUAUUAUUUUGAAAAGUAAAACCAUUUUUGCAUUGGAUAAAAGCCCUGGACAUUUCACCUUCUUGCUGAUUUUAAUGCUUAAGCAAUCAUGCAAAAAUUAAUCCUCCCGCCCUUCAGCUGACAGCAUCUUUGAGAGUGGGAGGAUUUAGAUUGCAUGGGAAGAAAGAGUUUAAGAAUCCCUCCCAUAAAUGUGGUUGUUCACCCACCUUUGCAUGCAGGAUCUGAUGAAAUUUGGAGUGUUCUCUCCCCAGUGUUGCAUUAAAAUAAAAACAGACACCAGACGUUCCCCUUACAGCUUUCCUGCAGAACAUAUCAUUUGUGCCUGAUAUUACAGUACUUGUUUCCUAUUCAAGAUUUGCAUAUUCAGUAUUUGCUUAAGAGGUUGUAUGGGAAGCAAGACUCCUGGCGUUUGGACUUCCUGUUUUGCAGUGAACCCGGCAAACCGCCCUCUUGGGUGCUCCAGCGUCCGGGAGGGGUCCCAGGUGGAGAUUAAUGAGGGGUAAGGGGCAUGUCUCCCCUAACCUUUUGAGGGUAUCAAAACGGCACAACCCACAGUCUGUUAAUGCCUUUUUGUGUGUGUGUGAGCGGGGAUGGAAAUCUCCAUCUCCCAGAUGAAAAGGCGAGGGCGCUGGGCUCAUUGGCUCUGUCCAAGGACAGCCCCAGCAAGGUACCAUGGCAAGCUGUGGAAUACCCUUGAAUUCGGACAUAAUUGGCAAGUGAAGAGGCACCCCCCCCCCCCAAAAAAAGAUCUUGAUUUAUGGUGGAGGAGAAAACAUUGGGAAGGAUUUUUCCCUAACAAAUGAAAGGCGCUGAUUUAUGCUUUUCUUGAACGGUGGAAGGAGGAGAGGCAAUACUUUAAGUCAUGGUUUUUUCGGGAUCUGUGUUAUCUACCCUCCCCUAAAGCAAUGGAAUGCAAAGUUUUUGGGAAGAGUGGACUUUAAAGAUACCUCUUUGCAAUGGAUUUUUAUAUAUAUAUAACUAAGGGCUUUACCUGAAAGAAGAUGGAGAGUAACAACCUUGAGGGAAUUUUGAGGGAUUUUGACCACCCCUUGGAACUUCAUAUUAUAAAAUAAAAAUAGUAAAGAAGAAAAGAUUGGUAACAACUGGAUUGACUGUUAAGCACUCAGAAGAGAAUAAACUGUGGAGUUGGAUGUAAUGGAACUGAGGGUCAGCAGGAUGGACUUGCAGGAAGAUUAAUUAGUUUAUGGGGGAGGAUGGAGAGGAGAUAUGGAUUUUGUUGAGAUUACAUCAGCCCACCCGCUUGAAGCCUAAAGUUGGAAAGAAGAACAGUGAAAGGGACAGGAUGGACUACAGUGUAUACCAACUUGACAGCUUCUGAGACUUUCAGACAGAAAAGAAGAGAUAUGGAUUGCGUUUAUUUAUUAAUGAGCUGGUUGUAUGUAAAACUGAAGAUUAAAUUUGGUGAAAUGUGAAGGGUGGGUGACGCUGGGAGAUUAGCAGCAUUGGGGCGGGGGAGAGGAAUGUAUAUUAUACAUUUAUAUCAAAAAAUUCUAGGGGUUUUAUUUUUACCCUCUGCACGCUGCACCAUGAGGCUGAGUUGUUUAUUACUAGGGCCACAUGUCAGACAGCAAUGUUCAAGGCCAUGUUAAGGAGGAAUGUGUGUAUGUUGUCUGGGAGGAAGCAAUAUCUGUUUUUCUCAGGCAAAGUGUUACUCAAGAGGAAUCAGAAGGAAAUGUUUGAAAAUUGAUGAACGACUAUUACAGAUAGAUAGAAGAGGAUUUACUCUACUUGACUGUUUUGAGGACAGGUUAUAACAAUGUAUAAAAGCCAUAGCAGAAAUUGGUAAUUGAACAGGUGAUGUGUAGAGGUGAAGGGAUGAAUGUAUUUUGAAUUAUAGCUGGAAAAGUUAUUUUAUUGGGAGCGGCAACGGAGGAAGGAAAAUAGUGGGGAAAUCUGGGGUGGGUGGGAAAUCCACUUUUAAAUUUGUAUUGAAUUUGUAUUAACUUGGUGACAAUUUGUUAAAAAAUAUGGAAUAUCAAUAAAAAUAAUUGGCAAGAAAAGAAGACUCCUGGCGUUUGAAGCACUAGCUGUAGAGAGAGGGUUGGGGGUGGAUUCUGCCUGCUUGUUUUUCCUGGAGUAGAUGGUGUCAUAAUGAAGGCAUGAUUGUUCAGGUUGUGUUGCUCCGGCAUACUACCCAAGUGUUUAGCAACCCUUUGUCUCCUUUUUUUGCAUUUUAUACAUUGUCUUCCGCACAGCAGACUUCAUCAGUGGGUCCAGUCUGCUGUGUCAAAGGUCAUGUGAUCCUGAUAAUUCCAUGGGCUGAGAGUUCUUUGCUUUGAUGUGGAUUUUUUAUGAGAUGCCAGUGCCUGUGAUCGCACCCACAAUCCCCUGAAAUAACCACAUGGGUGUAUGUAACCCUAUGACAAUUACAAAAUCUUUAUCAGAUUUGGCUGCUUUGUUUGCUUCCCUUUCUGGCCAACUAUGGAAAUUGUUAAGUAACUGCAGAAGUUACAACUUGUAAUUUAAAAUGUCAUUUGUGCUUGCAAUUCUGGUCCCUAAAGCCGUUUGGAGACAAGCCAGCUGACUUCUUUUUGUUCUUCGCAAUUUGCAAUAUGUAAUUUUAAAGCUUUUUCACAUUGUUGGUUUCAGAACAUUUUGAAUCCUGUCCUGAGUCAUGCGGAGAGGGCAAAAAUAGAAACAAGUACAGGCAGUUUAUAUCAUUUUAGGUGAUACAGUGGAUCUUAGCCUGCGUGCUUUAAAUUCAUACGUAAUUGAAGGAGAAGAUCUUCUUUAAUAUUACCCUUCCAUUGUUUUGAGAAGAUAGUUGCCGUCACAGAUCUUGUUACAUUGACAUUAUCAGUGAUAUUAGUGAUAAUCAGUAUUAAUAUGGGCUUAUUUUAAAAGACUGCACUGUUCUUUGGCAAUCUCUGCUUAAGUCUGCAGCUGGUGUGAGCCAUGUGAACAGGUGUGAACUCACCUGUCUGCCAUCCAGGUGGUUGUGGAGCCCAAGCUCCUUAGCCUCAGGAAAUGAGCCCUUUCUGACUAGUGACGAAGCAUUCACCACUUGGUGAAUUUAUUUUGUUCAUUGCAUUUCCUCCCACAGGAGUCCAGGACUAUCAGUUCUGGAUGUAGCAAAUCACCAACCAAUUAAAAUGGUAGAAAACAGCACCAGCAGAGCAAAGGAAGAGAGGAACUGAUGACCAUUCAGCCUCGGUCACUCUCCCUGAAAGUCCUGGUCCAGAACACAUGGUUGUUUGAUGUAAAAACAAUGACAAUGUGGAGGGAAAAUGCAAAAGGGGUGCCAUCGUGGAGAAACUCUCCCGCCACCUACUGUCUGCAGCACAAACAAGCUGCUAGUUGAUCUCAAGGUGUUAGUUGUCCGGUAUUGGAGAAGUAGCCCUUUAAGUAUUUGGGAGGCCCCAAGCCAUUCAGGUCUCCAAAUAACAAAUAACAAUAGCAGCACCUUAUAUCCGGAAUUAAAAGAAAUAUUUAUUUAUUCCAUUAGUAUCCCAUUUUUCCUCCAAGGAGCUCAGGGUGGUGUAGUGGUUAAGAGCAGCAGACUCAUAAUCUGGGGAACCGGGUUCGCGUCUCUGCUCCUCCACAUGCAGCUGCUGGGUGACCUUGGGCUAGUCACACUUCUCUGAAGUCUCUCAGCCCCACUCACCUCACAGAGUGUUUGUUGUGGGGGAGGAAGGGAAAGGAGAAUGUUAGCCGCUUUGAGACUCCUUCGGGUAGUGAUAAAGCAGGAUAUCAAAUCCAAGCUCUUCUUCUUCUUCUUCAGGGUGGAGUGAAAACUUCUCCACCUCCUUGCUUUAUCCUCACAAGAACCCUGCAAGGUAGGCUAAGCAGAGAGACUGCAACUGGCCCAAGGUCACCCCCUGGCCCAGUCUCCACCCCCUGAGUAGAGAUUCAAACUCGGGUCUCUCAGGUUCUAGUCCAAGGACUCAGCUAUACAGCUGCAAAUAAAACAUUUUAAGUUCAAUAUACAAUGUGACGCUGGAUGGUGAGCCUUAUGGAAAAUUCAGAGUAUUUUUUAAAACACUUUUUUAAAAAAGCAUUUUCAAAACGGUUUUUAUAUGUGUCUAGAUUCCACCCAACAGUCUAACCCCUACACCAUACAGUCAUAUGAAAAUACGGUAGGAUUAAGUAAUUACCAGGUACAGUGGUACCUCGUGUUAAGGACUUAAUUAUUUCCGGAGGUCCUUUCUUAACCUGAAACUGUUCUUAACCUGAAGCACCACUUUAGCUAAUGGGGCCUCCCGCUGCUGCCGUGCUGCCGGAGCACAAUUUCUGUUCUCAUCCUGAAGCAAGGUUCUUAACCUGAGGUACUAUUUCUGGGUUAGCGGAGUCUGUAACCUGAAGCGUCUGUAACCUGAAGCAUAUGUAACCCGAGGUACCACUGUACUGCUAUAUCACUUUCUAUCCUAAUUUGUAAGACUUGACGAUAAUGAAGCUGAAAGCUGUUCAUUGAACACAAGGGCUAUACACAGCCACUAUUACAAGCCUUCGUACGUUAGAGAGACCACACUUAGACAGCAGGCACAGUGGGCUGGAUCAAGAUUAAGUUAUUUGAUAAUUUGGCCCCACCAAAAUCAGUGUGCAAAGUUAAUCAUAAACAACUUAGGUCCCACUGUUACCAGAGUAACUCAAGUCUGACUCCCACUCAGUAAGCCAAGAACUCUGGACAUUCUCAAGAAAUAUUUCUAAAAUUCUAUUCACUGUGCACUGAACAAGCUUAAGACUGAAAAACUGAAACCAGAUAUGAAGCUACCUCUACAAACUGAGGGUGGUUUAAGAAAUAAAGCUAAUUGUGACAAUCAAAUAAUGCCAUAUAAUCUAAGUGUGUCUCCUGGCUAACAGAUGCCUUCCAGAACUCCAGUUAGAAUUUGUGAACAGAAAAGAACAGUUGGACACUGUCAGUGCAGAUACUGAUGAAACACUGAACUAAUUUUUUUGCUUGCAUCCUAAAUUGUAAUGACAAGCUCUAAUCUGCCCAUCAUACUUUUCCUUAAGCAGAGAAUGCCUUUGAACAAUCAUAUGGUUACCAGCUCUUCAACUGUGGGGAUCCAAGUAGUUUAUAUGCAACUGUAGCAAAUAGCAACGAAAUUAGUGUUGACACAUACUCAUUGGACAGCUAGAAAGCUAGGUAGAUCAACAGCAGCUGCAACUUCCAGACCAUUUUCAAGGGUAACCUUACAUACUGAGCUAGAUGAACCAACAGGCUGACUCAGUAUACAGUAGCUUCCUAUGUUUCCAUGCAGUAAUCCAUUCAGUGGUUGUCUGUGCUCAUCUACAUUCUGUUGUCUGUGCAGUUCACAUCUUUUGACUCUGAAAUGUUUACACUGUUGGACAAAACUGGUCUCCCACUGGAAUAAAUGCUUCUAGGGUACUUUACAGUCCAUUAUUAGAGGUUACUUGUCCCCCUGAAACAGUAAGCUUUACUGAGAUAUUUAGAAUCCAUUGUUUGGUAACUCUUCAUUUUCCCCAGUGCAUUUGUGUUUCACCUAUUGAGCAGAGUUUGAAAUUCACCAGGCAGUAGGCAUAUUUUGCACCUGGCUGUCAGUCACUUGCGGUCAAGUGAAGAUGCCUGAGCACCAGAAUGGCACCUGACAUCUCCACCAUCUGGAGGUGCAGGCCUGGGGACCCUUGAAUCUUGACUGUUUUCACAUACUAGCAACACAUCCAGUAGAAUUCUAUCCCAUUAUUUUUUAUCUGGACAAUCAGAAUGAAUUUCAGGAAUCAAAAAGUCGUAUUGAAUAAUGUGACUUUCAAGCCGUCUGGUCCAAAAAUGGCAACUAGACAUUCCGUUUUGCCGACUAUAACCCUGGUUUAAGGAGCCAUUAAGGAGCCUAAGUUAUAUAUCUGGGUUUCUAACAUGGCUAUUGAGGUAGUCACACUUUAACAUAAAUGGAAACCAUGAUUCUUUUGUAUGCACUGUAUGUAUACGACCCAUGUAUGCAACCUUUGUCUCAGCAAUGUACACUUUUACUGAGCCAGACGUAACUACCAUGGACAUUAUUUUGAUCAGUUUGCAUUUAGCUGGGGGGGGGGGGGACCAACCUGAGUUUAAUUUGCUUGGCUUCAUCUGGCUCUCAGAUACGGUAUAUAUUUAGUUGUUUGGCUGUGAUGGGUGAAUUAAACUUUUGACCAGAUUCCAGUUCUGACCCAAAUAUUGAUUUAUAGAUGUGUUACACAUAAAAUACAAUUUUUAGGGGGCAUUUAUAUGCUCUCCUAUAAGCAGGUUCUCGGGGUAACCUAAGCAAGGUUAACAAGAUAAAUAUAUUUUACUUUAUUUGCAGGUGGAGAUUUACAUUUUACCUUUAUAUAUUCACCUAUGGAGCCAGACUCUUGAAAAAGGUAAGGCCCAUUUGAAUAAUGAAAUUAGUGUUAAUGUCCCAUUGUGCUUCUUAUUAUGUGUGUCUGAGAAAGGAUCUUCUAGGAGGUGAACCACAGCCUCUUCAUAUCAUGACGCAGGAUAAGGUGAUUUAGAAAUACAUUGCAGACAAUAGCUGGAGAGAAUUGUGAUAUGUGUGUAAGCUGCUGCUCACUCUUAUUUAUAAUGUGGAUGAAAAGCUUCUCUUUAUGUGUUUCGCUCCAUUGGGGGGGGGUUGUCCAGAGAACGCGGGUGGGAGACCUUAUUAGCACCAGGAUGCUCAAAUGAAGCAUCUCAUGAACUGGAGACAGGUUCCCAACUUAGAGUUUGUCACAUGUGACAAUCACAUUUGCAUAGAUUUAAUAGCUAAGCCACAACUGGCCGUCAAAAAAAUCAAAAAAUCAUAAAAAACAUUUCCAAACCUUAGAAAACAAGUGUGGGGUUUGGGUUGAUCAGCUUGUUUCUGAGCAUUCAUCACACUACUUUAUUUGGGAAGUAUGAAAAGCUUACAAUAUAUUGCUCAGUCUGGCAUACUUUAAACUUGCCUUCACUGGUCAUUCUAUGUUAAAUGUGCUCUUUUAUAUGCCACUAUGGAUCCCUGUAUAUUCCCCUGUAUAUUCAAAAUGAAUGGGAGAACCAGCUCUUGUUCGCCCUUUGCCUGUAAUCAGGCAUCAAGUUGCUCCUUUGGUAGCUUAUAUGGCGCUGUGUGUGUGUGUGUGUGUGUGUGUGUGUGUAUAAAAUUCAGGAACCAUUAUUUUCAGGAUUGAAAGCAGUCUGGGAAAGGAUGGCAUUUAUUUAAAGAGUAGAUUUUGUCUUGUUCAGAGGACGUAAACAAAACAUGAACAGUUUAGCUUUCAGAAUUUCUACUUAAGUGCUGCAGAUGUUUUUCUAUAAGCUUUAUUGUUUCUAGAUUUCCAGCUUGACAUAUAUAGCAGGCUGAAGAUAUUAAGAUUAAUUUUUCCCCACACUGAACGUACUGACUGUAACGUGCCCAUAUUUCACAGCUGUGGAAUUAAACAAGGAGCAUGAUACACAAACAUGAUUAUGCUGUUAUGUUACCACUCUGGAUCCCUUGUCAGUAUCCCAAGCUAUCAGAGAUUUUGUGAACAGAUGUUGAUUCCGAGUAGCAUUUGGCAAGAUCGCCCGCCCUGUGCAAUCUGCUGGAUCAUUGUUUGACCGAAUUAAUUGUGACGCUAAGCUUUGCAUACUUGUACAUUUGCCCAAAGCACAUAGUGCUAAAUGCAAAAGGUUUUGUUGUUUACUUUCCUGGCAGCAUUCUCAUUCUGUUCUGGUAAGGGUUGAUCUGUUAAUGGAACUUAAGUUUUUCUAAACUGAAAUCAGUGGCUUCACAGCUAAGGAUUUAACCAAGAGUAAGCCCCGCUGAACAAAGAACUUUCCUGGAGAGCCAGCGUUAACCUGCUACUCCUUAUUUAGAAUAUAUAUAUAUAGAGAGAGAGAGAGGCAGUUACGCACUUCUGAUUAUUCAAGUGUGAGCUAGAGUUGCCUAACUGAGCACAGCACAGGUGAAGCAGAAGGAAAAGUUUGUGGUGUCAGUACUAUGUCCUUUGCUUUGCUUUUGUGCUGCCCGCCUGACCCUGAAGCAGUUUGACUGGCAGCUACAGCAGCCCAACUGCAUACCAAGACCUAUAUGGGCCAGAUCAUGAAGUGCCAGACGAAAACACUGUGGAUCUUAUCUGUGUUCACCAUGUCCUCUCCAGCCCACUGUUUUUCUGAUGCUGCUCUUAAAUACUCCAUUUGGCAGUUAUAGUGGAUAACCUAGAUGGAUAAUUUCUCUAAUUAUGCUGGCAAGUCAUAUUGACGCAACUGAGUUGGAUCUCAGGUCAUCCAAGAGUGCCCGGAGCGGUACAGCAUCCACCUAUUUUGUUGCUUGCAAUAGGCCUUUGAACAUUGUAUCAGUUGUAGUACCACACUGUUAUCAGUGUGGUAUGAAAUCAUAUCAAAUCACAUUAAGGCAUACAGAUCUUGCAUCUUAAUUAACAUGUGAGCUAAUCCAGCAUCUCUCUCUCUUUGAACAAGGCUUUUAAGUGGAGAUCUUUCUCAGUCUGAAAUUAUAAUGUGCAUCACUAUCGUGAAUCGAUUCUGGAAGUGGGCUACUCUGCCAGCUCUAAGGAGCAAGGAAUUUCUGUGUUCAGGUAGCUUAAUAGUGCUGUAGAUCAGAGGUGAACACAAGACAGGAAUUGAAGAGAAGGCAAGGUGCGGGGUGGGGGCAGGGAGAGGUCAGGCAAGGAUGGCUAGCUGAAGUUGACAAGAUAGAAAAGAAUCCCUAGAGUUUUUCAGUUCUGUUAAUUAAUUCAGAUACUGCAAGAAACACUUUCGUAAGAUCAACUACAUGGUGGGAUUCUGUGAAACUAAGCACAGUCAUCUGAAGGAGUCCAGUGCAUGGAUUGGUGCUGUGAGCACCAGGUUUUAGGAAAGUUUCAGAAAUCAAGCUUGAUACUUUAUGCAUCUGUUGAAUCUUUCAGACAACAUAGCUCUGCAGGGAUCAGACUGAAAAAUCCAAAAGUCAGGCAAAGAUCAACCUGUUUGUAAUUGUUCAUUCUGUAAGAAAACGAACCCUUUUCUACUCAAGCCUUUCCUUAUUAAUUAAUAAAAUCUCUACACUGCCCUUCAUCUGAGCAGCACAGGGCAUUUUACAAUGUAAAGACACAAAACUACAUCACAUAGUAACAAAAACAAUACCCCCCCCCCCCCCCCAGUUUAAAAGACUACAUAGAUUGUUUAAUUAGCCAAAGGCAAGGGAGAGAAGGGGAAUGUUUUUGCCUGGCGCCUAAAGAUACUAAUGAAAUCUAAACUGUAUUUUUACCUCUUGUACCACAAAGAAAAGCAAAAAAUAUAAAAGCUUCAUCUCUUACACCAAAAUUACAUCUAAAAUUAAUUUUAACACAUUAGAUAAGAUAUUAGAAGGAAAGAAAAAAAGGACAGAAGCAAAAUUUUUAAGAGUCAGGACAGCGAUAAGACAAUAAAAAAGGAAGUGAGUUGUCAGGGCUGAAAUGUGAAUUGAACCCAGAGACCAAUCAGCAACCAAGGCAGCUGGGCCAGGAUUGGUAUUAUAUGCUAGGAUUGCCUUGUUCUACUCAGUAGUCUGGCUCCCACAUUGUGUAUUAGCUGCAGUUUCUAAACUACCUCCCACAUAUAACAGUUCAGUAUAACAUAUUUCAUUUAUCUAACCUGGAGCUUUCCAAAACAUGGACAAGAAGUUAGACUACCCCAUCUAGGUACAGCCACAGCUGGGCCAUCAGCUGAAGCCAGUGGAAGGCAUUCCAUACCACUGUGCCUCCAGAAACAGUAGCAGAUCCAGAAGUAUCCCCAGGCUAUUUCUUCAGAGGGAACAAGUAGAACCCUGCCACUCCUAUUUAGGGAACCAUGUACUAAGCGUGCCUUAGCCUUAUCUUGAUUAAGCUUCAUUAUAAAUAAUAUAAAGGUCCUUCCUGUAAUUUUGAAUUUGGGUGUAGCCAAAUUAGUAUGAUAGGUACAUGAUAUGUUCAGCAGAUAACUGGAAAAGGUAUUUUGCGGCAUCUUUGAAGAUUGCUUGGGCUAACAGAUACCUUGGAGGGUCCCUGCCCAGCAAGAUAGGAUUUUUGUAUGACUCAUUAGCUACAUAAGGUAACAGAGGGAACACAUGAAGUUGGGACUCAUCUCCUGUCAUCCCUAGAUGGGUGAAACCAUCGCUCCUCCACUGUUGCAUGGGCUAACUCUUGUAACUUAGUGGAAUUGAGACAUCUUUCAGCUUCAAACCUGCCUUCAUCUAUUCAUUUCACAGUGGUGUCAUCAAACUUUUUUGCAUACAUAUAUGCAUUUUUUAAAGUAAUUUAAUGUCCAAAAUUAGUUUCAGCACUUGUACAUUUGUACUUUGAGGCAAAGAAUGCAAGUGCUGCAUUUUAGAAUCUCUUGGCAAUGGUGUCCUUGACACAGGAUAAAUUCUUAGAAACCCUUUUUUUCUCUUUUUAGUUUCCAGGCACGUUACCAUGGUGCCCAAAGAGGCCAUUUUGAGAAAUUAGCAGGAAGACUUGUUACCAUUCUGUGCUUAAUGGAUGCUUUUUAUCUUGGCUCUUUUAAUAGUGACGUGUAUCCCGCCGAGUUAUUCACCUCAUUCAGUUGAUCACUUGGAGGGUUUCACUGAUUGUUGUAAAUACAUUUUAGAAACUCAUGAAAAUCAAUACAACAUAAUGAACUCCACACUCUUGCAAAGAAUAUCUAUUGUGCCGGUGGUACAAUCAGUCCAUAAGUAAGCCUUUGGAUGCAGCAGGGGAACUGUUUUGUUAAUUGCUUCUGCUGUAUUUAGGAUUCUGCAGCAUCAAAUUCAGAAAAUAUGCAUUUUUCUUUGAAAGAGUGUUUUUUGUUGGGGGGGCACUAGGGUGGGAUGAAGAAAAAAAUGAGAGCAAAAGCCAAGGUUGCAGGUUUGAUCCCCGUAUGGGACAGCUGCAUAUUCUUGCAUUGCAAGGGGUUGGACUACAUGGUCCUCAGGAUCCCUUCCAACCCAAUUCUAUGAUCCUAUGACUGAAGUCGGAAUUCGAGAUUCUGUGGACCACAUUACAUGUUUAUGAGAAGCUGCAAGAGGGAGUGUGAGCCAUGCUUUCUUCUUCCACCAAUAUGAGCCAGAUCCAAAAAAAGGGCUACAUUUACUAUGGUGGGGUGGAGAACCUGUGGCCCUCCAAAUGUUCUUGGAGCAAACUCCUGUUGUCAAUCACCACUGGAUGCACUGCUUGGGGUUGAUGGGAGCUAGAGUUGAUCAACAUCUGGAGGGCCACAAGUUCUCCAUCCCUGCCCUUUGGGGAUGUACAUGUUCAACUGAUGCAGGGCAGAAUAUAUAUAUCCCUGUGAUGUGAAUAUCUCUUCCCUUCAGCUAUAAUCUGGAGGUGAGAAUGAGAUGCUCUGGCUUCCAUUUGCUGCUUCUAGUGAAAGUCUGAAGUGGCCCUUAAUCUUGUCAAUUCUAGAUUCUGAGCAAGGAGAGAUUUCCAAUUAUUGUAAACCCUUGGAAAAUAACUGCCUUCUCCCAUAAAGGCUAGCUUUUGUUCCUGAACACUUAUGGGGAGGUCUGUAGACUUAUGCUUCAAAGGUUGAAGAAGUCUAUCUCAUGUUGGAUUUUUCUGAUAGAUGCACCAGCUUACUGCUCUUUAAAGUUUUUAUCCAAAUAUAUCAGUACUUUAUCAGAGGGAGGAUAAUGAUAGCUGAAUAAAUGUUUGGCAAUAUUAUGAAGAGUUAGAAAUAUGAUCUGUGACUCCCAAAUCCAUGCACACAUUCAGGUUUUAUGCUUGCCAUUUGCUUUUGCCAAUGUUGCAUUCUGUUUGGUUUGCCACACACUGCUUGGAAAAAGAGGUCUAAUCCAAGCAUGUCUUCUCCGACAUUAUACCAUCCCUGCACAUAAUUACACCACCACUUGCUUGGUUGUGACACAGAGAAGUACUUCAAAAUUUAUUGUGAUGGACAAAACGCUUCUGCCUAGUAAUUCACUUUUCUGUGUUGGGGAUUAACUUGAGUUUAGGGCUUGGGUGUCUAUAAACAUGCUUUUUAAACAUUCAACAGACCAGAUAGCUUUGCAGAGAGGAAUGUCAGAGUAGCACAAUCUCUGAUGCUUUUUUCUUUUGCAUGACAAAGGGAUGUUGCAAUGAGUAGUGAAUAUUCAUUUGAUUCAGCGGAAGAAGGAUCUCAUUACCUGCUUGCUUUGUGAGCAUCAGGAGAGGGAGGUUACUAUCAAGGAGAUUGUGGUUUGAGACCAGUUUUGCUAAAGAUUUUAGUAAGAUCCCCCCCCCCAAAAAAUGUUAUUCUAGUCUGUUGUAAAGUAUUUUAUCUCUGACUUUCUUUUGGGCUUCUGCAUUCUUGUCUCCUGCUACGAUUCCUCAGGCCACACCCUGCCAGAUUUUUACUUUCUUUUUUUCCAGUUGUCAAGUUUCCUCAGUAUGGCCUGAAAACAUUGGAAACUUCUAUCAAUGGAAGGGAUAAAUUAUACUUGGCCCUGCUUUAGAUAGAAAUAGGGGUAGCAGUUCAGUCCAGGACACCCUCCUUUCAUUGAUUGGAAUCCGCGGUGAUCCCAGUGUUCAUCACUCCCUCUUGUAUUGUAUGAUGAUGAUUUUGCAGACAUCAACAAGCUGUGUUUUAAGAGGCUAGUAUUACCCAAUUAUGCAAAGAUGACAAGGAAAUGGUGUUUAAGGGAAGAGAUUGUUAAAGUCCUUAACUUUGCUGAAGUGCCUUGGUGUAAUUUAUUUCUUUGAGAAACAAAAGAUAAUCUUAUAAAGUAAUUACAUUACAUUGGGCUGUCAUUGCCAAGAUGUCACAGAGAAAAAUUGGAGGUUAAUAUCAUCUAAGUAUAUUUAGAAGUGGAGAGCAAAUUCUGUCUUGAAAUGAGGCUGUGUUUCUUCUUAUUUAAUAUUCUACACAGAAUCUGGCAGAAUACUUCUGUUCAAUCUGUGGCGCUCCUGUAUAGCAUUGCAAAGUAUAACCAGUAGAGUCAUGCAUGCAUGUUGGCAAAUUGCAGAAACGUGUUAGCAGCCAACAAAUUUUAGAAAAUAAGAACUCUCCCAUUUUAGUAGGGAUUUCUAUGGAUAGUAGCCUCUUUAAGCAGUUCUAUGAAAUGUUAGAUACGUCCAAAUGGAUCCAGGUACACUUAGAGGAUAAAUUUGCAGAGGAAAUGGAAAGUCAGAAGAAAGAUAGCAAGAAACCACUGUAGCCCGAAACACAGUUAAGGAUUUCAUCAUGACACAGAAACCUCUCGGAAAACAGCAGACAAGUGGGCUCUGCAACACUAUGCUUGAGAAUUUAGUGUUCCUGUUCAGCGUUCAGUCAGCCAUUCCCUUUUCAGGAUUUUCCAUUUUGUUCUUCCUCCAUCCCCUGAGUUUCCCAUUUUCCUUCACAGGCAGCAUCCCAUGCCAACUAAGCCUGCUCAGCGGUAGGGAGCUUAGGGUUUUAUAUAUAUAUAUAUAUAUAUAUAUAUAUAUAUAUAUAUAUAUAUAUAUGUGUGUGUGUGUGUGUGUGUGUGUGUGUGUUCUUCUGGAAAUCCUGGGGUUCCCCCCAGGCCUUGUAUGUGUGGAUGGUGUCAUUUUGACUAUAUUGUAAUUAUUACCUGCCCUUCACCCUAAGGUUCCAGGGUGGGCUAAAACAACAUUAAUAUUAAAAUGCUAUACUACACAAUAUUUUAAAACAACAGUUUAAAACAACUUUAAACUACAGUAAUAAGGCAGGUCUUAAAAUGUACAUCUCAGGUGUCAAAAGCCAGGAAAAAGAGAUGUAGCUCUUCACCUGGCGGGUGAAGGAAGGAGAGAGAGAAUCUGCAGUACUCCCAUAGCACAUGCACCAAGUGGGCUUUACUUAGCAAGGAAGGUGGAGAGCUUAAAAGGUCCACUCCCCUUCCCCAGGGAGCAAUCCAGGACCUCCUAGUGACCUGGCUGUGGGUGCAAGGAUGCUGCCCACGUCAUAGGGACUCCCGGCUGCGUCACACCCCCCAGCUGACCAAUCAGGAUAGCCGGGGUGUGUGGCUGCUUGCUGUUGAAACUGUGAUGCAGCUAGGGGGCGACCUCCUUUUGCCUCCUCGCCGGAUCUCAUGUGAACUUGAUUUGGCCUGAGAGAUCUCAUGAGAGCAUCCCAAAGCUGAUGCACUGUUGGUGUCCCCACCCCACCCCCCGCAAAGUGGAGAGCUUAAAAGCUCUUUCCACACUGGACAAUCCCAAGCAAGGCCUGGCAUGAAAAUAGGUUUUCAAUUCUCCUUCUUGCUGAGGUUCAACUUGUGCAAUUUCAACCAGCCUGCCUUCAACCACGGGUGGUUGAAAUUGUGCAAGCUAAAUCGCAGAAGAUGUGACUGUACGUCGCUUUGAGAUUCUAUAGUAUUGUACCUGAUUUCUGUUUUGUUCAUUGCUGUGCAGUUCUUUUGGAUAGGAAGCAUUGAUAAGAAAUUUCAAAAUAAAAUGCUUAUGCCGCUUUCCGGCACAGUUGUGCCCAAAGCAUCUCACAUGUCGAAAUGAACCACGGUGAAGAUAAUUUUUAUAAGCACUAUAUAGCUGCUGCUUACAAAACAUAGCUGGUAAAUAGAUCAGUAGCAUUCUCCUAGCAACCACCCCUCCCUCCCAUUUUAGCACCAGUGCUUAAUUUUCCAGCAUCUAGAAAAAUGCCAAAUAAUAAAUUAACUUGGAACACACACCAUGAAGACACCUGUAUUUUUAAAAUAAUAUACAAGUUUUACAUUAUAAUGUUACAAACAGAGGAUGCAUGGUAAGAUAACUAAACUGUUCUCUUUUGAACUGUUUCUAAUAAACGAGAGCUUUUUGUUGAUACAGAGCUUUUUGAUAAUUGUUUUUCUCUCAGAUAAUGAACCAUGCUUCGUUUCUUUUUAACAAGUACCCCCUACUGUGCACUACAUGCAAAUAUGUGUGACUAAACCCCAGUGGCACCUCUUUCCCAUAAGAAAAAGCAAGUGUUUGUAUACAUUUAAAAAAAAGAAAGAAAGAAAAUGUAUCUCAUCAUCUGUUCAGGUUUGUAGUUUCUACAAGGGUCGAUAUACACAAUUGGUAAUUCAAUCCUUUCAUUUACAGUCUUGUCCCCCUAUAUUAUUAUAAGUUGCUGUUUUAUAUUUUGAUUGAUUUAUUGUAUUUCAUAAUACAUUUUUGUUGUAUUAAUAUGUUGUUUAUCACUUGCAGGGACGGGGACAUUUAGGCCAAAAAGUGAUGUAUAAUAUAACCACUCCUCUGGGUAGAGACAUGUCUGGACGGCAACAUGGGAAAAGGAAUGCUGAACCCUUUUCCCCUACCAAAUCCCCACACACGUAUUGUUUGCUACUUCCCCAGUAUAAAGUUCAAAAUGUGUGUUUACGCUGCCAGAUAUUCAAAACCAUGUGAGAGGGAAAAGUUUAUGGGGCGGGAGUUGGAAUGGAAAAGUAAGCAGGCAAGUAGUGUGUGAAGUUUUUUCUCCACUGGUUCUCCACUCAAAAUCACCCCAUUUGUGUGUAGUUUUUAGCCAGUUCCCCAGUUUCAAAUUAUAAUCUUGCUCUGAAGAAAAGGAUGGCAAAAGUUAACAUCAGAGCAGGGUUUCGGCUAAUUAGGGAGCUGUCCAACACACAAACCUCCUGAAGAAAAAUGUGAUGGCACAAGGGUGGCAUUCGGCAUGUGGCAAAUGUUUUAUUUAAAACAAAACAGAGACCCAGAUAUUUCUGGUCCAAAGGCACAUGGUACUUAAAAACUGCUAUGGGGCCAAGGAAUAUAUCCCCCCCCCCCCCAGGCAGAAGUUGCUCAUGUACAAAAGUUGUACUAACUUGAACAGCUGUCAUUGUUUCUGCUUCCUCUGGAGGAAAAAAUAAAGCUUGAAAAUGACUUGCCAAGAAGUCUUGCUGAAUUCUUCCUCCCUCCCUCCCUCCCUCCCUCCCUCCCUCCCUCCCUUCCUUCCUUCAGUUCAAAAAUUCUGAAAAGGGAUGCAGUGAAGCCUGACCAUCUACACUGUGGUGAAUACUUACAUGGCUAUUCAGCCUCAUUGGAAAGGCUCAGAAUCCAAACUUUUACUAGUCUUUAAACACAGACGCAUUAGAGAGAGAGAGCCGGUUUGGAACAUUAUGGCCCUGUAUAGGUGUUCCAGGAUGUUGUAAAGUGUAUGGAAGACACUGUUGUUUUCCCAGGUUUUGGCUGUUUUUCUUGAGCUGUCAUAUAACUGUUGAAUUCUUUUGAAGUACAUGACAUGGAUUUCUAAUGGUUUCCCUUCAUAAUUACAAAACUAUAAAUACUCACUUCCCUUGUGGGGCUAUGUGGCCUCUCACAUGCAGAAAUGUGGUGGUGGUGUAGAAACUGCAUGUACUUCUGAUUUAUUACUGGUAGCAUCUAAAAAAUUUGCUUUGGAAAAGGCAAGUUCAAAUGAAGCUCAAAUGUUGAGUCCAUGUUGAGAAGUGCUUCUCCCUGGUUUCGUUAUUUUUCUUUUAGCACACUGACCUUACUUUUCUAGUAGUAUUUAAAUUAUAACAGCAGAAUGUCUAGAAUAUGGAACUGUGGACAAAUGUGAACAAAGGGGGGCAGGAUUUUAUCUAAAUGCCAAGGUUGCGGUAGAAGAGGGGUGAACACUAAACUUGUGUUUAGAGAAGAGAGGUUGUGAUUAAGAUAUCUAUUCCAUACCUGUCCCCCUUUUAAACUCUUCUGUGGCCAGUAAUAAUAAUAAUUUUAUUAUUUAUACCUGGUCCAUCUGGCUGGGGUUCCCCAACCACUCCGGGCAGUUUAUAUAAAACAUAUUAAAAUACCAAACAUGAAAAACUUCCCAAUACAGGACUGCCUUCAGAUGUCUUCUAAAGUAAUGUAGUUCUUUAUCUGCUUGACAUGUGAAAGGAGGGUGCCUAUACCCAGAAGGCCUUCUGCCUGGUUCAGUGUAACUUCGCUUCUCGUAGUGAGGGAACCAGCAGAAAACCCUCGGAGUCUUUUAAAAAUUAUUAGAAAUGCAUUUCCAAAAGGUAGUUGAAACCAGCUUUGGAGCAACUUAUUUCUGUGCCUGCUAGUAAGUAGUCAAGUUUUACUUGCAUGUCAUAUUAUUGUGCUUAAAACAAACAAACAGCAACCAUUGGCCUCAGUCCCAGAGAAAUCACCUUGCAAAAGUAGAUCGAAGCAGACCCACACUGCGUGUUCCUAAAAUUCUAGCAAAUGUUUGUUCAUUCAGAGCUUUGGAAAAGGCAUUCCUAUAUAGUGAUAAAGCCUUUGUGCUGAGUGGGACUUCUGCCAGCAGAGCACUUAGAGGCAUUGGAACCUAAGGCUGCAUCCUAUGCACAGCUAGGACCCAUAUACCCCACUGACGUCAAUGGAUGCUGAGGCGGCGGUUGUCAAUUAAGCAGAUGAAGUACACACACAGGUUUUGCUAUUUGGUCAAAAUCUAUAAUUUGGUUCAUUUUAAUUGCAAAAAUUGUGAACCACUUAAUUUAGGGUUUAUAUUGAAAAUCUGUAAGGAGGUAAAUACCCACAAACCGAUGAAAGAUAACCUUGUAGGUUAUUUGCUUGUGCUGUAAUAUAAGAAUGACUGAAAAUUACAAGCAACUAUUAAAGUGGAAGACUUUAGAGAAGGGAAGCUAAAAUAGUUAUAAAGGAAGCGAGGGAGCCAUAGGUACUGCCAUUUGGAAACUAUUUAUUUGGAAAUUGGUAUCCUAAACAUUUUGAGCUGAUUUAUGUGCUCUUCCCAGUUCCAAACAAAAUAGUGCAUUCUGAGAGGAGCUUUUACCUGGAAGAUUAUAUAGAUCCUAAUUGCAAGGAAAGAGAACCACCUCUAAAUUCACCCAGUUUGCCCAGUAAGUCAUUGAUACCUGAGAGUUCUUGUGGAUUCCAUUACCCUGAGCUGCUUUUCCUGUGUUCUCCUGGAAACUUCAAAGGUGUUGGCAUUUGUCUGAACAUUAGGGCUUCAGGUACUGUAAAACUGCCAUCCUGGACUUCCUUGGGAAGAAUGGUGGGAUAUUAAUUUAAUACAUCUAUUAAAAAUAAUAAAAUCCUAAUUAGAUCUCUUCCAAGAUACAGGUUUUUCAAAAUAAAUUAACCACAUUCUGUUUUAAGAUAGCAAAACAUGAUACACAUGGGUCAGAAGCACUGAAUUAUACCCUAGGAAAGGAAACAUAAAAUCAGUAAAAAAAAAAAAUCAAUAGAGUAGAUUGUAGCAAAAUAAAAUACACAACUUGAUUGUGAAAAGAGAAUGAUCAGGGAGAGGGAGGAGAGGUGAAACACUCAUUUAAGGUUUGUUUUAAUGGAAUUGUAUGUUCCUCUUGCAUAUAACUGGCAAGGAAAAUAACUUACUAGAUAGCUACUGUUAACUUUUCACUGAGUGACUUGUCAACUUGGCAUUGCUUUUAUAUAAUUGUACAUUGCAUUGUGAUCUCAAAACACCUGCCUGUCGAUGAUGGUAUUCGUAUUGACUCAAGUUAACCUUACAAUUCCAGCUGAAUUCUGUAUUGCAUUGUUAGUGAAGAAGACAUUGGUGCAAUCGAUAUUAGUUGUCACUGACAAACCAGUUCUUUCCCAUCUUGUACUUGUUGCUUCUUGUUUCAUGCAGUCCAUCUCCCCUUCCCUGACAUCUCAUUCCCUAGCUGUUGAGCAAUUGUGUACUUCCCAUAACCAGCUCCUUCAUUCCAGCAUAAAUUAAGUUUGUGUAAAUUUAUGUGUAAUUUCAUUAUUCAGAAUGUCUCAUCAGAUAAGUUCUGCCAGUAUUCCACAUAAGGAUUGGGACUUGCAAAUGGCAUAUAAUAGUCAAACGGGUGUUGUAGAACACAUUCCUUUUCAGCUUACCGAAGCAGAGCAUGAUUUCAUAUUUUGCUAUAUUUGGCUGUGUUACCAGACUGUCUAUUCUUGCACAUUCAUGUUGAUAGAUUGUCCUAGUUUUUGGUUGCAGCAGAAUGUCUAGGCUGCUGACAUGGGGGACUUGAGCCUCAAAGUUAUUAAUAUUUCAAUCCUUUGCACAGAGUGAGAGACAGACUAAUAUGAAAAGAAUGUUUUUUCAAGCAUUGGGUUUGAGCAGUGUGCGUAAUAGGAAUGUCACGUGCUGUGUCUGUUACCCAUUAACUCUCCCCUUUCUGAGGCACAGUCCUGAUUUAUCACACUUUUCCCCUCCGUUUUUGUCCUGUCUGUAUUAAAUGUACCUGAUGUGGGGCCUGUUUGCUGCUGCUCCCAUCAUCUGCUACUCUCCAGGUGGUCCUUUGGUGGGAUUUGGGAGCCCAGAGAUCCAGCCCUAGUAGUGCUAUAGUGCAGCUCUCAAUGCAGCUUGAAGCAGAGCUUGGAUAGAGACCCUUUCCAAAACAUCACAUCCUUUGCCUUUGCUGAAUUCUUCAGUGUGCUUUCCUUUCACUUGCCUCUGUGCAAUACUGUAGUGACACCGGAUACUGCUGGAACAUGGCAGAGUGAAGCUGAGUGAGCCUUACCAAAAGGAAGGGAAAUGUCAAUAGGGAUUUUCAAAAUCCUGCCUCAGUUGUAUGCUCUAGGACAGGCAUGGCCAAACUUGGCCCUCCAGCUGUUUCGGGACUAGGGACUUUUAGCUAGGGAUGAUGGGAGUUGUAGUCCCAAAACAUCUGGAGGGCCAAGUUUGGCCAUGCCUGCUCUAGGACAUAGGAACAGUUCCUCCUGAAUAAAUGGGAUGGAAAUUAUUUCCUUGUCAAAAUUAGUCAGAUGCACGUUUCUGGGAAGACAGCUAUAGAACCGUGUUGGGAAAAGUUAGUAUUUUUCGCUCUGUAAGACGCACCAGACCAUAAGACACACCUAGUUUUUGGAAGUGGAAAACAAGAAAAAAAAUACUCUGAAUCCCAGAAGCCAGAAAAACUAGAAAAGCUGCACAGCGAUCCCUCUUGCUGUUCUGGCCUCUGGGAUAGCUGCGCGGCCUGCAUUCGCUUCAUAAGACACACACACAUUUCCUCUUACUUUUUAGGAGGGAAAAAGUGUGUCUUAUAGAGCGAAAAAUAGGGUAAGUAAGGAGUGCAUUUAAAACCUUAAUCCAAAAUAUAUACAGAUUACAAGCUCCUAAAUUGGGUAAGCUUUGGACUGCUGCAUUAUGGGGACUACGUCUACUUCCUUGUGUGCCCCCACAGCAAUUUAACAUAUGUCAACGAGAUGCAGGUGUCUGGCAAUUGGAAUGGGAUGAAGGAAGGAAACCACUUGAAAUUCUUGUAAUCAAGAAUACUUGUUUAAAUGCGCCAGUGGAAUGCAUAUAUAAUCCUCUGAUUAGCAUAAGGGAAACUUUCUAACAUAUAUGGGCUUGCUGAUAGAAAGUACGAACUUGAGAAAGAUAUGCUUGUAGUGCAUGAUGGAAAUUCAAAGAUGUUUUAAAAAUAUAAUCGGAGUUAAUAGAACUACAAAUUGACUCAAAAGAUUGGGAACUAUGGGUUAAGGCUCUUGGACUUAACUUCCAUGCCAUAUAAGCAGUAAACAUUCAUAUUAUGCUUGCAUACAACUUAGCAUCCAUGCACCCACAUUCUCUCUGGGUUUUUCAGACACAGUCCUCUUCCUCUGCAGAUUGGGGGAACCCAACAGCUCAGGACAAUGUGUGUGUGAGGAGGGACAGUGAGGGGCACGCUGACCCUCCGCUUUCCGUAUGUGUGUGUGUGUGUUAGUAAUGAUAGCCUGUGAUGCCAUGGAGGGGCAAUCUUUGUUGCUGGAGGGGGCAGAAGGAUAUUGGAGUGAUUGCAUUUUAUAUUGAGGUUUCAGCAAGUAGAAGGAGGAGGCGAAUAAUGAUGAAACAUGCUUAGGUUUGCCUUGAAGAAGAAGAAGAAGAAGAAGAAGAAGAAGAAGAGUUUGGAUUUGAUAUCCCGCCUUUCACUCCCUUUAAGGAGUCUCAAAGCGGCUAACAGUCUCCUUUCCCUUCCUCCCCCACAACAAACACUCUGUGAGGUGAGUGGGGCUGAGAGACUUCAAAGAAGUGUGACUGGCCCAAGGUCACCCAGCAGCUGCAUGUGGAGGAACGGAGACGCGAACCCGGUUCCCCAGAUUACGAGACGACCGCUCUUAACCACUACACCACACUGGCUCAUAUAGCUGGUUCAUUGUUUCAAAAUGGAUUACUAAUGUCCUUUUGAAUUUACAAGUGGAACGUGGCAAGUCUGAAAAUGUUGGUGUUCUGAUAAACCUGACUAGCUACUCCGCUAGUUUGACUUUUGGUCAAACAGGCAGAAGAUUGCCCUCUGCAGCUUUAAAACAAGACUUGCAGGAGACUGGUUAUCAGAAUUAAAAGUUCUGGAAUUUUAAAGUGUAUAUCUUGUUAAACCACUGAUAUAGCACCAACCUGACUGUUCCUGUAACCUGCAGUGGGUCAUAAAAUUCAAAAUCCUUUAUUGUGGAUUUUAUUAAGGUUUGUGUGAUGGGAUGAUGAGCUGCUUGUGCGUAAAAUCGUAUCCCCUCAGAGUUUGUUCAAGUCCACAAACCUCUGUCUGUGACAGAGCCCCUCAGACAUGGCUACUCUAGUCACUAGCAGAUUCCGACAGUGGUUGCUUUCGUAAUCGCUUCCAACAUAAAAGCUCCUUAACGGAAACACGUCUUCUGGAAUCUCUGCGUGACAGUUUCCGGCGAGGAGUGGGUGUUCUUACAGGAGGUCCUGAAACCUCUCCACUGUUUUCGCUGGAAGUGUCUCUGAGCCAUCCCUCCAGCUCAGCUCCUCUCCCCUGCUGGUUCCCUCAUCAGCUGCUGCGUCUCUCCCAACCUGUGUGAGCCCUUUCACCUCCCUGUUGGUUUCCUCUUCAGCUGCUGCGUCUCUCCCAACCUGUGUGAGCCCUUUCACCUCCCUUCCGUCCGAUGGCAGUUCCCUGACAUCCACCUCCCCUCCAGGACCCCCUUCACCCCUCUCGCCCCCUCCUCUACGGGCGGUGAGGAGGCAAAACCCGGAAUGAACUUCCUUCAUCUUCCGAUGUCUCGAACACUUCUCUCAACCUGUUGCGGUUCCUGGUCUCGAAGUACACCUCCUCCUCAGAGUCCAUCUCCCCUCCCCUUCCGAGUCCGGGAAUCCUUCCAACUCCUCCCCUUCAUCAGUGGUCCCAAAGUAUUCCCUCCGGAACCUCUCUACAGGCUGAGGUUUCCUUGGGAACCUUUGAUGGAACGUUUCUAUCAAUACCUCGUCAUUGAUAUCUUCAGCCAUUACCCAAGUGUUUUCUGACUCCGGUUCUCCUUCCCACGCUACCAAAUACUCCACCUGAUCCCCCUUCCACCUGGCGUCGAGGAUUUCUGCCACAUGGCUGCUGCAUUCUCUUUCUUCUACGACCGGUCCCCGAGUGGCCAGCCCUUCUCGUCCCCCUUCGUACGGUGACAGUAACGACCUGUGAAAUACUGGGUGCAGUUUCAUGUGGUUGGGUAACCGGAGCCUGAAAGCCACUGGGUUGACCUGUUGAAUGACCUCAAAGGGACCCAACCUCCUGGGUCUUAAUUUCUUACAACCUCCUUUGAACGGCAACCCUUGGGUUGACAGCCACACCCUAUCUCCCACCCUUAUGGUUUCACCUUCCCUUCGGUUCUUGUCUGCCUGCCUCUUGUAUUCUUCCUUCGCCCUUUCUAAGUUGAGUUGGAGCUGACGAUGGAUUGCUUCCAUUUCUUCCACAAAAUGCUCGGCUGCCGGGACGCUCCAUCUCUCCCCCUCUCCCCUGGGAAAGCCCUGGGAUGACACCCAUAAUUAGCCAAGAAGGGGCUCAUCCCUGUGGACACAUUCUCGGCAUUGUUGUAGGCAAAUUCCGCCAGCGCCAACUUUUCUACCCAGUCAUUCUCUCUGUCAUUGACAUAACACCUCAGGUAUUGCUGGAGGACACCGUUUGCUCUUUCCGCCUGCCCGUUGGUUUCAGGGUGCCGGGCAGUCGAAAAAUUGACCUCCACCUGCAGUAAGCUCAUGAGCUUCCUCCAGAACCUGGAAGUAAAUUGUUUUCCUCGGUCUGAGACCACCCUCAAUGGCACCCCGUGCAACCUAAAAAUGUUUUCUACAAAUAACUUCGCUGUCUCUUCCGCCGUGACUGCAUGCGAGCAAGCUACAAAGUGGCACAUCUUUGUUAGUAGGUCUACCACUACCAUGAUGGCUGUUUUCCUUUGGACUUCGGCAGAUCAGUCAUAAAAUCUAUCGACACUGCCUCCCAAGGUCGUUCUGGGGUUGGUAAGGGUUCUAAUAGCCCCGCCGGCGCCCGCCUUUCCCCUUUGGCUCGCUGGCAUUGCUCGCACCCUCUUACAUACUCACGUACAUCUUCCCUCACCUUAGGCCACCAAAAUUCCCUGGUGACCAACCACAUGGUUUUGUGUUGUCCAAAAUGCCCCGCCGUAGGGCUGUCGUGCAACUGCUUGAGUACCCUCCCCUUAACUCUCCUUCAGGGAUAUACAGUGCCCCUUUGUAAUACAAAGCUCCAUUUCUUUCCUCGAAACCCCUGGUUCCUCUCCAUCACCCCUAAGACCUCUGAGCUUAUUCUGGGCGUAUUCAUCAUUCUCUGUUUCCUCUACCAGUUCUCUUUGUCCCACCAAUGCCGCCCCACACACCCAGCGGUCUUCUGGAAUGACAUGUCUCUCUUCGGGUGCCCCUCCCCUCCAAAUAUUCAGGUUUGCGUGAGAGAGCGUCCGCCCUAAUGUUCUCUGGGCCUGGCACGUAACUAAUCUCAAAGUUAAAUUUGGAGAACUCCUGGGCCCAUCUCACUUGCCGUUGGUUGAGCACUCGUGCCGUCCUCCAAUACUCUAGGUUCUUGUGGUCAGUGCACACUUGCACCUUAUGUUGUGCGCCAAUUAGCAGGUGCCUCCAUCUCCGGAACGCCUCAUGAAUGGCUAGUAGUUCUCGGUCAUACACCGUGUAGUUCCUCUCGGAUUUGUUCAGCUUUCGCGAAAAAAGGCACACGGUCUCCACUCUGACCCCUUCUUGCCUGGCUGCAGAAGCACCGCCCCAAUCGCUCUGUCUGAUGCGUCAGUUUCCACUCUCAUCGGUUUUUGUAAAUCCACAUGCAGGAGUUGUUGUUCCGAGGCGAAGGCCCUUUUAGUUCCUCAAAUGCUCGCUCCGCCUCCUCAGUCCACACGAACUUCUUCUUACUGCUGAGACAGUCCGUAAUGGGCGCCGUCAGGUGGGCAAAGUUUCGGAUGAACUUACGAUAGAAGUUCCCAAAUCCUAGGAACCUCUGCACAUCCUUCUUUGUUUUGGGUGCUUUCCAUUCCAGCACAGCCUGGACCUUGCCGGGAUCCAUGGCCAAUCCCUUGUCUGACAGGCGAUACCCCAGGAAUUCCACCUCCUUGGUAUGAAACUGACACUUCUCCAGUUUCACCCACAGCUGGUUGGCUUGCAGCCUGCUCAACACUUCUCUGACGUCUCUCACAUGCUGCUCCUCAUUCUCAGAAUACACCAACACGUCGUCUAAAAAGGCCACACAAUUCUUGUAAAGCAAAGGCCCCAGGACGUGGUUCAUAAACGAUUGAAAGGUUGCGGAGCCUGCUUGGAGGCCGAAGGGCAUAACCAAAUAUUCAAAUGCCCCUAAAGGGGUGAACAUAGUGGUUUUCCAUUCAUCGCACUUCAUUAUUCGUUCGAGGUUGUAGGCCCCCCCUUAGGUCCAGCUUUGUAAAAUCUUUCCCUUCCGCACCCUUGUCAAAAUGUCGUCAAUCCUGGGCAUAGGGAAGGCUACUGGUUCUGACACUGCAUUUAAGGCCCUGAAGUCACACACCAGCCUCGGCUUGUUCGUGUUUUUCUUAUCCACAAAAACACUGGGCUGCCCCCACCGCCCUGGACUCUCUGAUGAACCCUCUCUUCAGGUUCUUGUCAAUGAACUCUCUUAACUCCUGCAUCUCUCUGUCUGACAUGGCGUACAGCUUGCCUACAGGGAGCUGUGCUCCAGGGAGUAAGUUGAUUUGACAGUCAAAGGGUCUAUGCGGGGUAGUUGGUCAGCUUCCCUUUCGCUGAAGACGUCACGGAGAUCUGCAUAUUGUCGUGGUACCUUCACGUUCUCUGUUACUUCAGUCCCUGCUAGGGUGGCUUGGACCCCUGCCAAACCCUUUCCCUCUUUGCAGUGUUCUAAGCAAUGUGCUGAACCAAAAGAAACCACUCUCUGAUGCCAGCCCACCAGCGGAUCAUGUAACGCUAGCCAGCUCAUCCCCAAUAUAAUGGGAGCUCCUCCCAAGGUGGCCACAUUAAAAGCUAUCAGUUCGGUGUGCCUUGCUACCUUCAUUAUCAUUGGGACGGUCUGCAAGCUGACUUCUCCACCCAACAGCUCCCUGCCAUCGAUCGUGGUCACCUGCAGGGGGCUGCUUAAAGGGAUUGUCUGUAUCUGGUGUUCAGCUGCAAACUCUUUGCUCAUGAAAUUGCAGGAGCUGCCUGAGUCCAACAGCGCCUUUAUCUUUAGAGGGUGUCCGUUUGGCAGCUCUAGCGUCACUUCUAUCACUAGGGCGGGUUUAGGAGGUUCUGGCGUGGGCACUCUCACUGCUCUUUGGCCUGGCUGCUGUGCCCUGACAGUGGCAGCCAGGCGUUGGCUUUUACUUGCUCCGGUAUAUUUUCCUCUCUUCCAUCCACAGCGCCUACCAUCCCUUGCCAUUCUUUCCUCUGGGGGCAGACUCUGGCAAAGUGACCUGGCUGUUGGCAGAGAUAGCAUUUCCGGGCGCCUUUUCCCUCCUUCUUUGCCCCCUCACUGGGCUUUGAAACUGCGCGCGCGCGCUGUUCCGAUUUCCAUCGGCUCUGCCGGUGGGAAAGUUGGCUCUGGAAUGUCUGGAAUGCGGAACUCCUUCCAACGUUCCCCUUUCCCUUCCCGCCUCUCCAAUGCUCUCGCCUCCUGGCGCGCUCCUAUGGCCAGCGCUGAUUUGGUCAGCUGGUCCAUAGACUCCGCCCUGGGCGCCCGGGAAAGUUCGUCUUUCACAGCCGAAGAAAGCCCUUCUUCAAAGAGCAUUUGAAUGGGUUCCGCCGAUAAGUCCCACCCCAAUCUGUGAACAAGCAUGGUGAACUCAGUCCAGUACUCACGGACAGAUCGGCUCCCCUGUUUGCAACCCAUUAACUGUCUGCGCACCACUCCCAUUUCAAUAUCGCUGGAAAACAUCAGAUCCAUGGCGCGAAAGAACUUCAUCGUGUCUUUUAAGACGUCACUAUUCGCUGCCAUCAGGGGUCUAACCCAGUCUCUCGCCCCCUUUUCAAGAUGCUCAAUCACGAAAGCCACUCGUGAUUCCUCGUCAGGGAAUUCAUCAAACUGCAGAUUGAGGGCAUAUUGCAUUUCUGUCCGAAAACCAUGAUAGUUUUGGGCUCCCCCAAACUUCUGCACCAAUCCUGGUACCUUUCUGGCGAACUGGGUGGCUUUCCCCUUUUGUCUGCAUCCUGAGCCCUCCUCUCCUCAAGCCUCGCCGUCUGCAUCGCUAGCUGGACCUCCAACAUCUGGUACCUUUCUUCCAGGCUUGGACCCGCUCCAGCUCCUGCUUCUCCGGUUCCGGCUGGGUUGCUCAUGAUACCUUCUCCUGCACAAGCUGCUUUCAAAGACUGUCGGAAUGCUGAGAUGGGAUGAUGAGCUGCUUGUGCGUAAAAUCGUAUCCCCUCAGAGUUUGUUCAAGUCCACAAACCUCUGUCUGUGACAGAGCCCCUCAGACAUGGCUACUCUAGUCACUAGCAGAUUCCGACAGUGGUUGCUUUCGUAAUCGCUUCCAACAUAAAAGCUCCUUAACGGAAACACGUCUUCUGGAAUCUCUGCGUGACAGUUUCCGGCGAGGAGUGGGUGUUCUUACAGGAGGUCCUGAAACCUCUCCACUGUUUUCGCUGGAAGUGUCUCUGAGCCAUCCCUCCAGCUCAGCUCCUCUCCCCCUGCUGGUUCCCUCAUCAGCUGCUGCGUCUCUCCCAACCUGUGUGAGCCCUUUCACCUCCCUGUUGGUUUCCUCUUCAGCUGCUGCGUCUCUCCCAACCUGUGUGAGCCCUUUCACCUCCCUUCCGUCCGAUGGCAGUUCCCUGACAGGUUUGGAAUGUUCAGAUUUUCUUAGGAAGUUUGACCUUUCUAGUGGCUUAGCUGUACGGGCAUCCUGCAUAGUAUAACAAUAAGUGGCUGAGCUGAGUCACUAAAAAUACAAUGUACAGUGGUACCUCUGGUUAAGUACUUAAUUCGUUCUGGAGGUCCGUUCUUAACCUGAAACUGUUCUUAACCUGAAGCACCACUUUAGCUAAUGGGGCCUCCUGCUGCCGCCGCGCCGCCAGAGCACGAUUUCUGUUCUCAUCCUGAAGCAAAGUUCUUAACCCAAGGUAUUAUUUCUGGGUUAGUGGAGUCUGUAACCUGAAGUGCAUGUAACCUGAAGCGUAUGUAACCCAAGGUACCACUGUACACACAGGAAAUAUAUUGACCGUAUAAAGUGUAAAACUACCCUUGUACUUGUUCCCUUCUCAUCCCAUGUAGGGAGUAGAAUUAUGGUAUGUUUUUUACUAUGUUAUGCAUUUGUGUUUUUGUGUUGUACACCGCCCCGUGAUCUUCAGAUUAAGGGCAAAAUAUAAAUUUAAUUCAGCAACACUUUUUCUUUUUAAAAAGACAUUGGGGAAAUACUGCAUGUGUACACUUUUCAAUGGCUGUAUCUUUUGAUUUGGGGUUUCAUUUGGAUGGUAGAAAUGUGAAGCCUCUGAUCCUCUAGCAAACUGGUGUUCUGGUUGGGUUUCAAAACUUCAGGAAUUUGUCAAGGACUGGUUACACCCCUCUUUUCAAGCAUGCAGUCUAAAGUAGUACAGUGGUACCUUGGGUUAAGAACUUAAUUCGUUCCGGAGGUCCGUUCUUAACCUGGAACUGUUCUUAACCUGAAGCACCACUUUAGCUAAUGGGGCCUUCUGCUGCCGCUGCAUGAUUUCUGUUCUCAUCCUGAAGCAAAGUUCUUAACCUGAGGUACUAUUUCUGGGUUAGCGGAGUCUGUACCCUGAAGCGUAUGUAACCUGAAAUGCCUGUAACCCAAGGUACCACUGUACAUUUGAACCACCUUGUGAUUGAUAUUUUAGAAUUUCUUCUUCUUUCUAGAAUGCAUACAUUUGCUAGAAGAGUACUGGUGAAAAAAAUAUAGUGGAAUGGAAUGCCUGUGCAGAGCUGCCACUAAGAACAAAGGGCAAGUCUUUGCAUGCCUUACAGCUCCUGCACCUGAAUGGGUCCAGUAAAUUGGAACGAAGUGUCAGACUUUUAACACUGUUUCUUCAUAUAAAUAUUUUUUAUCCUGUCAUUCCAGUGUCCAGGCACCACUUAGGGAAGCUGGAAAGAAAGCUGAAAUUGAUUUGGAUGUGGUGUGGGCUAUGCACUCUAAUUUUUAGCAGCUCCACUUGAAUAAAAUUAUUGUCAUUUUGAAAAUGUCAAGAGACCAAGAGGUUGGAUCAACCCUUUUAUGCACAUGGCUUAUGUAUUCCACCUUAUCAAACAUACAAAUAACCUUGGUAAAAAUAACAGCGCCGAAAAAUAGAGACUAAUGCCGUAGCUGGAGCAACCCCAGAGCUUUGUUGCCUUUCUGCAAAAGGUGUUGAAUUCAAAAUGAGGGGUGGAAUUUUAAGCAGUUUUGCCACACACACACACACACACACACACACACACAAUUAAACCUGACCUUUAUUUGGCACACACUAGAUAAAAGCAUUUCUUUGAGCUAUAUAUGUAGCUAUUAAUGUUCUGGGGCUUCUAGACGCUUGAGCUUAAUUAGCCCCUCUUCCUAAAGAUAAUGAGACAAGACAAUGGAUGCAAAAUGUUCCUUGGCAGCUGGGUAAUGUACACACUUUCCCCAUUAUUGGUAUGUUGAAAAAUUCUUCACCAUACUUUCAAACGCAGGAGAAUGUUUAGGAGGGUUGCUUUAAAAAAACACCACACAAAUCUGCAAUCAAGAGGGGAUAGACGUGCAUCAGGAUUCUUGGCAGACAUUGGCAUAAGAGAAAGUUUGAGAGAAUAAAAUGGCUUUGUAGAUGACUAUAAUCUAUCCAACCAAGAUCUUGUCAGGGGUCAGCAAGGCUUACCUUGCCUGGGCUGGUUUAUUACCGCAGAGCCCCCAAUGUGGGCCAGAUUGCGGGUGCGCAUGAGCGCGCACACCUGCGAUUUUCGGCGGCGCAGAAGCGAGUCCCUGUGCCACGCUGUGCCGGUUUAGUGCAGUGCACGGGGACUCGCCGAGUGGGCGGCUUGUGGGCCGGUAAAACGACCCCCAUGGGCCUCUUGUCGCCCAUGGGCCUUAGGUUGCAACCCCUGAUCUACUGCAGUGGCAUUAAACUGAAGUGUUUUGUGUAGACAGGCUGGACAGGCUGCCUUCAUCCUUGUAAAGGUAAAGGUUAAGGGACCCCUGACCAUUAGAUCCAGUCGCAGACGACUCUGGGAUUGUGGCGCUCAUCUCACUUUAUUGGCCGAGGGAGCCGGCGUACAGCUUCCGGGUCAUGUGGCCAGCAUGACUAAGCCGCUUCUGGCGAACCAGAGCAGCGCAUGGAAGCGCCGUUUACCUUCCCACUGGAGCGGUUCCUAUUUAUCUACUUGCACUUUGACGUGCUUUCGAACUGCUAGGUUGGCAGGAGCAGGGACCGGGCAACGGGAGCUCACCCCGUCCCGGGGAUUCAAACCACCGACCUUCUGAUCGGCAAGUCCUAGGCUCUGUGGUUUAACCCACAGCGCCACCCGCGUCCCACCCUUCAUCCUUGUAUGCGCUGCUAAAUAAGGUACAGUCAUACUUUGGUUGUUGAACGCCCUCGUAUGUUUUGGCUCCCGAAUGCUGCACCCUAGAAGUGAUUGUUCUGGUUUGCGAACAUUCUUUGGGAACCCGAACGUCCAACGGGGCUUCUGCGGCUUCAGCUAUGUCCUUGAUUGGAUGGGCUGCAUCUCUUUUUGCCACUCAAGAGACUGGAGCCUGUAGUUUUGUUUUGGUUCCGUGCAUAAUAAUAUUUGUUAAUUAUUUUUCAUGUGCAGGUGCAGUGUAUCUUAGGAGAAAUAGUUAUUUGGCUUUACUGGCUUCUCUCUGCUACGAAUCUGUUCACUUCUCUUCCUUCUAGGGUUAUUUCUCUCAAAAGCUGGUAGUGCUUGCUAUAGAUUGAGCUUUCUUCUGUUUUGCUUGCUAUUGAGCUUUCUUCUAUUUCCUUAGCACGCCUUGCUUUCCUACUUCCUGUUUCAUGUACUUUGUGCAGAGCCCAAAUGAGCCUGCUCUUUUAGUUUCUCAUUUUAGCUCAGUUUCCUUCAGGUCUCUUUCUUCUGCAUGCAAGCUUUUUCAUCUUUCUCAUAUCUUUUUUUUUUAAGAGUUACCUUUACCUUUUUUCUGCCUCCUAUCGUAUGUCCCUUCUCACUUCGUUUCUAAGGCUAUUGCAUGUGUAGUCUUUCAACCGUAUGCCUGUGGUUUUUCCUCCACAUCUGCCUUGGGUUUCAUUCUAAAGAGAUCCUUAGUUUUCUCAAGUUUAUUGAAAACUACGGUUGGUCAACAGCUUGAUAAAGAUUUCUUUGUUACAAGGUGAUUCCGGUGUUUGCGGCAUUCCUGCAUUUCCAUAAAUAUGUUAUUAGGGUGGAUAUGUGCACACCUCUAGGCAACACGUAAUUUCCCUUCACUUGUUAUUUGGCAGCUGAAUAUGUAAAGCAGCUUCCUGGGAAACCGUAAAUGUUAGGUGGCAAAUAUUUUGUAGAUGCAGUGUUUGAUCUGCAGAGACUUUAUCUACACAUGAGACACUCCUCGUCCCUGCCUUUGUUUAAGGUGUAUCCUGAGAAAUCCAGUGUAGACUAAGAACGUGCACCAUUUUGUUUCAUUUUGUUUAGAACUACAGUCGUACUUUGUUUUUCGAACACUUUAGUUUUCGAAUGUUUUGGCUCCUGAAUGCAGUAAACCCGGAAGUGACUGUUCUGGUUUGUGAACUAUUUUUGGAAGCCGAACGUCCGUCGGGGCUUUCGCGGCUUCUGAUUGGCUGCAGGAGCUUCCUGCAGCCAAUCAGAAUCCGCGCUUUGGUUUCCGAACAUUUUGGAAGUCGAACGGACUUCCGGAAUGGAUUCCGUUUGACCUCCAAGGUACUAGUCAGUGAGCCCAAACAGUUAUUGGCUUUUCAAAUGUCUACCUAGCUAGCCAUUUUUGACUUUCUGUGGAAGAGUUCCCAGUUACUGACAUUUUAAUUUGUGCUUCCAUUCUCAAAACAAAUCAUUUUAAAAUGAUUGUUGCAAUUUUGGUUAAGUAAGUAUGUGUCAAAAUAUUCUCAAGCAAUAGCAGCACACCCCUUGUUUUUCUUUGCUAAUGUAGUGAUUGUCAUUUAGGAAGCAAAAAUGGGACAAUAUGUAUCUUAUCUGUAGCUUGAUUAGAAUCAGAUUAUUGUUUUCAGGAUGCUACUAAUUGUAGAGAGCUUUCAUGAAUGAUCAGUUUCAAAAUAAUAUGAAUAACUUCGUUUCUGUAAAUGCAAUGGAAGUAAUUGUGAGGCUGUGCAAAACGCUCGUCUAAAUUCUUUGUGGAGGGAAAUGUAAAGCUACCACCAACUCUAGUUGCAUUUCUGUAACAUUUCCCAACAUUUAAACUUGUUUGCUUCUCUUCUCUCCCCCCCCCUUUUUUUUCUUUAAAGAGUCCCUGGGUGUGGAACACUCGGCUAUGCUGGACUGGAUACCCAUAUCAGGUAAUGGGUAUUGCAUGGAAAUGAGUAUAAAAUAGACCAUGAUGCUGUUAAUCUGGAUGGUGGACAGAUGGAAGGGAAGGAGAAGUGGAGGAGAAGGAAAACACUCUUCUUUUUCUUCUCCACUCAUUGCUGCUACUUCUUACACGCUGCCAAUGAGGAGGGAAGAUAAGGAGGAAUGCUGGGGGGAGGGGGGCAAAGACAGGUGGGAGAAGCUACAGCUUCUGCUCUAGAAAGGCAUUCAGGGCUUGUCAUCAUCAUCAUCAUUUCCUCUUCCUUGGAGGCAGAUUUUUCCAGUCCCUGUUUCUGAGCCUGGUUCUAAAGAACUUCACCAGCAUCACUAAUUAACAAGGCUUUAGGAUAAAGCUAUGAAACACUGAACUCUGCAUUUUUUCAACUGAGGGGGCAAACUGGCAAACUGAGGGGGUGUCUGUGUGUGGAAUGCAACAACAUAAAGAGGACAUGCCUGAAGAGAACCCUGAACAGAAGCAUUAAUGUUAAGAGGUGAUGCCACAGUGGAACAUUUUGUUGUAGGUUCCACUUGUGUAAGCAGAUUAUAGACUGAAAGGCAAACCAUACUGAAAGGUAUUGGAAUGAACCCAACCUUUUAGGGUACAAAAAAUAAUCUGAACAUGCAGGGUGGGAGAAGGGGCUUUCUAUUAUUUAAAAAAAAUAAAUGUUGGACAGUUUUCAAGGUACUGUAAUGAGCAUAGACGUUGGCACUUUAUCCAUUUGCAAGGGUGAUGUGAAAUACAUUUGCUGCACAGCACAGCAUUUAAAUCCCCGUUAGCUGGUAGGGGACAAAUUUGGGUUAUCCAAAUCAUAAAUAAAUAAAACUCUGCUUCAGUGUCAGCACUAAGGCAAAUACAUCCCUUUAAUUAGCACAUUAUGCGGAGAAUAAUUUAUAUAGAGGUUUUAAGGUGAUGGCUGUUGAAAUUAGAAUCGGAAAGGACCCAAAGUCUGACUAGGCCAGCUGCUUUGGUGAAAGGUAGGUUCACCUACCCAUUUCCCCACAGCGUGCCAUAAAUAGAAAACGACAAGUGUUGCACGUGCCAGCCAGCCACAUAAGUCAAAGUUUCCAGCCAAAAAGGUUUGUGCAAAGCAUUUGAAUGCAUACAGGAGGCCCUAAUUUCCAGAAUUAGGCAGAGUCACAGCUCUUCCCUUUAUCAAAAAGGCUUGCCCUGCAUCAUAUUCAUAAUACGUCAAUGCUAGCCUGGUUCAUGUGUCACAUUAAAUCAUAGUUAAAAUAAAUUAUGGGUGAAUGUGAACGAGCGGCAUACUACUGCAAACUCCUGAAAUUGUGCUCAUAUUAUUAUCAAGUUUUUAAUGUUUGGUGUUUUAUUAUGUUUUUAUAUGUGCUGGAAGCCGCCCAGAGUGGGGCGGGGUAUUAUUAUUACGAUUACGAUUACGAUUACUAUUAUUAUGGACCGCCUUCAUUCCUGCCGUGCUGGUGGGAAGCAAACUACAGUCUGGCUUUUUGUCAUUCAAACCAGGGCUUUUGUGGUUUGUUUGGAGAAAAAAACACACCAUAAGCCUUGGAGGAGGGAAGCCCUCACAAUUUGAUCAAUGGGCAUGCAGCUCAUUCAGAUUACGCAAUAGUUUAUUUCAGCUAUGGUUUAGUGUUUGCAGACCAGGCCAGAACAAGGAAGCAAUGUGAGCCGCGUAGAGGAAGAAAAGGAUAAGUGUUGGUAAGGUGGUGUUUUUUCUCUCCGUAAGUUUUUUAAUGCGGGACAGGAACUCGCUAGAAAUCUUACCAGAUAGGAAAUAUUCUAUAAGUGGCCUGAGGUUGCCAUUCAAGUGAGGAUCUGAAGGUUUUUAACUUCUCUGUUUUAAUCUCUUUAUUUAUAUCCCCUUCUUUCAGCCGCUGAUGCCUGAAAUUCAUUACUACUACAUACUUCAGCUGUCGUACUAUUGGUCCUUAAUGUUUUCUCAGUUCAUUGACAUCAAAAGAAAGGUAAGAGCAAUCUGUGGGUUUUAAGGAGCAACCGUUUUUAAAGAAGGCUGUGAAAGUACGCUUUGGUGAACGCUUGUACAUUGAAUUAGCAACAACCUGUUUCUAGCUGUGAACUCCUGUCAAAGUUAAAUGCAGUGAUGGCAGCGGUGGAUAACAACUGCAUUUUGGGGCAGCAACAUUUCCUGACAUUUGCAAACCAGCUUGAAUGGUUUUUAACAUCUCCAAUGCUGUGUGGCAAUAUUGGCCACUGUUCAUACAGGUAACUCCCCAUAUACGUGGGGGCCACUUUCCAAAGGCACCGCACAUUUAAGUGACAUUGUGUACAUUUGAAACGACAUUGGGAAAGCCUGCAAACAUCCUCUAAACCCUGGAAACCCUUUACAAAACCAGCAGCACUCACCAGACUCCAAACUCCGUCUGGAGGGGCCGUGGGAUUCAACUAACGAGUCCCAUCAACUGAAAAUGUUUUUGAAUAAACAAACGUCACUGGUGCUUAGAGAUGGUGGAUGCACAUCUGGAGAGCAGAAGAAUAAGCAUUUUCAUCAUCCAUUUUAUUAACUCAAUUAUCGAAUGAAUGUAGUUAAUUCAAAUAAUUUGGGUUGGCUUCUGCUCAGUCACAUAAAUGCUCUGAGCAGUCAAAGCAUUUAAGACAAUUUAUUAGAUCAUUGUGCAAACAUACGGUGAUUACAGAAACUACAGUUUACUAGCAAACUACAAUCUGCUAGCAAACUCCAGCCUCUCCAAAAAGCUUUGGAAGAAUUCUGUACCAGAACAUAUGGAGAGGGAUUCAAUAUCACACUGUUCUGAUCAUGCCAUCCCCCUGCUUCUCCCAUGAUGUGCUGUUUUAGGGGUUUCUGCCAACCUUCCAGUAGCCACUUUGGGGGAGCGUAGAGGGCAUGCAGAGAGAAGAGGAAGGAAGAUCCAUUGUGCAAACAGAAGUCCUUUUCGCGGGAGAUCCAGCUUCUUGGCCUUCUGGGCCAGUUUGGUAGCCAGAAGGAAUAUUCUUUGUAGAGGGGAAAGAUGUGUUGGAUCAUGUCUGGCAAUGGUGUGAUCCUAGAAUGAGAGUGAAAUCUACCACAGAGAUGUGCUUACCCUGCUCUUUGCCCUAAUAGCAAUAGCUAAUAGCAAUUCGUCCUAUAGGGCGAAAAAUACGGUAAAUUCCAGUAGAUUAUCCCUGCCUGACUGAAGAUUAAUGAGCAAUAUCUGCAGUCCAGCAUGUAUUAUCAGCUCAGCAUUCCGCGAAAAUAAUGUGACUAGGUAGAUGAACUUUUUUCACCAGUUCACAGUGGCACACUUUGCGUUUUGAUGUAUGCGCAAGAGUUGGGGGGUGCAGCGGUUGUUUUUAUAUUGUUUGUUUUACACAUUCCUACAUUGUAUUUAUGGAAGACAGAAACAGUCAUGUGGGGAGUGUGGUCUCCUAAGAAGCUUAUAGCUGCCCCAGAAUGUCAUUACUUUAACAUCAGUCAAAUUUAUGUAUGUGUUUGCUGAGUUUUGGUCAGAUGACAGAUGGUAUUUUGAGAGAGAGAGAGAGAGAGAGAGAAAGAUGCUGUUUUGAGGUCAGUUUAAAGGAUUUUAGAAAAUGGCUACCUCAAUUAAAUGGUUUAUUUGCAUUUUUGAGAGGGACGGAAUGUGUUGGAUUCAUGUGAAAUGCAGCCAUGUAGUUUUAGCAAAGGCCCUGGCAGUUUCUAGAUGUUACUAUACUUGAAAAUGCUGUGAUCAUAUACAUCACAAGGGAAGUCCUAGAAACAGAUGCCCUCCUGCUGCUGCUAAGUUCUGCCUUGCUACUUCAAGUUACCAGCAAAUAAAGAAUUUUGGGGUGUUGGUAUGGUAUUAAACUACUUUGAUCCUUUUACAACUUCAGGCUCUAUCAUAAUUCUUCGAACUUCCACAAACAUCAGCUUACAUAGAAAAAAGCAGCAUGUAAAUAUUGCAAUAUCACAAUGAGCCUGUUGCUAGAAUGGGCUGUAUUUUACUCCCCCUUUGAAGUAAGACAGGCUUCAACCUUGUGCACCUUUGGUAGGAUUCUAAAAAAAAAAAUGUGGGCACUGUCAAAUCUCUGUUCGGAAAACUGUUCUAAUUUUUUUUUUUUUACUAUUGUGCGCUACUGCGAUAUUUGAGUAUGCUGGACAGUCUGUAAAUAUUUCAGUCCAAAAAACUAAACUGUAGAGCAUCAGGACUCAGAAGGUGCUGUGUGAAUUUCAGCCUAAAACCCCAGAGAGCGACUGCCAUUCUUUGCAGACAAUAGUAAGAUAGAUGGAUUAAUGGCCUAACUCUGCGCAAGGCCGUUUCCUGUGCCCCUGAUAAGUUCCUGACUGCAUUCUAAUCUUCUCUCAUAAAAUAUAUGUGCAGAGUUUGUAUAUCUGGUAUUUAUUUCAUUUUAUAUAUCUGUAAGAAUAAAUGUUUAAAAAGCCAAAUUAAUUUGUGAACAAAUGUUGUAACUCCGUUUAUCUCUCCACCUCAGGACUUUAGCAUCAUGUUUACCCAUCACAUCAUAGCAGUCAUUUUGAUAACCCUCUCCUACACAGUCAAUUUCAUCCGAGUGGGAGCCCUAACUUUGUGUCUUCAUGAUGUGGUGGACAGCGUGCUGGAGGUGAGAGUAAGAGAGAGAAAUUUAGCCAUAAUAAAUCUUCAUGUCUUCAAAACAUUUCUUCCAGAGCAAACAGCGUUUUAAAGUAGUAGGCUACAGCCCAGUGUUUCCCAGACUUGGGUCUCCAGCUGUUUUUGGACUACAACUCCCAUCAUCCCUAGCUAGCAAGAACAGCAGUCAGGGAUGAUGGAAAUUGUAGUCUAAAAAACAGCUGGUGCUGGGGACCCAAAUUUUGGAAACACUGCUAAAGCCCAUGAAAGCUUCUAGCUGUUGAAAUUUGUCUCAGAGGUGGCUCAGUGCUGCUUUUCUUAAGCACCGUGAGCACAGUGAAACAUUCUUUUGAGUAAAAUGCUUUCAGUUGGGCUGUACUUGUCAAACAUGGCUAUUCAGUGAGUUCUUGAAAAAAACCAUAUAGGAUUUGGGAGUCCAUAGAAUCUCCACAUUUUAACUGACUACGGCAAUGCUUUUUCAUACUAUGUAGUUGCUGAAUCAUAGCAAAGGUCUAUAUAACUAGCAUCACUUUUAUUCUGGGAGACCUGGGUGUAUAUAUAAAGCCUGUUGCAGACAAGGGUUAUAUUUCCCCUGAAAGGGCAGGUGCGCAGUGCAGAGACAUUAUUUGCGCCUUGGGUAUACAGGCAGCAGUGAAGACUUCCUUUCAUCAGCUUUGAAUGAUUUACCUGCUGUUGCCUCCUCUCUUGAAGACACACCUGGCCUCAGUUAUUCGUGUCCUAGUUAGUCCAAAAUGUGGCAGCCAGACUAGGGUUCAAAGAUUGGAGCUUAUUAGUCUAGCCAUGUUCCUCAUCUUCAUUGUUGCCUGUUUGUUUCUGGGAUCAAUUUAAAGUGCUGGUUUUAGCCUUCAGAGCCCUUAAGGACUUGGGGCCAGGCUACCUCCAGAACUGCCUGUUCCCACAUGAGCCUGCAUGGCACUUAAGGUGAGCUGCAGAGCUCUUGCUUUCUGUCCCCUGUACACAUGAGAUGUGACAGGCAAGUCUAUGGAAUACCUAAUCGCUUUUAAUGUGAGUUCUCAAAAAUCUGUUUCUGCUGUGUUCUGCAGCACAGUCCUAUUCAUGCCAUGUUUGGUAAGAAGGUUAUCUCAUAUUGCUUGAUGGAAUUUAUUCCAAUGUAUAUAGAAUUGCACCCUUAACGUCUGUCUUUUUUAUUGCUGCUUUUAGUAUUGUUUGAAUUUUUAUUUGCCCUAGGUUUUUCUGAUUUUUAAAAAACACACAGAAAAGAAGGCUAAAAUGUUGGCUUUUGGGGUUUUUUUUUUAACUCUCCUGUACUGAGACCAUGAGUAGUAAACCAUGAUUACCACUUUUGGUUGGUCUGGAGAGAGCUAAACUGCAAGCCUGUGUUUGGGUGGCUCAUGAAGCCAAGCAAUGACUUGGCUCAACAAAACAACCAGGGAGAACAAGGCAGCCAUAAUCUCCUCUCCCGGAACCUGCACAAUUGUGUGAUUACACUAAGCCAUGGUUUGGCUUAGUGUGAUAUGCAAAUGAGGCCGCUGUGUGAAGCAUCGUCAGUAGAAGAGGUAAGGGCACUAAAGAGUUCACACUGAUAUGCUAUGCAUCAUUUGAAUAUUAAUUGUCCGGUACUGUGUGCAAUAAUUAUUUUAGACGUAACUUUAUUAAGGAGAUAACCCGUGUUCCUUCCUCGUUAUAGGCAGCCAAAAUGGCAAACUACUGCAAGUGUCAAAAGUUGUGUGAUUUCCUCUUCCUCUCGUUUGCUGUCAUUUUCAUGAUUACAAGGCUUGGAUUGUAUCCUUUAUGGUGAGUAAAUCUGCUGCUUCCAUGGAACUACAGGGGUUUUAAGUCUGGUAGAUAGAGCACAUCCUGCCUCUAGGGCAGCAUUUCCCAAGGUGGCCGAUGCCGCCCCCUGGGGGAUGCUGGAACAAUCAAGGGGGAGGCGGUAGUAGCCUCAGGUGCAAUGGAGCUCGUUGGAUAAAAAUAAGGGGGCAGUGGAAGCAUAAAGAAAGAAGAUAAGAAAAUAUUGGGAAGCCAUUUGCACAUGUUUCAUCUGUUGUGGAAUGAUGCGUACUGGCAGGUCAGGCGUCGUUGGGUCUCCCUUGGAUCCCACUUUCCCAGGCUUGGGUAAACCCUUUUUGGCUUCACCCAGGCUUGGAAACUGGGUCACAGUUUGCCUGCCUAUUUACAACAGCAUCUUUACUGUGUUGUGGGGCAUAGGUAGAAACAUAGAUACAUAAAAGAAUGCAAAUUUGUGACUACAUCCUUCUGCUUGUUCACUUAAAGAAGGUGGAUUUCAGGGAGGGCACUGAGUAUCUCUCCCCCCCCCCCCCAAAAAAGGGAGUGUUAGGCCAAAUGAGUUGGGGAACUGCCGCUCUAGGGCCUCUUGCCUGUCAUUCUCAAAGGCUAUGGUUGCUUUUCUUAUGUACUGCUGCUUCUCAUACCGAAUUAGUUUGGCAGGACCACUAAAGAAUCAGCUUAUCUCAUAGUGGAACCCACGGAAUAUGAUAUAAUGUGAUCUGAGUCUGUAGACAACUAAACUGUGCAUUUCGUGUUGUGCACCAUAAAUAAAGUUCAAGUACAAUAAGCCUGCAAUUUACACAUGGGGUCAGUUCCUGGGAACUACACACAAACACGUAAUGCAAGGAAAACCUGUAAGAAGCCAUUAAAAAAUUUUUUUAACAACCCAGCAUUGUCAAGGAGGGGGUCGCUUUCCCGAGUCCUCUCUCCAAGCUACUAAUCAAUCAAUGCUGCCAACCAUCCAGCCCAAUCACAUGCUCCCACUUUGGGGGCUAUUUGUUACCACCUACAGCAAUACUUCCUCACAGGAUCACUCCUGCCGCUGUUGCCUCUUCAAACAUCUCUCUCUGAGGUGUCCGUAAUCCCAUAGUGUCAUCCAGGGUAUGUUUUAUGGAGAGAUCGUAGUCAUAAAUUGUCAGGCGCUGAUGUGGUUGCUCGAGAGCAAACAGGCAAGACUCCAACCUGCCUUUUCCAGGCUUUAUUCUUAGUGCAAACUAUUUACAGUGAAGAGCGUCGUAAGUUCAUGUCCGGCUCAAUCGCUAGCAGAAUCUGGGAGUGGGCAGUCCUUGUACCCCCCCCCCCAGCAUAACAGUCGCGUGACCCCCAGCCUUCUCCUCCCCUCCUUGCACCGAAACCUACUGUGCAGAGUGGGCGCUGGCAAAAGGGUACUUCCCCCCUCUCCGGUUUGCUCAGCCUCGGCGUUGAGGCUCUCCCUAGCAUCCACUGGUCCCACCACCUCCUCUCCACUGGAGGUGGGGUUUUCCUCCUCGCCGGAGGAGGAGCUGCUUCGCAAGAUUCUUGGAGGUUCCCUAUAACACAACUGCCCUUUCGCCUCUGAGCUGAUGGCAGUUCCCUGACAUAAAUCAUAUUGUUCAUGUGCUUAAUUGCACGGAAGAGUUCGGAAUAUUUUUACAGGUCCCUGCUUGCUGCCUCGUGCUCAACAUCACCAUCUUAUUUACUGUCGCUUUCUGCGCAUGAUUUCACCAGCUCCUCAAGCUCUUCAUCUGUCAGUGUUUGUGCAGGAUCCUCAGUUAACUCUUCCGCUCUUCCUGGAGAAGGUCCCCAAAGCCCCUACAGGACAAACAAAAUCGGGUUGAAACAACCCUGUUUUGAUUAAGUCAUCACAGUUGCAUUGCUAAUCCGGUCCAUGUGAACAGAGCACCACAAAAGGUGGUUUGGGGGGCAUUCAGCUGACCAGCUGGCUCUGCAGCAGCAGCAUGGAACAAUAGAGCACAAAUUUCAUGUAAUCAUUAUCAAUUCUGUGGCUUUGGCCUAGUUGAAUGGUAUCAGGAAGAUGGAUUUAAUAAAUAAGCCAGGAAAUCUGUACAAUAGUUACCUCCACUGCUUUUUGGUAGUGUUAGUUUAUUCACGUGCAUCCUUGCACAUUUGCAUGAAUUUUAAAAAACCUUCUUUUAAUGGUUUGGUAGGAAGAUAUUGCAAAAAUCUGCUUGUUUACAUAUGACCUCCCCCUGUAGAGGCAGGUUUUCUUUUCUUUUUUUCCUUGUGCAAUUCCAAAGGAGCUUCCUGCAGCCAAUCGGAAGCGUCGCUUUGGUUUACGAACGUUUUGGAAGUCGAACAGACUUCCGGAAUAGAUUCCGUUCGACUUCCAAGGUACGACUGUACUAAUUUUUAAAGAGUAUGGGGAAACUAAGGAAGCACCAUUAAUUAUUUUUCUGGGCUAAAUUUAAGUAAGUCUAGUAUCCAGUGUCUGGGGUGGUUUAAAAAUGCAUUUUAAAUUAAUGCAAAAAGAUGGCUAAAUAUACCCCUUAGUUUUCAGCAGAUAAGAAUUAAUAGAACCCUGUCCAAUAUGUGAAAUUCAGAGGUGGUCAUUACUUUAAAUUUCUGUGGAGAAUGCUAAAACAGAAGGCACCACCAUUUUAAUGAUUAAUGCUUCAAAUUGUAUACGUUGUGCAGUUGCUAAGGACGUUCCCAUUUUGUCACCUCACCUUUCUCCUUUGUUUAAAAGCCAUCUUUCUGGGAAAUUCUCUUUUGGCUUGUUUAGGAAUAAAUACUGGCAUAUCAACCCAAAAGAAAUUUUUAUUGCAGGCUGUUAUAAUAGCCCCUGUGAGCAGGUUAGUGGCAUAUAAAUUUUACAAAUACCUAUUCAGAUGCAUAGUCCAGCUGGAUAAUUAAGCUUAAACUAAUUUAUCUCAUACUGAAAAAUGAUGAAAGGAUGCAUUUGUCAGUUAGCUUUCUUUUGUGGCAUACAUUUUGCAAGUACUUGUGUCAAAUACUUUCAGACUUGCUGCAAGAACAGAGAAGUGAACCCGAAAGCCAGUGCGUGUGUGCGCUUUAGUUUUAGAUUGCUGUAGUUGACUUAACACUUCUGCGUGUUUUUGCAGAAGAGAACAGAGAAAUGUCAUCAGUAAUACGCAAGUGCACUGACCAUUGAGAGCGAAGAAUCCAUAGCAAUGUGCAGUUAAUGGCUUGUGUAGUUACUGCAGCGGUAAAAGUUUAGUAAGUUUUCUUCUAGCUCAGUCAAGGAGUGCACAGAUAACUUACGUAGGAAAUGUUAAAUACUUUAAGCUGGAAGACUCUUCGUGUUUUCCUAUUGCUGUUUUCUAACUUUCAUCAGCCACUCUCCAUUCCCAUUGUGGCAUAUUUGUGAGUCUGAAUUAUAUUGGCCUGCCUCCUGCCCCCACCACUACUAGGCCAUACUUCUGGACUGUCUAGCUCCAUUGCUAACCUCAUCCACACAUGUGCAGGUGUAUCCCUGUUUCAAGGCUAUGAAUGAUGAACUCUUUUGUCUUAGCUAAGAGAAAUAGGCAGGUCAGGAAAGGCUCUGCUCUCCAACUGAUAAUCUGCUUCUUCUCUGUCUAGUUGACAGUAUGGAUGUUUAUGUGGGAUUGUUUUAGUGAUAUUUUUGAAACCUGGUUUUUAUACUUCAGAAGCCACUUGGAAGUCUGUUUUUUGCAUUAAGCGGUGUAUAAAUUAAGUAAUAAUACUAACAGAUUCUCAUCAACUUAGAAUGGAAUAAUGCCAACUUUUUCUAAAUGCACAGGUUUUUUUAUUGGAACUGGUCUUAACUCCUCUGUAGCCAUAACAGGGUUCCUAUAGGUCAGUAUUUCCCAAGUCGUGAGUUGCAAACCACUUGGAUUAGGACAAUGGGAAACUGAUUCAAAUCCCUGCCAAGCCAUGGGCUUUGUUAGAUAACUGUGGUCAAGUCCUACCCUUCAAUUUGUUUGUAUACCACCCACUGUUACUUGAUGUUUCUGCAUUUCAGGUCCUAGCUACUUUCUCACAUUUUUUGGGCUUCUUUGUUCUGUGAACUACCCAAGGAACAUCCAAAAACCAGUAAAUGAAUACAUUUUCCUCCCUCCAAAUUAAGCACUGAGAAGAUUCUUCAGAGCCUUUUGUCUGAUUAACUUGAGUGUUGUUUUUUACCAUGAGUCUCAUUCUCCAUCUUUCAUCUGAAGUUAUCUUGGCACCUUUACUUUAGUUGCCUCUGGCCUCAGUUGUCAACCAUCCCAAGUGUGAGGCUUAAACCCAGCCAUACUGAUUAUGUUAGUUUUCCACCACAAACUUUGCAGAACAGCACGGCAUUCCAAGUUAAUGUAUGUCAGAGGAUUCACUGACACAAGCCCAAUGCCAUAUAGACAGUUGACGUUAACUUGCUAAACAUGCCAUCUAGUGGUUAAAUUCAGUCUGCUACAUCUGUGAUUCAGCCAAGAGUCUUGUAUAUCAAUAAAUACCAAUUUAUUAUGACAUAAGCUUUCGUGGAAUUAUAAAUCUAUUGGUCUUUAAGAUGCCACAAAGCUCUCUGUUAUAUUUGCUGCAAAAGCCCCUGUAGAAAAUAUUAAUUCAGUGAGCUAUCAUCCAUGUUAGUCCCCCCCCCCCUUUAGUCAAACUUACUAAAUGUUUACUGCAGAACCUAUGAGAGCCAGGUGUGUCUUUAUCAUUGAACAACAAUGAUUUAUUACAAAAAAGAUAAGCAUUUCAUUUUAUAUAGUGUAUUUAAAUUUCCUUUAAAACUAAGUAAUCAAAUGCUUAUAACAGUAUUAGUAGCAUAGCUCAGGGUCAUAACAUGGAUCAAUUCAUUAUCACAUGGAUCAAUCUAAGUGUCUUGGAGUGUCAGCAGCACUAGUAAUCUUUGUCUAGCUACCUAAACUAGUUUCUGUUAUGAUUCAGUCAACUGGAAUAAUAGUCAAAAGCAUCAAAUCAGAGUGGUGGUUUAUUCAUUAGGUAAGAAUGCAGAGUGGGGGUGGGAGAGAAGAAUGUAAUAUGAAACACACACAUUUCAUUAACCAGUUCACCAAUAUAUACAUCUAUGUCUCUCCCACCUCACAAAAAGUUGGAAGAUUAUAAAACAAUAGGGUUGCUAGUAAUCAUUCAUUUUUCUAUUAGAUAACUUGAUAUCAGUUGAGCCCUAGAAUAGCUUGUACAAUCUUCAAUAUGCUGAUGUUCUGUUAAUUAUUGAUUAGUCCAUUUGGGGAUUCAACGGGUCAUAUAUCAUUCACACCAAAAUGAGAUUACGGGAACUGAUCAGUAGUACUUCAAGUCACAUGAUAUGCUAGUGUUGAUGCAGGGCUUUUAAUAUGCAGGAACCAGUCCAAUGGAAACAGUACUGGUAAGCAUUUUAGAUGAAUACAUUAGUUCAUCCAGAUUGAAUGUCCAGGGUUGAUAAUUCAUAGGUGAAACAACGAAUAAAUAAGCAGAGAUGGCUAAGGUGAGUGUCUUGUUUGGGAAGACUGCCUUGGAAGCCUCACCUUGAGUUCCAUCAUAGAAGAAAGGAGGAACAUAAAUAAAAUACAAUGGGAGUCACUGGGAAAGCAAAGCAAUGUGUAGACUUGCCUCCCGUGAAACAGGGUUUCUCAAAUUUCAGGGCUCAUUUUGACCCAUUGAUGAGCUUAUAAAGGUGUCAUUGACACUGACCCAAAUUCUUAGGAAUGUAAAUGUAAUAAAGUCAAGAAAUAAUAUGCAGUCAACACUUAUCAGUCAUUAGUAACCAUUACUAGGAAUCAUAACAUGUAAGGAGUAAGGAAGUAAAACGAGUGAAAAUAAUAGCAUUCUAAUGAGAAUUACAGCUUUUAACAAGCAUAUGAAUAAGUCGGGGCAGCAGGUGGGGUUGUAGCUCAAUAAAAGCUUGAAGUUUUCCAGAUGACAGCUUCCUUUUAUAUCUUUGUGGGAGGUGUUGGAAUUAUUACUUUGAUGCUAUAAAAAUAAUUGUUUAAAAAGUGAAACUCUGCACCUGUAUACAGUUUCUUUUAGCAACGAAACAGCGUGGUCUGAGAGUACUGUUGUUUUGUGGAGGCAUCUUAUUAAAUACAGAGGCUCCUCAUUGGCAAAGGAAGCGCAUGCCUUUUAUUUCUGAAACUCAUAGUUCCUAAUUAUUCCCCCCACCCCCCAGUCUCACAAACCUAUUUUAAAUCCCAGGCCCUUUUUGACCCCCUAUUGACCCCAAGGUCUUUAUUCACCUCAUGCACAGUUCCACUGACCCCAGGAGGUCAGUAUCAACCACUUUGGGAAGCCAUGAUGCAGGUGUAUUGAUUUUUAAGCAUUCCAGACCUUGUUCAUAUUGGAGAUCAUUGAUAAUGUGGAUGGGCUCGCUUGAGUGACCAGUUUUCAUGCUCUGUUAUUACAUUCAUAAUGACUCCAGUAGGGGUGGGAAGCAUUGUUGAGAAAUGAACCAUCUCUCUCUUGUUUUAUAUUGACUUGCCAUUUUCUCUUUUCUCCAGGGUAUUGAACACAGCAAUAUUUGAACUGCCCGAAGCAGUUGGUGGCUUUCCUUCCUUGACGAUCUUUAUCAUUUUACUUCUGGUACUUCAAGUUCUCCACUGUUUUUGGUCCUAUCUAAUAGUAAAGGCAGCCUAUAAAGCAAUUUUGAAAGGCAAGGUAAGGAAAAAAAACAAAAACUGUCUUCUGCUUUCUAGUGUGUAAUUUUUUCCCCAACUAGCACAGUUCCCUCAAGUCACUUGACUUUAUCAAUCUAUGGCAAAAACUUGUCGCUCCCUUCCAGAAGACACAUCAGGUCUUGAAACUGUAUGUUUAAUAUUGACUGUCUGAGCAUUCAGUUGAAUUGAGCAUGGGCUGCUGAUUCAGGGCAGCUGUUCCACUUAGGCUUACCUUGGAACUUGUUUACUGUAACCAGAGAAGCUGUUUGCUAUACUUCUCAAGGCCACAAACACAUGAUAUUGGCAGGAAAUUUGCAUCUUCCACUUCAAAUGUAAACUUGUCCGGAAGCUGCUAUCAGUUCCAGUUCACUGGCAAACACAUUUAUAUGAUCUAUGCACUUGCAAACAUGGGUUUGCUUGCUUCCAUACAUUGCAUUUUUUCUAAAGGGUUUCGUAAAGGUAAAGGGACCCCUGACCGUUAGGGUUGCAGCGCUCAUCUCGCUUUACUGGCCGAGGGAGCCAACGUACAGCUUCCGGGUCAUGUGGCCAGCAUGUUUACCUUCCUGCUAGAGCAGUUCCUAUUUAUCUACUUGCACUUUGACGUGCUUUCGAACUGCUAGGUUGGCAGGAGCAGGGACUGAGCAACGGGAGCUCACCCUGUCGCGGGGAUUUGAACUGCCGACCUUCCGAUCGGCAAGCCCUAGGCUCUGUGGUUUAGACCACAGCACCAACCGCGUCCCUACCCAUAGGUACACCUUAAAACUGCAAUGUGCAAAGCAGCCCUGAGCUUUCACGCUAGGCCUCUGGAAUUCAGAGCUUCCUCUGCAACCCCAUAGUAUUGCAGUGUAGUCUGUAUAGACAGUAACAGGGUGCUACUAUGUCAGAGAAUGUGGCUUCUAUGGAGUUGAGCCUUCAGUGAUUCUGGUAGUUCUCUGUCUGUUCUCUCAGAACUGCAUUUUGUUCUCUUCCGUCCUAGCAGAAGUCACUUGUUUAACACCAAACAAUAUGUGUCUUCUUUCUUAACCUUCUUAAUUAUUUUCUUUCUGCUGCCUUUGAAGGCUGGGAAGUGGAACCCUUUGCAUGUAAGUUUCCCUGAGGGAAAAUGAACACACAUGCCACGCAAACAUCAUCAUCAUUAUUAUUAUUGCAUCUUCUCUCCUUGUUUCUUCAGUGGUUGUCUUUCUGCACAGCCACUCUGCUUAAAAUGCACGCUGGUUGAGGGCUUCCAAGCCCAAAGGUAUUGAGCAUGUUCUCAGGAGUGAAAGAGAGAUAUGUAUCAGUCACACUUCUUUGAAGUCUCUCAGCCCCACUCACCUCACAGAGUGUUUGUUGUGGGGGAGGAAGGGAAAGGAGAUUGUUAGCCGCUUUGAGACUCCUGAAGGGGAGUGAAAGGCGGGAUAUCAAAUCCACCUCCCUGCACCUCCACUUCCUUUCUCUACCUCCUCACAUCCUGCUUCCAAGACCAGAAGUGAGCUGGGCUGGAAGAAGAAAGGCUUGAACUGAUAGCGUACAGGGAGAUAAGAUGGGUGCGGGGGGGAGGUGAUUUAGGUUCCCUCCCCCUUUUUCACACCCGUUUUUUUUUGUUUUGUUUUUGCAGGCGAAGGAUGACCGAAGUGACAUUGAGUCUAGUUCAGACGAAGAGCCCACCACAGCUCCUCAUUCAAAGACCUCCCACAGCUCAGCCACCACCAAUGGGACGAGCGGAACAAACGGAACAAACGGGUAUCUCACUGGGGGCAACUCCGCAGAGGAACACUAAUCCCUGGAUUAAACACGGAUACACGAACAAGACGAACUGUUUGCUACUGGAAGUCAAUCGGUUGUGAAUGCUGGGUUUUGUUUUUCGUUUCGUUUUGUCUUUUCUUCCUUCCCUUAUUCCUUUUGUUUCUCAACAUCAGAGAAAAACAAAACACAUGGAGUAUUUAAAGCUUCUGAUAGCGUACUGCUGUGUUUCCUGUUUGUGAAUGACAGCGCCACACCAUGUUCUUUAUGUAGGCAUGCUGCAUGUAUAUAGAUAUAUAUACAUGACCAGAUGGGAGCAGUACUUUCUUCUGUAGGCUUUGAUGAUUAUUUAUUUUAGAUCUUAUUUGGGGGUGACUUGUGGAUGAAAGGGAGCAAGAUUCUCUUUCAGACUUCACAUCAGGGCCAGGGACUGCCAAGUUUUAAGGUACGUUUCCGUGCUUCAUUUCUCUAGCCCGGUAUCUAGCAUUACGACAAAACUUUAUAAAAGUUCCUCUUUAGUUCUAGGUUGAUUUUGUUUUAAUUUGCUGUUUUUGUGCUGAAGGAUGCUGACUUUAGAAACUCCCACUACAAACACAGUGGUCACUCCCCUCACCCUAGAGAGGAGUUAAAAAAUGGUGCAUUAGUAUUUCUAAACCGCCUGUAAUGGAGCCAGUCCAUAUGAAACUGUAGUUAUUGUAAGAUGGGAUUUUAGCUGUCUUUUACAAGAUUGGUGGCAAAUUAGAUCAGAGCUCACUGUUUGUGCAAAUGCCCAAACUGUUUACAUCAGGUAAGAACAACUCAAGUCUUACAGAUGAGUCCUGCCUUGCAGUUUUAACCUCCAGUUUGAUUUUUAAAAAUUUCUGGAGAUGCCUUUUGUUUAGUUUCAGAAGAAAGAUGCUUACUUGAGUGCAUAGUCAUGUAUACAAAAGUUGGACUUGGAUCAUAUUUAGAACCAGCAUCAAGAAGAAUAGAGGCAGAAAAGAAUUGCUUACUGGGAGUAAAGUAGAUACAAGACAUUGGGAAGAUAUCUGCAUGGUGCAUUGGCAGCCUGUGUCUGGACUGUACCACUGCAUACAGCAAUUGGGGACUAAGUUGACUGAAUACUUUUGCCAUACAAAUAUAUUCCAUGUGCAUAGAAACUAGAAGUCAUGGGAUAGGUUGAGGAUGUUCAAGCUUAAAGCCGUUCUCCUGUCAGUCAGGGAAUUGUUUUAUAUCACGUUGCAUUAAAUCACGUGUGCCACCCCUUUUGCACUGAAGUGGUACAGUCCAGACACAGUUCUACUUCCUCGCAUACUUCUUGUGAAAAUUAGGCCUUAUUGCUCAGAUGGGAAACCUGUUGCUCUCUGAAUAUCGUUGGACAUCAUCCCUGACCUUUGCCAGCUCUGGCUGGGGCCGAUGGAGUCCAACAACAUCUAGAGGUUUUCCAUCCCUGUUCUACUGCCUGAGGUUUCUUUUAAGUGCCUGCUAGAAAGCUUUUGCCCACACUUAAAAUAAAUAUUAGGCAGUUCAUUCGGGAUUCAACGAGGACACAGUCCAUCAACCCUUGUAAGUAACCCUGCUUGGUAUGAGGUUGUGUUCUUGGUAGAUUGUGUGGCCAGGUGGCUCUGAUUUUAAGAGAAGAGAGUGCCCUGGUUCUUCCCACUUCCUCAACUUACUUGUGAGAGGACAGUUUACUUAAUACUGGUCCUGUGCCACACCACAGAAGAGUCCCCAAGGGAACUUGGAUGGUUGUACGAGUCUCAUAGCAGUCUUUUCUCUCUUUCUUAGCCCACAACACUUGCAACUAUUGGCGCCAUUGAGCGCAACCCAGGAACAUGGAAAACUGAUGGCUAGAUGUACCCCAGUGUGAAUCAGCAACAAGCAUCCAAGGCUCUUUUUAAUUACUAGAGAAAUACAGCUGGCAGUGAUUGUAAGCCUGUUGAUUUCCUGCUAAAGAUUUACCUGUAGCUAUUGAUAUGUUCUUAAAGGAAAUCAGCAGGAAUAACAAGAGUUAGAUCCUUCCCCCCACUCUUCAUCUCCCUGCAGUAGAGGUUUCCUUGUUUUCCAUAAGAUCCUUAGAUAAAGCGACCUUUCUUUCACAUUAUUUCUGUGCUUAGUAAAGCCAGUUUCGGCAAAGAAGACAACUUCUCUUUUCUGUGUGCCAUUUUUGUUUUCUGUUGGUGUUGGGCACAGAGGUAACAUGUAUGCCAAAGAACUACAUGCAGGGAAAGAUGGAAAGAAGCAAUAAGCAAUUGCUUGGAAUCAUAAGAGCCCUGUCUCCCAUCAGAAAUUAUUUUGAGCCAUAAAUCCUUUUUGCACAUCUCCUGCAACCAAAUCACCCUUAACAUUUGCUCAAGCCAUACAGUAUUUAUUAUACUCUGGCUUUAUUCCAUACAUGAGAGAAUGGAAAGGUGAUUCUUCUUUGCAGAGGAAAGGUUAUUUUUCAUCACAAUUCAUGCGGCCAUUUUUUAAGCCAACCCAACAGAACAUGUUUUUGGUUGAUAGCUGUUCCCUAGUGGGUUGAGGUGUGCUGGAUUGGUCUCGUGAAUCUUGACGCAACAAGUUAGAUUCCAUAUCUGUGUUAUGUUCAUUCAUGUUGUGUGUGUUGAUAUUUCAACAGUGUCACUUCAGCCCAUCAGGGCCCAGUGGAAAAAUCAGUUUCUCUGCAAAAUACAAAAAAAAAAAGGUUAUGCGACAUGUGCCAACAUGCAAAACACAAAUUAAGGGUGCCCAUAAAGUGAAUGUAGUAAAAGUAACUCGAGAGCUGAAGAACAGGAAGUAUAUUAGAGUGGAGGGAUAUAAAACAAUAUCAGAACCGCUAUGGAUAUUGGAUAUUAGUUGCCACUAGAAUCUCUCUUUCCAUGCUGUCAUUUAAGAGUCAUUGUGGGUUGGCUCUAAAGUUUCUCAUAACUAAUAAUCCGGUGCAUCUCAGUUUUGAGUCCUCUAUGCAGCAUAGAACUUGAAUAAAGAGAAUCUGCAUGGGCACUGGAUGUGAAGCGCUGACAUAGUAAGGCAAAAUAGUUUAUAUUCAGUUUUUUGGUUAGUUUUACAACAAACACAGAUUGGGAGUCUGGGACUUUCAAAAUGCUCUAUGGCAUUGCUUAGGCAGGAGUUUUGGACAGAUGUCUGGUUUUCCCAGAAUGUGGAAGCAUUGCUUUUGGAGGGAAUGUAGAACCAACAGCUGCCAUCAUUAGCUUCUAUAAACUCACACUGUUGUGGUGAAAUGCACGGUAAUCAGGUUAAGGGGAGGAAAGCUCCUGAACCUUGCCUCAGGCAACCAGGAAACUGUUACAAAGCACGCUGUGAAGUUAGCUGGGUUACAAAAUGGCUUCAUUACGGCUCAAUCUUAAACACCAAGGAUAUAGACGCUUUGAUGCUGUCGAUGCAAAGAGGGCUUCCCCAUUCACUUAAAUGGAUUGAAAUUAGGGAGAAUACGCUUUGUAGGCCCGUAAGUUCAAUGUGAGCCUCUCACUAUGGCGUAUGCCAAGUGCCACUGGAUCCAGGAAGAAAGAAAACAUGUAAUCAAUCACAGGAAGCCCUUCUAGAAACAAACCGGUAUUCAGUUUCCUGGAUUAGUAUUAUCAAAAUUAUCUUGUGUAAACAAGCUCUUGUUAGGAAAAAAAAAAAAGCUCUUUGGUUUGGUCUCUUUUAGCAGUAGAGUAAAAGAUGCAGUGACCGAAAUGUGUAGCGUAGCGACAAAAAUGAAGAAAAAACGGUGUGUGGAAGUUAGUAGCCAUUAGCUAGACUGAACUUUUUUAUUAGCCAGCUCUUGGGGUAGUGGAGUAAGAUCUAUUGUUGUGUGCAUUUCCUCAGUUAAGUAUUGGCAUGGAACACACUUUUUAAAAAAACAAAAACAAAAAAGUGUGUUUUUAUGUAUAUUUUUAAAGUGGGACAAAUGAGUCUGAAGACCAGGUAUCUUCAACAUAUAUAUCCACUUGAGGAUGGAAGUGUGGGGUUUAAUUUGCACUCUCCAUGCCGACUGUAGAGUGCCAGAUUUUUAAAAUGCCAAAAAGAAAUAUACACGUAUGCUCGUUGCCAUUUUUGAAUUUGUUCAACACAUGACUUCAUUUCUUGUGCAGUUACUUUCCAUUCUCCCACCCACCCACCCACCCCUUUGUGUAUGUUUAUAUCCGAGGCCUGGUUCACAGAAGACCCAGCAUGUAGGCCCCAAAUCUGGCAGGAUGCGGGUUCGGCCUGGGAUUCACUCAUGCUUUCCCUCCCUCUGCGUGCAGAACCUUGAAUGUGAUCUUGGGCCUGUGCGCAUUAUCUGUGCAUCCUUUUUUUUUGGCUGCACACUUCAGUGGGGUUUGCAUAGAUGCCGGCAUGUCUAAACCCUAGCUCCUAUACCAAGAAUUGCCAAGAGUGGUAUCUUUGAGAUGCUUCAGGACUACAUUUCCCAUCAUCCCUGAUGACUGGCCGUGCUGGGCUGAAGGGAACAGGGAAUGCAGCAACAUCUGUAGGGCAACAUGCCAGCUAUCCCUGCUGUAUACAAGGGAGAGAAAGGAACAUGAGUCCCAAGCUCACCCCCUGUACCCUGCCACUUCCAUGGUCUACGUGCCAGUACCCUCUGUGAACCAGCCCAGAGUUUGUUUAUGGGGGAGAUAUUGCAGAUGGGUUGCUAAACGAGAGGAAACGGUGUGCAAAGAAAUCUUAGCUUCCCUUAGGAAGCAUUUGCACGGCACAUUCUCCCCCUUUCCUGCUGUCAUUCAGUGAAGCUGUUUUCUUCCUUAACAGCUGGCAUGUUGUAACUUGCAAGGAACUAAUGAGCAUAUAAACCCUGAAAGCCUAGCUUUGGGACUGUAGGGAAAGGAGGGUAAUUGCCAAUCUUCACACAUAAUCAAAAAAGUGACAAUAUCAAGCCAUGGAGUGAUCAUGGGGGUUCUUUUAUCAAUUAAUGCACCUUUCCUUUCAAGUCAUUCUGCUACUGGAACCGAGCGUGUUGCAACAAACAAAUAAAAUUAUUGUGUGUGCCUGCGUGCGUGCGUGCAUAGGUGUGAGCGUGCUGUAUUUUGCAAUAAACUAUGGGCAGAUAGUUGUGUAACCCAAUGCCAGCUUGUUUUGAAUGUCUUUACAUUGUACAUAUGAAGGCAUAGGUUACACGGUAUUCUGGUGGUUCAGGUCGACGUUCUUCUUCUGCCAUUCCCUUUUGCAGUGUAUGGUAGAGGGUUCUGAAUAUAGGGCUAUACAAGUCCAUAUUUCUCAUCUCCCCAAACUCAUACACUAUUAAUUUUGGCUUUCUGUAAUUCUCACAAAUGAGAAGAAGAUGGGAUUUCUUUAUUUGCUCCCUCCUCCCAAUUGUUUUUUUUUUAUUUUUGUUUAAAGGCUUUCUGGUGUUAUAUUUCCUCCUGUAUUCAUUACUGAAUCCUCUUGUCAAAUAAUAAAAUUACAACAGUUCUGUAGGCCACUGUGAGAAUGACCAAAAUACUCAAAACCCACAGUGUUUAAUAAAUGGAGUUGCCUUGAAAUCACAAAUCAAAACUUCAAAAAUCCUCUGAUUGCACUUAGGCAUGACUUGAGUGUGAUUUGGUUUGUUUGGAUUCUACUGGGACGUUGCUAAAAACUGCCCAUAUUUUUUAGCUUCUCCUUUUAAAAAUAGUUCUCUUGGUAUUUAUUUGUUUAUUUAUUGAAAAGUUACUUAGCACAUUUUUCCUUACAAGGAAGUUCCAGUUGUAAUGACAGAGAAACUGAAGCAACUGAUCUACUUGUAUAAAGUUAUACACUUAGGAAAUAGCCUCCACUUACUUUAAUGGAGGGCAGGAGGCGGUACGUGUAUUUUGAUAGUAUUUAUUUUGGCCUUAAUUUUAGCCUAGGGCUUUAGUGAUGUGUAGGUUGACUAGGACCACUGGUAAUGAGAAUCAUCUCAAAGAAGAACGGUACACGCUGGUUUGAUACACAAGAGGGUGUUUUUCUAUCUCCCUGCAAAUUUCUAAAUACUGAAAACAGUAGCCACAUUUGUGUGCUCUGCAUGGUUGUUACUUUCAGCAGGUCAGGUCAGGACAAAAUGGUGCAAUUUUCCACCUGUGUUUUCAAGACAAUCCAACAGUUUGAGGAACUCUUUGAACUAUAACUUACUGGUAUAUUUCACUGUCAGAAAUACAGCACUGUGUUUUAGCCUUGGAUUUUGCUUCUGGGUUUCUUUUCUUUCCCCCCCUUUUAAAUAUGAAAAAUUAAAAUUCUUCCUGGAAUAUUUGGAUCCAAUCAAUAUUGUGAAUUUUGAUUUGAAAACACUUUCAUAAUAAACACUAAAGUAUUAGGCCU